AGAGGAGGGGGAGGCGUAGCCGGUAUGUUACGGUUACUCCCUCAGUGACACAGUAACCUGCUCUUUAUGCCCAACUGAUUUCUAAUCCACUAUUUGGUUUCAAUAAGACGAGUUUUUAGAUGGAGUUUAAAAAUGGACAGAGUCAAAAUGUUAUGGAUGUCUGGUGGGAGAGAGCUCCAAGACUGGGGAAAGAGAGAAAGAAAGUUCUAUACCCUGUGGAGGUCAAGAAGACAGUGAAGUGAAUCAAAAGAAGAAGAUCUGAGAGUACAUGUAGAUAUCUUGAUGUACAGGAGUUGAGUACAGCUGGGUUGUGGUUGGCCUUAAAGGUAGAAUUUUGAGCAGAAUCUUAAAGUUGUUGAGGUUUUUGGCUGGAAGCCGAUGAAGCUACUCUGGGACAGGAGUAAUGUGACUGAAAGAUGCUAAUGAUGCACGCAGCAGAGUUCUGGAUCAGUUGAAAGUUGUAGAAGAACUAGAGCGGGAGAUCAGGGAGAGAAAGCUGCAGAUAGACAGAAUUUAAUCAGGUACUGUUUGGUAUGAGAAAUGGGUGGGGACGAUUGAUGCUAUGUAGUUGGAAAUAUAAGAGCCAGGGUAGAGUUAGGUGUCAUCCACAAAGCCUGUGGUUGUGGUUUGAUCAUUUAUUUGCCUUGGCCAGUGCAUCUUACUUUGUACCUCGACUCAACCUGGACUGUCGCCAACCAAAAACAUUUGUCAACAAAGUGUAUAACAUUUUGGCUGGUUAACUUAGGGCACAAACAACCAGACAGCUAAAGUAAGAACAAAUAUCAUGUAGUAGGUUAAAGCACUAACUUGACAUUAGGACUUGAAAGCCAGCCUCUUGGUUAGAAGACUGAAGUUGUAGUUGCCUAUCGAUUUUCCCCAAAUGGACUUUCUCUAUGUAUCUGAGACUCUCUGAGUGUUUUAAAGUGCUGCAGAUGGAUUUACAAGAUUUUCAGUUGAAAGGCUGGUGCACACCAGGUGCUGGAUGGUCCAUGAUACAUUUGGAUGUGAUGCAACAUGCUAUAAAGCGAAUAACUCUUUGAAGGCUGGGAAAUAAGAAAGAUUGCCUUGUCCCACUAGCAAGUAGGGUAUACAACCCUUAUCUUUCUCAUUCUUUUCUCCGUUGUUGUGAAGAUCUACAUUUUAUACUAUUCCUUCAAUCUGUAUCCUUAUGGUUAAAGAAGAUAUGCUUAAGACCUGUGAAUAAUCUCAUUAAAUGUUCUUAGACACAUUCCAGCAAAUGCCUGCGCACUGUACUCCUUCGUAAGCCACCUGUAAAAAGUCAUCCUCUGUGCCAUUGUUACAGUCUCUUAAAAUGUGCAUAUACACACUCUAAGGAAAACCAGGGGCGGUAACACUAAAAGGCAAAGCCCUGGUGUGUAUCAAAGGUAUAGAUCGCUGUUUUGACUGCAGAGUUCAAACCCAUUGAACCAUGAGAGAGAGAGAGAGAGUGGCUCUGGAGCUGUUUGAGCUCAGGUCUUGGCUCAAGUUUGGGGUAAAGUGAGGGGAGGUGGAGGGUGUCAAAUUGUGGAUGAUAAAUCACCUGACAUGUCAGUAGGCAAGAGCUUCCACUGCUGCUUUCAGUUAGUCUGUACAGUAGGAAUAACUGGGCCGUGCUUUUGUGUAAUGAUUCUUGGAGCACUUGGGAGAAAUCUGGGAAGGAAUUUCUGGUGUUGAUUAUCCUGACGUUGAAUCAGUGUAAUUCAGUCAUUGAUGUCACCAGUGAAAUGGGAUUCAUGAAUAAUAGUGCUCCUCAUAACCACUUAUUCUUUUCAUCAAGAUCCACUGGGCCCAUUGCAUUGGAAACACACUUAAAAUUUUAAGGUUCAAAAACGUAUAGAGGCUCUCGCAGAGUAGCUAACUUAUAUACAAAGACCUAGCUGUGCAUCUGGCAGGGGUGGGUUUCAUCCAUUAACUGUGGCAUCUGUGAGGGAUUAAUGAGUACAUGGGCAGCUAAAUUAGCUAUCCAGUGCAGUCAUAUGGGUGAUUUUAAGAUGUGCUGUUGGUGAAGGAAGCUUGUUAGUGGCUUGGUGGAUGAAAUGAAGUUAGAGCGAUAGCUUGAGGCUUCAGGACAAAUGUGCCAUGCAGUGAAGGAUCCACCCUACAAUCGUUUUGAAAGCUGCAUAUCUGGGGCUGAUCAUUAUCUUAACAUGUGGGGAAAAUAUAAAUUACUUUGAUCUUUUAAAUGCUUUUUUGCACCAAUGUUAUGUGUAACUUCUUAGAUAAAAAAAGCAGGUGGUUUAAUGUACAUUAAUGUAUGAUCUACUCAAGAAUUCAUGACACGACAUUUGAGAUUUUUUUCCCUAUGUCUUUUACACACACUGUCAUUGCUUGCACCUUGUGCCAAAUAUAACACUCCUUUUUUGCCUGAAUUGGUUUCAGAUUGUCAUAUUCAAUUCUUUUUGCUCAUUCUCACUUGGCUCUUGAUGGUCCAAGAACAGUGACAGUGGUUUGGUGGAAUGAAUAGCCUCACAGGAGGCUCAGGAACUGAAUGAAUAACACAUCAGGGAGGCAUCAGUGGAGUUACAGUGGAGAGAUUUUGCUCAAAAUAACAAUACAUUCGUCUUGAGCUUUCAAAUCCAGAUGCAGCUUAGCCAGUCGUGACUUGAGCCCUGACCCUUCCAGAGCAUUUGAAUGAAUCCUGUCGAGUCUUUCACUAAUGUUUUUAUUUUUAAAUCAAUAAAAAGUCAAAGUGGGUGAAUAUGGUUGUUGUCUGUGCAAAUUAAAUAAUCAAAGUUUGCAUAUUGUGUUCGAUUAACAUUUAGAAUUGACCCCACGCAAGAAAUUCUGCUGUGCACUUGUCCCUAUGAGAGAACUAACUUAUGGUGUAAAAAUGGUAAGAAACAGACGACUUGAGGGUUUUAGUGUUUUUUUUUUUUUGUUUUUGUUUUUUGGUGCGAUAUGUGAUAUUCAUAAACAGAAAAAGUCUCUGAGCCAAACCAGUGUUUGGUUUACCACUGACCACACUAUAAUUCAAGAAAAAAUGUACCCAUGAAACCACUAAGUUCAAAGAGAGAGUAAGAGAAAGGGAUGAGUGUGAGAGAGACUUUUAAGAAAUAAUAGCCAUGACGUGGAGACUAGAUGUUUUGUAUCAAAGAAAGAGCUUACCGGAUCCAAAAGUGCUUCCGGUGAGCCAACCGAGUCUAAUUACGAACAAUACUGUGACAUCAGUCUUCAAAGGACAUGAAAAACAAGUCUCUUUUCACAUGUCCAUCAACUUUGUGUAGGACUUUACAUGCCUAAAUGAUUAACGAGAAGCUGACCACAUCGUGGCCAAGGAAGUCUACUUCCUCCAGUAGAUGACAGUGAAUAAUGACCCGCAAUGCCCUGUGUGUUGAUUAUUUUGUACUUUGAUUGACAUGUAUUUUCCCACGAGUAAUAUUGAAAGAGAAUUGAUAAACUCAUAAAUUAAAAGUAAAAUAUUGACAUGAAUGUGGUCCUUGCUUUUUGGUUGAGUGAUGAGAGAAAUCUGAAAAAAAAGGAAUACAUGGUGAAAUCAUUGUCUUGCACUGGUGAUAUCUCUUUCAUAAAAUGUACCCUUUUACAGCCCUUUGCUGUUUUGGUAAGAUUGAAAAUUGGACAUGAAUGCAACCAGGGGCUGAUGAAUCUACAUAUUCAGCUCUCUUUUUAUACUGUAGUUGCAUCUUGUGUCCUAAAAUACUUAAACCCUAAAAUAAAUGUUCCUAAAACAGCUUAUUACAUCAAGUGGGGAUUAAACUCCUUUGAAUUUCUUUCCACAAACAUCUCCAACAAUAUCACAGUGACCUGACCAUGGCUCUAACCUGAGAGAGUUUUGUUAUAAUCUAUUCAUAUCUUUUCAUCCAUUGUGUGGACACGUUGCAGCUGAUAUUACAUUCUGCCCUGGACAAAAUUAUCAACCCCUUGAUUAAAUUUCAGUUUCAACUAAUAGUGAUAGCCUACAUUACAGUAUGAUAUCAGUGUAAUUUAUGUAGCUUCAGGAAGGCUGAAGGUGCCUGCAAACCUUCUAACCAUAUCUGCAUACACAAGCAUCCAGGACUAUCAACAGCUAGCUUGAAGUUAGCACUAGCGACAGGAAAAUGUAGUAUCCAACGCUUUAAUUGAACAAUUCUUUGUAAAAAAAAAAACUUAGUUAUGAUAUGCUGCUACAACAAUUGUGAGAAAAAUGUACCAAUUUUAAAUAUAUACUACGAAGGUUAACACAUUUCUAGCUCAGAGCCAGAGCUAGCUCUUAAUGUUUGCUAGCUGAGGAGAAAACUCAACGCGUAGCUGUAAAUAUAACAACCUUUGAAAUAACUACUUUACUUAAAUAAUUUUGUCUUUUACUGCAUCAAAACCAGAAAAACACUUGCUGAAAUAUCCAUGAAUUUCACUCAAUUUACCUGGUUGUGAUGUUGUUUUAGAUGUUUCUAAUAUCAGGAGCAGGAUCGUAAUGUUUGCAGAUUGUCUGUUUUGCCAAUUCGUGCAGUUUAUAGCUCCUUGUCAUUGUCUAGUAAACAAAUAAAAAAUGUCCCGCUUUUUGCCCCAAGGCUGCGCACACAUACCUGCAAUGAUGUAGCACAAAAUCCCAUCUAUUGUUUGCUUAAAUUAAACUUCUCUUUAGGAAUUACAGAGGCUUUAAUAAAUUAUUCAACAUUGCCUAGCGAUAUGCUAACCUUAGCAUCCCUGUAUUUAUCCUAGAAGCUAUGCUUUUCUGGCCAAGACUUAAUUUGGACUUGGGUUGGAUAACAUUUUUUUCUCCAUGAUGUUGUGGUAUUAGUCUGAUUUUAUUUUAUUAUUGUGAAAUAAAUUCAGGCUGUUUCAGACAUGGUUUAGCUUUCAUUUCUUUCAGUAGAAGUUUCCCAUUUUCAGGGUGGCAGUGAUAUUUUUGGAUGACAAACAAAGCAGAUUUUUUUUGUUGCUUUUAACUCAGUGUUGUUAGCAUGCUUCUUUGACACUGCAGCACUCAGGACAGCCCCAUGUGUGGUGGUCGAGGCGCACUCACCAUUGGCUCUGGAGCCUAUAGGGGCGUUGCUGUGCAGUUGGUGAGUGCUCAGGGUUCACGGGGUGUUCUAGGGAUGGCUAAGGGAAAGCGUACUUGGCACUGAUCCCUCCUUUCAGUAAAGACUGCAGUUUACAUUAGGCAGCAUUUAUUUUGGUCAGGGGGAGAUGAAUGUGUCAUAGAUAGUUCGCGUUUAUAGAGGGGUAGUGGAUGCAUGUUUAGCAAUGCGAUGAAGCCAGUGCACUUUGCAAGACUUGCGCUGCAGAGAGCCUCCGCGGAUCCCACGACCUGUUGCUGACAAGCCGCGGAGAAGGAGAGAGGGGAGAGGGGGAGCCGUUCGGGGAGAGACGGAGGGUACUGCCUUGGAGACGACCGCCGGGGUUUCUUCGCGGAGGAAAUCAUGCAGUUUGCAAUCUGGCUGGUUGGACUAAUGUGUCAUCUGUCAGCACUUGUCCGGGACACUUUGCAACACCGAUUGCAUCCGAAACAAGGUAGUGUUUUGAUGUAUGAGAACGGUUGCAGGACGUGUAAUAAACAUAGUGUGUGGUGUUUUAGAUAGAUGCUCAGUGAACUGCAGUGAUUGUCAAGUUGCAGCUGCAUGUAUAUGACCUCUACUUUAAAUUUCCGAGUCAGAAAUUUCUCUUACUUUUUUGCAGAAAGUUUCAUCAAGCAGCUGUCAUCGUAUGAAAUCAUCACCCCGCUCCGUGUCAAUGACUUCGGAGAAUCAUUCCCCCACAAAUUGCACUACAGAAGGAGACGGAGAAGCUUAAAUGAUGACCUGUCGGGCUUACGGGUUCACUACAGGAUUGAUGCAUUCGGGGAACGCUUUCAUCUGAAUCUGAGCGCACACUCCGACUUCAUCGCCCCCUCUUACACAGUGACACACUUGGGAUUGGAACAGGGCAACGACACGGACUCCCACUUCCAUGACCCGACCGAUAUGCGCCACUGCUUUUUCCGUGGACACGUCAACGCCAAGACGGAGUACCCUGCCGUCUUCAGCCUGUGCACUGGCCUUGUGAGUAUUGACUUUUCGCUGCCCCUAAAGUUUUUUUUUUAGACCCUUUAAUCAAGCGAUGAUGACAGGCUUCCACAGCUUUCUCCCAUUUCAACGGAUUCCAUCCAUGCAUGUCCCCCAUAACCCACAGCUUUAGUGAAGUGUGCAGGAGUGUAACAAGAGCAAGUGUUAGUGGACUCAUGUCACUGUGGAGGAGAGCGUGUAGAGCUGCAUCUCAGUGCCUGUGUGGGGUGAUGCUGUUCUUGCAUGGUGCAGAAUUGGCAUCAUGGGUGGUGUGAGGGUCAGAGGGAAAAGCUGAAGAAGCAAUAAGUAGCCAUUCUGUGGAAGUGCUCUUGAGCAAGAUAGGUGCUGUGUGUCCACUGGAGACAGACGAAACUGAUUUUUCCUCUUGCAUGUGCAAGAGUUUCGUUGUCAUCAUAGCUGCAAUUAGACAGUCAAGAAAAAGUCAACUUUUACAAGAGUUGACAGGCCAAAUAAUGAGGUAAUCAUUUACCAAAUCUGUUUUGGUAAUUGAUUUAUCAUCUUAGCAGCUGACCAAUCACAUCUCCGCUAAAGAAAUAUCUGUAAAUGUGUUGGAAAGCUAAAUGCUAAAGACGGCAUAAUAUCAGAUUCUUGCUGAUAUCUUCAAACUCAUUUUGACAGAUAUUGAUACUAGUGCAGUCAAUUUUGUUUUUAUCGUAAAGAGCACCACGUCUCUCCUUUUCUAGAAUCUGUCUAUUUAGAAAAAGAUAUAUAACAGUUAUUCUUUAUCAACUGUAAGCAUUCAGUGAUGAAAAUCCCAAAUGUAACUUCUUGUAGAUUACAUCUUGUCAGUCCACUUAACAUGCAGACAGUGACAGGACUUGUAGUUGAUAUCCAGAUGUCCAAGGUAAAGCUACAAUGAACAGCAUUUGUAAGGAGAGCUGCUCAGUGUGAAUAAAGAUGAAGCUUUGCAGUUCGGUUAAGGCUACAUCUGAGAAGUCCUGCCAGCUAGGCACAGCAUAGUGAAGCUCCAAGUACAUCAUUAGCUUGCAGAAGCCCACAUCUCCCACCAUGCUGAAAGGCUGAGGAUCGAGUGGAGUGAAUUCAGUUGAGGCUUUUCUUGUUGAGCUCUUUUCUGGGUGGUCACUGUGAUAUUCCUUAGGUUUGUACACUCACAGAAGGAGGUUUCUGACAGGUUUUUGCUAGCACUGACAGUUUUCCAGAAACACUCUUACCAUAGUCAGUAUGAAGGUUCUUGAGAGGCACAAUUAAACCAGUCGUGUUAAAGGGCUGUUGUUUUCUCCCUCUUGCUGUUGUGCUUCACAAAAAUUGCAAAUAGCUAUUUUGCUGUCAGUUUCAACACUUGUACAAAUUUCUACGCAGCUGCCAAGUUGCGCAAGCUGUCAUCAUGUUGACACAAUUAAUGCCAUCUUAUCCCUAAAAGUGCAAUUGCAGCAGACUGCAAACCUGUUGCAACUGAUGGAUUAGGCGAUCAACAGCAAAAAGGCUGAGAUGAGUGAUCAGAUAGCUAUUCAAUCAGUCUAUUACUGUUACAUCUGAAUACCCUGACAAAUACAUAUUCUUAAAAUCAAAAUCAGGUAUCAGUAGCCAGGUAACCCACGACUGAUUGAUAGUUAGAGAAAUUUAACAUUCAUACAUGCCAAAGAUUCCUCUGUUCUGACAACUCGAACUGCAGUAACUUGACUCUCCACUUGUUUUUGUUCUUUAUAAUUAGAAAUCAUAAUCCUCACUUCGAUUGUUGUUGGUACAGCACAAGCUGUGAGCUUGUGAUUGGGAGUUUUCCAUAAGUGGUAGUCCCAGAUGACAGAUCUUAUCAUUCAGUGUAGAGCAGCUGUUGGUUCUGAUUGCCCGUCAUUAAAUCUGUUUGGUCUCACAAGAUCAUAAUGGAGUUACAGCAUGAUAAUGACUUUACAACCUCAUUGUACCAUAUACAACAUGAGGAUCCUGAUGCCUUGGUCCUUUUGUCUGCUGACUCCUGAGUGAGAGAAUCUGAUAGGUGUUGAAGGGGAUGACUUCAUGGGUCACAUAAGGGCACUGGUCCAGGGGCAGGGGGUUGACCUCAGUCGCGCCAGCCGGAAUCUGGCUUGGGUUUGUGUGGUGGGGGAGUUUGGCUGGCCAAAUGGACAUAGACUGGAGUACCAUAGCCUUGAAGUCAAACUCCCCUAUCGGUGACAUAAUCCUUAUUUUAGAUAGGUACACAGUGUACAGUGCCAGGAUAGCAUGUUUCAGACAGGGUAUCAGCUUAACUUUGAGGCUCUAAACUAGAACAUUUACGGUGUUUGAAGGGAUUGUACUCUGUUAUGAUAAAAAAAUAUCAUGUUUUAUCAUUUGUCUGAAGUCAGUAUACUUAUCUUGUCAGUGAGGUUAAGUUGAUGCUUAAUCUAACAGUGUUUGUAAACCAAUUUUAGACAGAAGGUAUGCUGGAAUUAUUAGGAUAAUAAGUACUUAAUUGCCUUACUGACCAACUGUGAUGUAUGACUCACUUACUCCAACAUGUUCGCAUCCUUUUCCAAGCAAUCUCUGCUGCUUAUCUGCGUCAUCACUCAUUGAGAAUGACAGGAAAAUAGGAACAGCACCAGUGGCUAUUUGGUCAUAAAUGUGUCCAUAUCUGAUCACAGGGGCUUAAUGGCCAGACACAUUUUGUUGGGAUGAGGUCAUUAAGGAAUAAUUAAGCCCUAAAACAAAGGGGUCACUCUAAAAAGAAAUGCAGGUUCCCCUUUGGUCCAGAGUUGCUCAAAGCUGUCCCCAGGGGGGAAUCAGGGAGGCGGGGGUGAGGAGCUUUUGGCCUUUUCAAAGUGAGCUGUGAUGGGCAGAAAAAGAGUGAAAAACACUGUGAAGAGGACACAACUGCCAAUAAAGGUUGUUUGGGACUAAAGGAUUGCUCACAGCGUGGGAAAUGUUAGUUCCUGAAGGAGCUUGCUGUCUCAGUUCACUCACAUAAUGGAAGUGUGUGGUGAGUCAGCCUGUCCUGAGAAAUGAUCUUUAUUCCAGCACUAAGGUCUGUACCUCUGUGUAAAGAUCAGGCCCAUGACACCUUUAUGUCCUAUUCAACUUUCAGAUUGACUGUGACAGUGCGUUACUUUAUCAUGACUCAGCACCAACAGGGUUUCAAAAGUGUCUUUGUGGGAUUUAAUAAAACAGAUGUUUGCCAAUAGUCAUUCCAUCCAUGUCAUGUUAGUUACCCAGCUUCAUAAAAGGAGCCCCUCAGUUGUAAGGUCCAGUUCAGCACCCAGUACUGAACAGUAACUUUUGUGUCUGUCCAAACUUUUGCCAGAUUUGCUGCUGAGCUAAUGCUGGGAAACCCUGAAACUCUGCCCCCUCCACUGACUAAACAGAGCAUUUGUCUGUUCAGCCUCCUGUUAACACCACAUGAGAACUUCAGAAAGGCUCAACUGUAAUCAUCCAAUUAAAGUUAACUCCCCAUAGAUAGUGAUUUACAAGACACAGGUAAACAUCUACCUGUUGUGACAUUGUGUAAAUCAUUUAAUCACGACAACAGAAGUUCUGGUAGACAUGCAGCUAUCUCAUACUGAAAUGCCUGAAAUCAUGUGAAUGGAAACAUUUAACAAAUGUGUCAUGUGUUAGAAAAAAAAAUGACACAAAAGGAAGGUCAUAGAGUCCUUCGAGGACAACAUGCUAAGCUUUGUUUGCAUUAGGAUUGAGAGCAGAAAAUAAAAAUGCUAUAGAACUAUACAGUCCAGUUGAGACAUGCUAUUCUGUAAGUGAAGUGGUAAAAAGAGCGAGUGCAGCAGUAAAAAAUCAGACCAUGGAAAAGAGAGCAGGAGAUAAAGUUUGGAUAUUGGCAAAAAUCCUACAUUAUGCAUCUCUAAUCUGUUGCAAUUGUUAAAAUUAAAACCGAGAAAAGGAAGUAAAGAAUCACUGAAUGAAGUAACUCUUGGUGGGACAGAACUUUUGAUGGAAUUGUAAAAAUGUUACAGUCAGUGUGUCGAUCAUCACGCAAUCAAAGUCUGAAAUUAGCGUGAUCAUUUUUGUCGACAAUGCUAUUGUCACUUAUGGCACACUGUAGUUCAGCUGUUAGACAAACUCUCUACAGGAUCUGUCACUAUACAGCAAAAAUAUGACACUGCUGUGCCUUUAAAUGGCUCCAAAACUCCCUUAUAGCUCAAUAGACAUGUCAAAAGGAUGUACACUUUGGGUCAAAUAGAACAGAAAUGUCACCAAAGUCGUCUAAGUUUGAGAUACCACCUGAGAGCUAGCUUUAUAGGUGCAGCUAAUCAGACCUAUGUCAGUUGGAGUUUUGAAGUGUAAAAUAAUGUCAUUUUAAACAUGCAAUUAAAAUGGGAUUAAUUGAAUUAUUUGACAGCCCUUAGAAAUACUCUUCUGCCACUGCAGCCUCAUUCUACUCAAAUUCAUGUGUUGAAUUAAGCAGGUAAUGUCAACGUGCAGUAUUUUCAGAACUUAAGAAAUAGUCAUAUUGCAGAAGAGUAUUCAAGGCACAGGUCAAAGAGACAGAUUGAGCCUCUGAGGUCCAUUGUAGUGGUUGUUUCUCUGUCAUGUUUUCACAAGCAUUACUGCGCAGCGAUGAACACAUGUAGCACUCAACUCCUGUAGCACUUUCGAGGAAGUUUUGCAAGCCAAGUAAUCCUUCAGCCUUUGAAAGGUUGAGAGGAAAAGUAGACACAGUUUGAACACGUUUUCCAUAUCCGAUCUGUGUGUUUUCCAUUGUCAAACGUCCAUCACCUGUGGAAUAGCUGUGGAAUAAUCACGCCUUUAAGAUAACAUUCCAGCGUCCAAUAUCCUGUUUAAGUGUGCGCAUGAAAUUACCAUACAAACACCAUUGUGCCUCAUGGCUGGGUGAGCUAAGAAGCUUUGUGAGGGACUCAGCUGCCAAAUCAAUAUUAGCAUUCCUCUGUCAGCAGCUCUGUCCAUGUAUGAUGAUGUCACUCCUUCCAGUGUCAGUUUGUGAGGGGAAGUGCAUUUCCACUGUUAGAUUGAGCACACGGCACGAAGGAGAAAAUGAGUGGGGAACUUAUAAAGACCUAUCUUUGUAAAUGUCUUAGAUAUCUUGAGAUAAUUCAGAGUUACAGUUUCAGCAGCUUUUAUUUCCAACCUUUCUUAGUUAGCAUGUUUUUUUUUUACAUGGGGAGUUGUCAACUAAGCCCGUCAUUAAGUGUUGAAUAAUGAGCGUGUGUACAGUAUGACUGUAUGACUGUUGUUAGACCACAGCCAGUUUAAACAAUGCCCUAAUCUGUGAGUAAAAACUACUCACAAACAUUCUCCAUAUCUAAGCCAUCAAUGACAUCUCUUUUUUUUCUCUCUAGAUUGGGACUUUUACCACUCAGUAUGGUGAAUACUUCUUGGAGCCUCUUUUAAAUGCUGCUGGGGAGGAAUACGACGAAGAGCACAACAAACCUCAUCUUGUCUAUCGACACGAGAGGACGAAGAACAUCACAAACACUGACAACAACCCAAAGCCCUGUGCUGCCUCAGGUAACAGACUGCCUUCACUGCCUUCAACCACCGUCUGUCUGACUUUUGCCCACAAACACUUACCUUCUGAUGACCUGCCUUCACACUCUGAACCAUAGCAAUAAACCCUGGCUUGAAAUAUAAAUUAUACUCAGUCACGAUCUUUGGCUUGUAAGCUACUAAAACUGCCUUGAUUAAGGGGUGUUGCAGAAAAAUCUUCAACCUAAUUAUGGAAAACACGUUCGUGCAUUGUCUGGAUUCCAGCAUUUUCUUUCAUUUUCUGCCGGAGUGUCUCCUCAAUCUGUGGCAGGAGCUCAGAAAAAAAAGGAAUAAUUACUUUUGUAGUUUGCAGUUGCAUUGAAAAGGAAUGGAGACAUUUUCUGCUUGGGAGGUUGCUUAUAAUUUCCCCUGAUUUCAUUAGAAUUUUUAUGGUUGAUCCUUUUUGGUGGUGGAGAGGCCCUCAAGAGAAGAAGCGGGAUAACUGAGUAGAGUUCACCAACGAUGAAGGGCCUCAGAGUCCUCGUCGCAGGGUACUCCAUGGGCGGCCUUUGUAGCUCGAUGCAAUAAAUCUUUUAUAUGUAGACUGCUUGAUUUGCUUGUUGUCUGAACCCAGCCUUUGUCGCCAGUUGGUGGCCAUUGUUGGUGGCGGUGGUUUAAAGAACUAGGGCUGACCUGAAGGGCCAGGCCAAUACCCCCUUAAUAUGCUUUGUCCUUUUCAAUCGCUCAGUCUGUGUGUGGUAAACAGUGACUGAGAAAUCUGGAGGGUCUCUCAGCCCCCACUCUGAGGCUCAUUUAAACACUCUCUCCCUAUAGGAGUGGUGUUUGGUGAAAACUUGGCGAAUGACCCCUGACUUCUGACAUCCUAGAAACAUCCAUUGUCAUCUAGAUUUGGUCCAAACCUAGUACUUGCAUGGAUACCAACAUAGUUAUCUGGUAUCGGCAAAUAUGCCAGUGGAAGAGCUGAUUAGUUCUCCAAAAUACUGAAGUCAUUUCUGGGGCAAAAUUAAUUGCACAAAAGCAUAAAACAACUUUGUGGCAGUGAAACGAUUGUCAUAGUUUGCAGUGGUUUUUUUUUAACUGAUUUUUCAUAUGAUUUUUUAUCACCUUGUUUUGCGUGCCACCCAAUUCUUACAUCUAACAUUUGAGUCAGUAAGGAAAAGAUGUGGUUGAAAUAUCUCUUUUGUCAUUACCCUAUCAUCUACGUAUGUCUUCACCGGUUGCUUCCAUCCCACAACCUCUGCUUUGAACCUUCAUAUUCAUUGUUAAAAUUAUAAUCAGUGUUAAGCAGUUGUAGUACAGGGUCGAAACGACCAUUGGCACUCAUCAAAGGACAAGAUGUAAACAAUGAGCAGCAGCUUUAAAAGAGUCUCAAGGCCGGUAUAGAACUGUGAGGUGUCCCUGGCUGUGGCUCCUCAUCUUUAUCAGAUAGGCCCCUCUUCAGAUGCAGCGAUAACUGGGCUCUUUGAAGGCCGUGUGGAACCAAGACUUUUUAUGGGAAGGAGUGCUGUAUAUGCUGCCAUGAGCAGGUUAGGCAUAAACACUGGCUUGGCCGGUGUUGUUCUGGUCAAAAAGAAAAAAAAAAAAACACUCAUAGUGGUCGCUUUUGGCUUUGGAUUGUACAAUUACUCCUUGAAGCUGUAGCAUCAAAAUCUUUGAUACCCAGCCAUGUGAACCCUGAAAUCUUAUGAUCCUGAUUAGAUUUAAUCAGUAGCUAUGGUUACAUGUGCAAAAUUUCUUGAAAUGUAUUACAUUGACGUAGGGAACACAUAUGCAGUCAGGUUAGUUUUGCUCCAACCAAGAGUCACAAUCUGAAUAAGUGUUUACAUGGACGCAGUUUGGAAUAAUGAUUGGCAUUUACCGUCACUCUUAAUUGGAAUACAAUUUCCUUCAGAUUGAGCCAAAUUGGAUCAAAAUCUUCUGAUCGAUAUGUUUACUUGAGAUGUUUUAUUUCAGAUCGGGCCAUAUUCCGAUUAUUUGUGCCCAUGUAAAUGCUGCACGUGUCUGAUCUGAAAACAGCCUCAUCCCAGGAGGAGAAACAUCGCAAGAAACUCAGGAGCAUUUUAAAAAAACUGUUGACCUUUGAACUUUUAAAAGAUCUCUGAGAGUUGAGAAACAGCAGGUUAUUAUGGGGAAAUGAAUUUACACAAGGUUUGAUAUGACAAUGGUUUGCUACUAGGGAGUAGCAUCUUUUUGUGAUUGGCCAAUCAGAUGGAAGUAUUAGGCCUUGCGUAACAUGUUUGUUUUAUUAGGAUGCUUUCUAUUUAGCCAGACCCUGUAGUCACUGGUAACUUGAGGGUUAACAGAAAAGAAACUUAAAAUCUUUUAUCUUUAUGAUGGCUUUGCAUGUAUCUGUAUUCAGUAGAACUCUUUACAGUCAACUGAUUCAUAGCAAGAAAGACACUGGAGUUUCUGAUUUAUCUCAUCACAUAAACGAUAGACUUGGGAAGCAGCAGUGUUAGCAGGGGGCAGAUUCCUUUCCCCAUAUCUCCCCUUUUGGAGGAUCUAUAAAAGAGUUCUGGGUCAGUCGUCUCAGGCCUUUUCUCUUGUCUUAAAUCAAAUUGGGGGGGUGGAAAGGGGGUUGCAAGGUUUUUGGACUUUGAAAAGGUUUGAGGCUUUAGAGGCCCAGCAGAUCUUAAACAUACUCUUUAUCUUUGUAGGUUCAAACACAUGGAAAUGGCCAACAAUGUCUCAUAUCUGCUAACCAGGCUAAUCUUAUUUUCUCUGCAAAGACAUUAUUCUGCGAAACCUGCUCGCUUGUUUUGCUCCGUCUCUUUUUCUUCCAUAAAAGAAAACAUCUUUUUGAAACCAACAGAGAUGAAACAAACUGUGUUUUAUCAAGCGGACCUCCAAGAAACAAAAUGUGUAUCAGCAGAAAGAUACCUCUGGUGAGAUAAGCUGUUCCCUCCCUUAUAGUCGUGCCUUGUGUGUGCUGCAGACAGCCCCAGAACAACAAGGGGGACUUCUGUACCUUUUCAGGCUUUAAGAGUUUCCAGAGUUUGUUCUGUCUGUCACUGCACAUCUUUGUGAAAAUGUGUUGAAAGGAGAGGAUGGCAAUGUUUCCAGCUGAAUUAAGGAUGAACUUAGUUUUUUUAUCCCCCUGUCAUCUCAGACACUUACAAAUACUUGACUUUUUCCUACAUUUGCUUCCACUGCUUGUAAAGUGUCAGGAAUAUGGGCGUAAUGAUAAGGGCUUUUCAAGUGUUACCUCGAUGGAGAAUGAUGUUUUGUUAUUUCAGCAGUCAUGGCAUGGCUAUAUACCUGUCCUCAGCUACUUUUCUUCGCUGUGUGUGUUCAUGAGUUGUUGACAAAGCACCACCACAUCACUCUGUGCUCUUUUGAAUAGAUUUAAACUUUAUAUGUGUUGUACAACAUUCAAAAGAAGGACUACGCUAAGUGUGAAUCUAAAAUGUAGGACAAAAUCAAAAAAUCUGAACAAAACAAUCAUGAAAUUUGGUCUUAAAGGUGGACACUUUUCCAGCAGUAACAGUCUUCAGUCUGUGUCAGCCAACCUGGGUGGCUUCCCUGUUGUUGGGAAUACCAAGGUAGCUGUUGAGUGGGUGAUUAAUGUUUUUAAAGUCACAAAGUGUCUUGUUGUGCCUGGUUCUGGCUUUUAAAAGCCUCUGGGAAAGGAGCUUACUAGGCUCAGAUCACAACAAUGCUCCGACCUUUAAUGACACAUUCUACGGGGUAUCUGUCUCCAAGCUCGCAUGUGAAUCCCUGCGUCGUCCUUGGUUAGAGAUAGCCACAAUGAUGAGGGUGGCUACAGAUAGGGGCAGACUCUUCUCUCACUUUCUGUCCAAGCAAAGAUGAGCAGAAGACUCAGAGAAAGGGGGGGCAGAGCGGGGUCUCUUUCUCACAGUCAUUGGCUGCAUUUCCCAAGCAGUGGGGUGUCAUAUUUUGUCUGCAUUAGAAACAGUGAAUCGAAUACAGUUAGCUUGACAGCAAACAUCACCAGCUGUAAAUUCAGACACCAUGUUCCAGUGUCGGCUCACGAGUGUUUCAUCCAAUUUCUUAAGAGCCGGCUGAGGGGAGGGGGACAUCAAAGUGACAGGCUUUGAUGUGGCAGUACUUGGCACCCACGGCAUCAGUGCCCCCUGACCCUCAGCACAUUCAUUGUAUAGGAUUCCCCCCUCGGUGCCCACUGUGUAUACAUGGUAGUUUAAAUGCUAGCCUCAGGUUUUUGAUCAAUGGGUUCAUUUACAUGGAAAAACUGCCCUCCCCCGCCUGGGGUUUGAACUAGCCGACUUGAAUCACUGCCCGCUCUCCCUUUGCGCUUUCAUGUAUGUGAAUGGAAGCACUUGUUGAUUGUGACCUCACUUCCCUCUUUGUUUGGAGUCACUCACUGGACGGGUGGAUGUGACCUUGAGUUUUUCACUUCUAGAGGUGCGUGGCUACAGGGAUUGCUGGCUUGUUUCCUGGCCCUCAGUUGGAGCUGUUGCGUGCAUCAAGCUCUUUGUGUUCCUCUUAACUGCAGCUCUUGACAAGGGUCGGGAAAGGUGGCCAGCUUGGGUGUGAUGGACUGGCACCGAUCACUAAGACAACCUCUGUCACCUUUGGCUUUAGUUUGUGAAGAGCUUCUAAUGUCAUAUGGCUCCAAAGGGUUCAGACUUGCCCUGUGCCCUUAUGCCCUCUGGGCUGACUGAACCUCCCCCCUUCCAGGAAGUACCUAUUGUUACUUGGGGGGGAAAGUUUGCUUUGGAUCUUUUGUGCGCAUGUAUUGAUAAGGUCUACUUGCGAGUGCGUCUACUUGUGAGUGCGUUUGCAUCCAUCGGGAGUACAUGUCAGCUCUCUCAGACAAGGUGUGCCAUUGAGAAUUGGGAAUUGCUGAGCAAGCAGUGCAGGGGGAAUGGAGAAAGGAGCUCCUUUCUUUAUGGGUCUGAGCAGUCCCGGCCUGCUCUGCAUGUGCCUGUUGAUUCUGCCGCAGAGCUUGGCAGAGGCCCCAGACUUUUUCCCAAACUCUCACUGCCUGCCUUUCUUCUUUUACACCUGCUCCUCUACAGAAGCAUUCUUACUCACUGCCUUGCUAUUGGCCUUCAAAGCCUACAAAUAAUUUCCUUUGGUUUGGAAACCAUCAUAGUAACACCAAUGAACAAUGUUUCAAUUGUCCAACGAGUUCAACAUAUGGUUUGCUAGGCAUUUACUGUCAUGUUGAUAAGUUUAACCUUAAGGCAUAAUGCCUUAUCCUAUCAUUUCCUCUCUGUUCAAAACACAGGCUGAUGCAUAGUGCAAGCAGCUAAUAAUAUAUUCCAGUGCUUUCAUUGUCAUCUGAUUUUAGGAUAACAGAUACUCUGGACAGGACUGGGCAGCUACAGAUCGUCCAUAACUUUAAUAGCUGCCAUGUGUCGGCCUGCCCGGAUGCCUCAGCUGCACUGGACCCAACGUGUUGUGAUGUGUUGUCUCGGGAGUUCCCGUGACAGAUUCCAGCUGAUGCUAUUUUUUGCCACUGUGCACUGUCUGGGCAUUCUUUACAAAUGGGGGCUGAUUGGAACAGUUAGGGCAAGUUGAGUGACAGUGACUAACUGCAUGGUGGCUUGGGUGACCAGAAGAGGUGAGAGGGGGUGACAGGUGAGCGACAGUGUCCCACUGAGGUUGACCGGGGAGAGACAGUGCUGAAAGCUGGCGGGUGAAACAUCAGUGUCAUCACCCAUGGCUCAGGCUGUUUAUCACCCUGAAGGCCGGACAGCACUCUGAAGUGUAGACCCUUUUUUUGUUGAGGCCGAAGAUAACAUAUUGAUUUAUGGGAGGUGUAUUAACCCCGUAGACUCAUAAGCUUCACGGUUUUAUUGACAGCCAAUCAAUGAAUUCAUCAGUCAAUCAAUCAGCAAGUCAAUUUUUACUUCAGUUUAUCUUGGUCAAUUGGCUUGAACAUAUUGAUUCACCAGUGGGCAGACACUUAGCAGCUGCAAGGAGGCUUAUUUUUAACCUCAGGCAAUACUGUACUCAUUAGUUGAUAGUUGGGCUGAAAAAAACGAGGGAUAGGGAAAGAGGAAUAACUUCUCUGUUUUGACUUGUUUUCUUUUCGUUUCUGUUUCACGGUCUCUCAGAAAACAGACAGAAUUAAACACAGAUUAUUUGAGGCGGUUAAUCCAGAAUGUUGAUUUAGUGAGUGUGGUUAAUGUGAGCAGAGCUUGCACCACCAACUUUCAGUCCUCCUUUCAGGCUAUUGUCCACAUGCCUGUGCUGGUUAUCCAUUUCAUCAGUUUAGUAAUAAUAUGUAGUUUACCCAAAAACAGCUUACAUACAACUUUUUCUCCGGUUUUCUGUUUCAAAAUACUGCCAAACGGCACCCCACUAUAAGACACCAUCUGUUACCUGUGCUUGUUUACAUUGUGCAGUGUAGCGUAAUGCCAUUACAGCAGGAGCCAUUAACAAAAGCUAAAGCCCAAGCUAGCAGCAGGUGGUAGUGGCUGGCAUUUCAGGCCUACAAUUUAAAAAAAAAAAUGAACAAUUUGUUUUACAGACUAUUAAUUUUGGUGCUGGCUAUCAAGAGUUACUAUGUUUAGUUACCGUUUAGUCAACUAAAUUUGCACAUCUGUAGUUUUACAAUUGUGAGUUCCUGCUGGGUGAAUUCUAUUAAACUGGGGAUUCAACUUUGUACUUACAGUUUCUCUCAUUUUUUAACAACACUGUCUUAACAAAGUGUGUUUGUCAGCAUUUCUGUUCCCAGAAGUUUGUGAGUGCAACAUUAUCAUUAAAAAGGAGAACGGUGGCCAAAACUAAUUAAAUAGAUCAAAGAUGUAAUUAAGCAGAGUUUUCCUUCACGUGCACGUCUUCAUGUUCUCAUUAGACUCCACAGACAGAGCUAUGUUAAUUGUUGGCUUUAUGAUGCUGUGGUUUUCAGAAGCUUACCACUCCAACUUUAUGCUGUAACAUUACACCCUCUCGUGAAAACAGAGAAAGGUUUAUAACACAGAAACUGUAGGGUGAAUUUCUUUAAACCUGAUGAUGGGAAACUCUCAGUUUGAUCCAGACAAAGGAAAACACUGCAGGCCUCUUCCCAUCAUUAGGCAUCCAGAUCCAUAAGUAGUGUUUUGUCUCUCCAUAGGAGGUCUGCUACUCCAAACACAUUCUGCAGCUGACCACCAUGCUGUCUCUAGCAUGUCUCUGAACUCAAAAUAACAACUGUAAGUGCACGAAAGCCUACCGUCUUCCAAUGAGGUCAAAAGCCGUGCCACUUCACUUUGAAAAGCCGUCUUCAGCGGCAACAAUUAGCUGUCUUGCUGCUCUCUGUCUAGCCACAGAAUUGCACUUAAUUGUGCCUCUGUCUGCGGGAGUUUCAACAUUUUUACCCUCUUUGGUUGAACUGCGGUAACCAGAGUGUCUGACCUUGUAUAGAGCCGAGGCAUUACCUAUACUCACUGUAAGGUAUACAGUCUGUUUAAUUGGCACCCAGGGAAUCACACGCUUUGACUCUCAGCAGGCUAUUGUAAAAGAAUGUUAAUUAGUUCAAUCAUAGAUGUGUGUUUCUCAUUGUUUGGGCUCUUGGCAUUGAUACUUUUGACAGAAAGCUGAAGGAGAGUUAAAGGGCAACUCUUUGAAGUAGAGGGAAAUCUCAAUGAGAUCUCUUCAGACGGGCUGGAUGGACAUGUAUUGAAAAAAAGCAGAUACAAACACUUAAACCCUAAAUGUUUAUGAGUAAAUGUAGACAAAAUCUGCAGGUGUUAACAGUUUCUAACCCAAGUGAGAUCAUGAAAUAUGCUUGUGAGCGUUCAUCUAUGGAGUACUCAGUGUGCAAUUUCACUUUUAUCGAGUGAUGGAUAAACAUUGCUUAUAAAAGCUGUUGUGUUUGAUUAGCUUUUGGCACCAUGAUGAAAGAUUUUUCUAAGUUCACAAGUCAGAGAGGCGCUGGAGCAGAAAAGUGAGUGUGGUGUGAGUCUGUUUCAGCUUUGUGCAUACUUCAGCCAACCAAAUUACAGCAUUUAUAAAUGCUCACACACAUGCCAUGCAGGGCUGGUUUUAUUGUUCUCUGUAAAGAGGAGCCGCUGGAGCUCAGCUUUAUGGGUUCAAGCUUAUGAAAGUUUUUCUAGUGUAGGAAUUUAAUCCAACACGUUUUGAUGUUUGGUAAUCAAGUCCAAUAUGUAAAAUCCAGAGAUGGAGAUGUGUGCCGGCAGGUCAGGGCAGUCACCCCUGUCUACUCAUGGUGUAAGUAGCAGCUCACUACCUAGUGAGAGGCGGAUUUGAACCUAAGGAGAUUUGGGAAAGGUUGUGUAUGGCUAAUCUGCACUGAUUCAAAGGCUAUUAUAACAGAGACCACAUUUUCACGUUCUCCUCCUUUUCCCUUCUUUUUUAAUCUUACACUCGCUUGCACUAAGACUCAACACCAAUUUCAGAAGAUGUAGAUACUCUUCUGUGCUUAGAUAAUCCCUUUGAUGUCAGACUGUCUGCAGUGAUGAGUCUGUUUGAGGGGUUUAGUGUAGUGGGAUUGGCCUCAGAGAGAUUUUCCUGGAAAAUACAAAGCUCUGUUCUGGCCCAGCUGCUCGGGCCGUGUGCACGGACACGGACGGGCUUGGCGCUGACUCGAAUGUUGGCGCUGGCAUGGGGCUGGGCGUCACGGCAGCAAGAGCUAUGUGCCAUUGUGCCAGGGAGUCACGCUCCACCUCGCGCGCCCGCUGGGGGCAGCGCUUGAAUAAUCUCGGAGAGCUCCAUUCUCUUUUUCUGCUUUUCUCUGACCUAACAGUUACACACAAUCUCUCUCUGUGUGUGGCUGUCUGGAAAGAUUGAGUGUGAAGAAGACAAUGGAACUCCUCACUAUAAUCGGGUUAGCUGAAGUUGAGGAGGUUGUUUAGGAUGAUGGACUCCAAACUAUGCGUAGCUCAUGUACGCUGUUGAAUGUCAUUUCAUGUUUAAUGUAUGUGCUGAUAAAUCCUUCAUUUUUCAAUGAGUGCAUUUGUCCGCAACUGAGAGGAAAACAAUGAGUAGGGUUCACAUUAUCAUAAAAAUGUAUCAAACUCUUGAUUAUUACUUUGCCAUAGGGCUGGGCAAUAAAUUUUACUGAUAUCGAAAUUUACAAUAACCAACAUCAUUUUGCCCAUGUCAAUAUAUUCAAAAAAUUAAUAAAUAAUAAGUAAACGUUGGUUUGUGUAGGUAGGCGAUGGUCUCAUGUCCUUUUAAGACGCUGUCCUAGACGUGACUCCACCUCAUCCAGUCCGUAACAAAGAGGGAAAGACAGGUGAGGAGAUGGAGGACGGUUCAAAAGUUGUAGCAGCUGAAGUAGACGAAGUUAAUGUGGGAGGGAGUUAGCAGCUUGUGGAGUAGUUAUCGUCCAUUUAUCAUUAUCGAAGUGAACUACUCAAUAUAUCGUGAUUUUUAUUUGAGGCCAUAUCGCCCAGCCCUGUUUUCCCAUCAGUAUAGAGAUCAUACAGAUCACAUUUUUAAAAGUAAAUGGUAAGAAAUCUCCGGUUGUGCCGUUUCAGCAUUAUGUUUGUGUGUUUAUAUGAUUUGUUGUCAACUCCUGCUGUUGGUAUGUGAAGAUUUGGCCAGCGAUUGCUUGAAUCUAUCUUCCCCUGUCUUACAUAUUGUAGGAACUACUGCAAGCAAUCUGCCUUACAUAGUAUCACAUGUGGCCAUGCAUCACUGCAAAUCUGUACCACACAACGGUCCGUGUGCAUGUACUGAGCCCUCAGAUGUUUAACGCUCAAAAGACAGCAGAGAUCCUGUGAAAAUUCCUGCGAUUUAUCAAACUUGCCUGGAAUAUUUUUGAGAUGACACAAUUAUGGUUGUGUUUGGCAUUAAUUUGUUGAAGAUUUUUCUUGAAAGGGGUCCAUCGCUUGGUUUCAAUUUGAAGUGGUGCACUGCUCAGAUUAUACUGCAGCUGCAGUCCAAAACAAGAUGUGCAGAGGACCGAAAUCCUACCUGGUUUGUUUCCCCCCUGACCUACCUGUGGCCUGAAGUCUUAUCAGAAACAUCCAUGUGGACAUGGACAGUCUCAUGUGUAAUUAAACCUGCUUUAACCUUAACCUUUACAUUAUUUUCUUUUCCUCUCCUUCAAUGAAACAUGCUGUUCACACCCCCCCGUCUCCCUCUUUGAACCUCACUCUGUCAUGGUGAAGGAAUCUAUCGCUCAUAGCCAGCUCGACACGUGCAACUCAGCUGAGAGAAUGCCGGCGGGUUUUGAACAGUGGCUGACGGCGGCCUGGUUUACUUUUCCCUUCUUUUCUGCUGUUGAUGAAAGCCUUUAACUAAAGCAACAGUUUUAGUCUGGCAUCAGGAAUGAGCGAUUUUUUUUUCAUUUUCAGCAUGAUUGUUUGUAACCAAGAUUGUUGUUUUUUAAGAUUAUGUAUUGGCCAAGAUGAUUUAAGGAUUUUGCUGCUUUUAUGUUCUUUCUGGACCCUUUGUGAGUCAGCAAAAUGCACAUUUACUGUUUAAAGUCUCAUUCUUAAACCUCUCCACUUACUCUUUUGGCUCUCCACCAGUGUCUCUUGGUACGACUGUUUCUUUGAGCCCUGGAGUGACACAAUAAUUUAUGGUGGAUUUGCUGUUGAGGUCCAGCGUCCCUCUCUCUGUUAUGUCAUUGGAAUUCAGCUUAACUAAAACCCUUGGCUUUUAACUGUAGAUGUACCAGGCUCUUUCAAUGACGUGCCUGUAUAAAAUAAAGUUUUUGGGUAACACUUUACAACAACCAUAACUUAUAAAUGGUAAAUAGACCAUUUAUAAAUAGUAAGCAGAUAGUUUAUUAAUGUUUAAUCAUCAUAUAUAAAUAGCAUAAAGGCCAUUAAUAAAUUGCAAAUUUUACAGUUUUAAAAACCUAACCCUCACUUUACAAUAACCAUCUAAGUAAUGUUUAUAGAUGGUUUAUAAACCAAAUAUUAAUCAUUUACAAAGUUCUUCUGACACACAUUUUAAUCUAGAUGUUUUGAAACCAAUAUUUAAACCCUAUAUAACCCUUUAAUAAGAAGUCUAUUAAUAAUUCAUGAAAAUUAUUAAUAAUAAUUUCAUUAAUGGUAAAGUAACUAUUAACUUACAUUAAUAAACUAUUUAUCUGCCAUUUAUAAUUGGUUUUUAAAUGAUGAUUUAAUUUAAAUAAACUAUCUAUUUACCAUUUAGAAAUUAUGGUUAUUGUAUUGUAUUGUAUUAUUGUGUUACCAGUUUUUGUUUUUCAAAUCCUCCUUUAAGGGGUGUACUGAUACAAUAUUUCUAUCAGACAUCGGUCCGAUAUCAACAAAAAAAAUCAAUUAUCGGAUUAUACCGAACUGCAUAUAAAAUCUCCGAUAUUAGCACUCCGAUACAAGCAGUCCAUUCCAGACACUGCUCCAAAACCUCUAUCUAGGAGCACCCAGAUCUAGCAUGAAGAUCCCAUGUGUGUCACAACAACAGUGUGUGCUAAGGUACUAACAAAAUACCAAGGAGUAGUAGUGUAUCGGCCGUGUGGCAGUGUAUUUCCUUAAAGUCCGAAAAAGACAUUGCAGCUGAGUGCAAAACUUAUCAUGCACAAGUUUGUGAUGACAAUCAGUAUCGGACAAUACUGACGGCUACAAUAUUGGUAUUGUACCGGAGGUAAAAAAGUUGUAUCGGGAUACUCCUACUUCCUGUAUUAUUAAGGUUUUCAUGUCUAAUAAUGCAGACAUACAUCAUGAUUGUGAUCAUAUCCACUUUUCCUCCAAACAGAGCACUCCGAGAAGCCUGUUGCUUUUGAAAGCAGGAGUAACAUGGGAGAGGAGCUGGAUUCCCUCAGAGCCACCAUAGAUGAUCAACACUUUCAUGAAGACAACUCAACCAGCGCACACACCCGAUCUCCAAGCAGACGCAAGCGUUUCCUCUCCUACCCUCGCUUCGUCGAGCUGAUGGUGACAGCUGAUGCCAAAAUGGUCCGUCAUCAUGGACGCAACUUAGAGCACUACAUCCUAACAAUCAUGUCAGUAGUAAGUAAAAUAAUGUUUCUAAAAAAUUAUUUUGUCCUGAUGUUGAAGAGGUUUUAUGUGCACAAAAUUUGUGAGGGUGAGUUUGAAGUGUGAGUCAAUCAUUUUGAAUAAAGCAAAUGACAAAAUCAGCCAAAUUAUAAAAGUCGAAGGGCCGUUUAAAAAAGCUUACAACACAUAAUCAAUUCAAAGUAAUACUUAUGAACCAGAUGUUGAAGGGUUAUUGUGGUGUAAAUUUAAGUUAUGGUCAGACACCCCCUCGAGAGAUGAAUGUUGCCGACCGCUUGCUUCUGUAGUAAUAACAACUUCAGCAACGGCCGCACGAUAGCAAUACACAGUCUAUGUCUCCACGCACAAACCUCAACCAAAAAGCCACAAAUAAUGCUCAGAACGGCACCUAACUUCAUCAACAGUACAUAUAGGGUCCCAGCCAUAGUACUAGCCAUCAAACAUCUUUUUAGCUUUGCCUAAUUUCUUUAGCAGUGAAAGUAAACACAACUCACCCACUCUCCUCCAGUAGCCGCUUGCAAGUGGGGGAGCCCUGACGAGGCGAUCACUGAGUGCAGCAGAAAAUUUAUGAUUAUUACUUCAUGGAAAUGCAAUCAGACAAAGACGCUAAGGCAGAAGAACUUCCAUGUCUGCGGUGCACAUUUAAGAUACACAAGAACUCUUAUUUCAUUUCCAUGAAGUAAUGGUCAUAAAUGUUCUUCCUUGAGCUGUGAAACUCCGUUUUAAACCAGCUGACCAAACCAGUGGCAGGUGCUUCAUUAAAACAAAAGUAAUGUGAAUUGUGACAGCAGAUUUAAACAUUGCGAUUAAAUCUGAUUUGGUGACGGCCCUCGUCAAAACUUGUUGAACCUGCUGUGCUUUUGCCAGACUUUGUGCUAAACUUGAAACAAUGAUUCUGUGCAAUAAACGGAUUACAGGGUUUUGGAUGAAGAGAUGUAGUAGAUGUUAUUUUCUUUGAUCAGUUUAUGGAUAGACCUCCAAAUAAUCCUUUUGACUGUAUUAGAGAUCUCUUUGCCUCAAAAUCUCUGUCGUUUUUUUUGUACUUUUUUUUUAACUAAAGCCCCAUAAAAGGGAAAGCCAAUCACUCACUACAGAAUUCACCGUGUUUAGCCUCACAGUUUACUGUUUGACAUUUGGGUUGUAAACCCUGGCGUGACCCGAGCUUACUGCUGCUUCAAUGAAAGUGGCCCCGUUAAUUGGAAAAACCCUGACUCAGCAAACUUGAUCUCUUUAUGAGCCCCGUAUCUGACCGGGAAAGCUUGCUGGUAAUCAGUCCAGUAAAACUGAUUGAGGGUCUCUCUUUUUUUUUGCAGUGGAAAUGCUUUUGAAAUCCAUGUGUCAAAGCAGGACAGGUUAUCAAUUAUACUGGACUGUGUGUACUUUCUGCUUUCUCUCACCAGUUUGACAGGCAGGCAAUGUUCAAAACACUCAUUAACGCAUAAAGGAGUAAUGAUUGUCAGUGGAAGGUUGUGAGAACACAGUCACUGUAAAAUCUGCCAGGCCAGUUUUUAUUGCCAGGUUUUAGGUCAAAACAUUCAUUCUGCCAGGCUUAUGUCUGCAGACCAGUGAUGCAUACACACACACAAACACACACUUUUUCUUCCCUCACUCUUCUUCACUCUCACACUCACAAUUAAACACACAAGCCAAAGUAGAGCAGAUCUAUUUAGUUUGAUCUGAGUGUGGUUUUUAAAUGAUUAAAAAAUAAUCAAUCUUACUCUGAUGUUUCCAGUUCCUUAACUGACGAAAAUAAUCAUAAAUUUCUUUUCUUGACAUUUAAACUCAGAAAUUUCCAGAGCUAUCCUCAGGACAUGGCAUCAAUAAGCCUGCUGACGCUCAUUAUAGCGGUGUCCCGAUACAACUUUUUUAUGUCCGAUACGAUACUGAUAUUGUAGCCUUCAGUAUUGGCCGAUACUGAUAUUGGCACGAAUUGGAUAAACAAAGUUUUGCAUUCUGCUGCAAUGAAUUUUUUUUCGAACUUUAAUGAAAAAUACUGCCACACAGCCGACAUCACUCCAACUCUUUGCUACUCUGUUUGUACCUUAGUACACACUGUUGUUGUGAUCAUGGAGGCUCUUCAUGCUGGAUCCGGGCGCUGCUAGAUAGAAGUGCCAGAGCGGAGUCUGGAAUGGACUGCUUGUAUCGCAGUGAUGAUAAUAGAUGCAGGCCGAUAUAAUCCGAUAUUUGUUUUUUGGCUGAUAUUGUACCAAUAUCCGAUAUAAAUAUCGUAUCGGGACAGCCCUAGCUUGUUACACCUCUAGAGCUAGUUUUGAGCUAACUGGCUCUGUGUGAUCCAUCAAGUGUUGGCUGCAGCCUCCCUUGCGUCUCAAUCUGAUAAACAAUUACACACAUGACAGCAAACAUUUUGCAGAAUAUCACAGCUCCUGUGACUUGUUACAUGCAAGGAAAGGCUACAUUUGUCCACUGGGGACAGGCCUCAGCCACGCCCCCCUCCCUGAGGCUAAGGCCAGCCAAAUGUUUAUAGUGGACUAAUGAGUUCCUGUCAGGAGGCCGCACACAGCCCCGGGAGAGUGCUGGCUGACCGUGACUGGGGUGCAAGAGAGAGACAAGUGAGGUUGCGGGGGAAUCUUCAGAGGGAAUGUUUUGCUGUCCUCACAGAGGGGCUCUGAGCUCCAGCCUUGCUGGAGUAUCACAUUUGUUGCUGGCUCCAGAGUUUGGUUUAUUUUUUCUUUGUUAAGGUCCAUGAGGGAAUUGUAAUUGGUUUUAAUACCCUGUUGAUUAAACUUCCCCUGAAGGAGACAUUUCUUGUUUCUUUUGACCUGAAUGAACUAUUGCUAUUUUGAUUGGACUCCAUGGAGCUUAACUAGAAGAAGCUGUUUUUUCUUAGCCCAAGUAAUGAGUGAAGAGAAGUAGACCGUCUGCUUUGUGCUCUUGUUUCAGGUUAGUGGAGGUUUGCAUUUUUUGUCUGUGUGUUUUGUCUUUGUUACAGGUAGCGGCAGUGUACAGGGACCCCAGCGUAGGAAACCUCAUCAACAUCAUGAUUGUCAAGCUGGUCGUCAUCCACAACGAACAGGUGAGUGCGGCGUAUUAAAUGCUACCUUUAUCGCCGUGUCCAGUGUGGCUGACAUCAGCGCAGGUGUUCACAGGGCUGGCCUUUUCUCUGUGGGGCCUGUUAGACAGGACACUGCCUUCCUUGUCAGUCUAUAGUCUCACGAGAGGUCUUCCUGGAAAACAAACGAAACUAUAGAGAGGCAACCAGCCACCUGCAGUGAGAGGUGGAGAGGCUUGUGAGGCUUUUCAGUGUCAUACAAAUCUGUCAUAUUCACAUGUUUAUUGUUAAUUAUGGUUGUCAGUCAUAAAAAGGUAGACCAGACGUCUGUCUCAGGACAUUUUAUCAGAGUAAAUGUGAUGGUCUUUCUGCAGCUGUUUGCAUGAAUAGAUUUUUACAGAAAUUCAAUAACUUAUCAAGACACACAAGGUUGAAAGAAAAUAUUGAUAAACUUAGUAAAACUUAGUAAAAUACACAGAUUAAGUCACAAAGGUUUAAUCAGAGUUAUUGCACCUGUAUUUUGAUUAGUUUCAUAUUAACUGUCCUGCAGAUUCUGGGCGGCACUGAACAGCACAACUCAUUUGUUUCCAGAUCAUCAGACUGGCUUACUUUAUGGCAUUGAUAUUUUUUCAUUCCCGCAACAGGUCAACUGGAAAAUACUCUAAUGAGUCUUAAGCAGUUCCCUUUCAGUGAAUGCUUUAGGUUUGAAUUAAUGCCUUUUACACAGUUGUCUGUACUAAAGCUCUUUGGGUAGCUGUGUGGGAGUUCACACCAUGUUGCACAAAUCUGCACGUCAGAGUGACUAAACAAAGAAACGAGUAGGCUUUUAAGACAUAUCUACUACUACUUAAAGCUUCAUAUGUCCUGUUUCUUGGUCAAACCCUCGACUGAUUUUUCAUCCGUAACAGGAAGGGCCCACAGUGAGCUUCAAUGCCGCCACAACUCUCCACAACUUCUGUGUCUGGCAGCAGAGCCAAAACGUCCAGGACGACAGCCACCCCUCUCACCAUGACACCGCACUUCUCAUCACUAGGUACACUCCCUUCCCUCACUUUGAAAGCAAAGCCAAGCUGCUUAAGAAAACCGUCCUCUUCAAAGAGAUGUAACAGCAUUGUAUGUUUUUUUAUUUUUUCAGAGAAGACAUCUGCAGAGCGAAAGAUAAAUGUGACACUUUAGGUAAACUUCUCUUUUUUACCAAAAUACCCCUACUCUGAGUUUUUAUCAGUUAACUUUCUGCUCUGUAGCCUACAGCUCAUAAACUGUGCCCUAAUAAGUUUAUGGCAAGCUGUCGGCUAAUAAUAUUAUAGUGACAGAACAGAGUGGUAGAAGGAGGGGAGGGAGGGAGGAUGGAGAGAGCUGGUAGCGGCGCUAAUCUCUCUCUUACAGAACAGAAGUUUUGAUGGUUUAAUCGCCUUUACACACUCAGGCAAUGGGGUGUUUUUUCUCUCUAAUAACUGUGCCUCUGGAUGUGUUUAUAUGUGUGUUUUUUCUCUCUCUCUGUGUACGUGACCCUGUACUUGCAGGGCUGGCGGAGCUGGGGACCAUGUGCGACCAGUACCGCAGCUGCUCCAUCAGUGAGGAAAAUGGAAUUAGUGCCUCAUUCACCAUCGCUCAUGAACUGGGCCAUGUGUAAGUGGCAGCUCAACCACCUCUAUUCCAACAAACACACACACACACAUACUGUACACACAUACCUCGCCCUGCCAGCUCGGACCAACAAAAGCCCUCUUAUCAAGAGUUAUAGGGCGAAGCUGAAACAGGUGCAAAACAUAAUAAAGUGAAAAACUUGACUUUUAAUAACAUGCCUGCCUUAAUACCUGACUGUAAUGCUCAGGGAGUUAACCCUGUGUGUGUCCGAGAGUCUCUCAAGACGAAAAGUAGCUCUGACGAAAGUAAAGAGAGUCAAACCAUCCAUUCAUUUCUUCAUCGUGACACCUGAGCAUUAAUCAGUACAACUUCGAGGUUUUCUUUAUCAUUUGGCUGCUCUUUUUUUUCUUUUUUUUAAUUAGAAGUGCAGAGUCUUUAAUAAACAAAUAUAUAAAAACUGUAAACAAAAACUGUUUCUAAUUUUUUUCCCAAACAUAAAUCAUACAAACACAUUCAGGACAAAGCAGAAAAAACUGACAGGAAAGGAGAAAUAAGUAAAUAAGUGCAUACAUAAAUAAAUAAUACCCAAAGCGUACAGUCGUGGAGCAGGUAGGGAUGUAACGAUAUGAAAAUUUCACAUCAUGAUUAUUGUGACCAAAAUUAUCACGGUUGCUGCUCUUCUCAACACUGAGCAGUCUGUGAUCUUUUCCAGAGUGCGGCAAUCAAACACGGUUUUAAUGGUAAUUAAAAUUUGAAACAGUACUACUAAGUGUCACUAACUGUUUUACCCCGUUUUAUCAUUUUACCGGUAAUCGUUACAUCCCUAGUGGCAGUCUUGUGGGUCUUUCAAUUUUCUGGUUCUUAUCUCUGUCUGCGAGAAAGAGUAACAACAAACAUUAUUUUUAUGGUAAUAAGAAAAGUAACACCAGUUAAUUUGGCCUCUGAUGGUGAAAUCAAUUAAUAUGGGAAGAAAAAAGUGAAAGGGAAAAAGAGAAAAUAUAUAUAUAUUUGCAUGAUUGUACAAAAAAAAGAAAAAUAUUUAUAACUAUACAAAUAAAAUACAUACAAUGAAAAAUGGUAUAAUACUUAUUAAAAGAAAAUACACAAAUACACAGAUGAAAGUGAAGAGAGUGAAAUUAUCCACUCAUUUCUUCAUAGUGACACAUGAGCAUUAAUCUGUACAACUUUAUCUGAUAGUUUAAGGUUUUCUUUAUCAUCUGGCUGCUCUUUUGUUCCCAGCUUUUUUUCCUUUUAUCAGCUCCACACACUGAUAUAACAACCUGAUGAUGCCACAAUGACAUCAUAUGCAGCUUCCUGACAUGCGAGUGAUGGAGGUGUUAUCACAACAGUCUGUCUGCCACUCUUUAACUGUUUUCACAACAAGCUUAUUCGCCACUUAACUGACGUGGAAAAAAAAAACGGCUCGUCUGUAUCAUCUUCAUCCAAAAUGUCCAAGUUAAAACUCAUGACUGUUUAUUCCAAACAGCCACAAGGGGAAAUGAUGGUAAACACUCAUUACAGCCACUGUGUUGUAAAUCAAUUCAGUUUAUAAGUCACCCUUCCCAUGACUGUCUUUUUUUUUCCAUCCACAGACUUUAAGGCAAGUCUUUUCGUCCUAGUUUCAACCAUUCUUCCACUCAUACAGAGUAUAAAAGCUUUUCCUUCCAGUGUGUCUGUGCAUUUGUGUGGGACUCCUAAAAGGCUCCACAGUGUUGUCCAGUGUGAGCUCGUAAAGCACUGGUCAAGAAUGGACGAUAUUCUUCAUCCUCCUCGACCCCGCUCACACAUUCCUCCAUUGGAGAAAUCUAACUGGAGAGCGAGCCAGAUGGACGAGUCUCCCUCCCCCUCUUUCCACUUGCAUCUCGUGUGGAUCUGUUUAUGCUAAAGUUCAAGCAGCUGGAGGCCCAGUUGGCGCUGCCUCUUGGCGUGGUUAAUCGCAGUGUUCACAGGCAUGAGCUCUUGAGUGUUUAGCGCGCUGGGAAAGCCAGUGUCAGGUAGUGGGAGCCACUCAAGAGCGCCGAAGAUUAAAGAAAGAUUUAGGUUAAUGGAUAGGAGGCCGGUCUCAGAUGGCUGCAAAGAUUUGUUGUUAGUAAUAGCUAUCGUAGGGAUUUUCAGACGAGACUGUGUCACUUGAUAGCUGUUCAAACAUCUAAUGAGGUUCGAACAAUUCUAGGACUUCUAAGUAAAUUUCUAGCUUUCUUAUAAUGUACAUACACUCCCUGUGUUGUGAUUCGGGGUCCACAGAGGGCAAGAACUUCCAAGGACAAUAUUUAGAAGUAGAGGUAAAGAAAAUACAACCUUACGUAGAUCCAGUUUCAUGGUGAACUACUGUCUACUACAAAUGUCCUUCAGUGCAAAUUCAGUGUUAUAUAUUUGCAGCUGAAAAGGAACUUUCAACAUCCAAAGAAGCAGAGACAUCUAUGCUAAAAGACUUCACUCGCAUUAUCUGGCUUGUUUUCAAGCUAGCGAAAUGGAAGAGUCACGUUUUUGUCAUAGAUAGAGGAGCUGUAGAGGAGCUGCUUAUUUUUUUUUCUCGAGUGUCACUGCUCUCUGUUAAAGUGCUGAUUGAAGCAGUUACUGGCAACUUUUUAUUUAUAUACCAGGUUUUCAUGGCUUCAUAUGUCCUCCUGAGGCUGUUAUUUAUGGGUGUUUUAGCAGAAAAAGCUGUUUUGUCAGCUGAAAACUACUUUAGCUGCAUGACAGCAUAGUGGUAAGAGUGGGAUGCUCUUGUCUGAGGUCAGAGGAAAAGUGAAUAGACCUGACGUAAUCACAUUUUGAGUUCGAAUGCCAAUAAUUAAACUGCAGGGUUGGUACUCUAACACAGGAACUGACCACUUUAUUGAUCUGUCCCCUGAGACAACCAAACAGAGAGCCAGAAUACUCCCUGAUUUAUGACUUAAUUACACUAAAAGGCUUUUGUCUCAGGAUGUCCUCAUGAGUGUCCAUCAGGUCUGGCUCGACUAAAUCAUCAUAAUGUGUUAAUGGUGCUAAUCUGGAGCAGGCUCUGAAAGUCAGCAUAGUGGAGGAAAUAUUAUAAACUGGUGAUUAUAUUCACACUUCACUGUCACUGGAUACACCUGUGCACCAUCAUAACACAGUGCACACUUUCCGUUUGAUUUGACGUCAGCAUUAGCCGACAGCUUGGUGCAUGCAGAGCUCAUUACUGUGCCAGAGGCUUAAUUAUUCCCUAGGUGCCUUCGGGGCCUCGGCCCCUGUAGGGUGGGCCUCAUGCCAGCCAUGCUCGGUCUUGUUUUCGUGCCGGUAUGGAUUGACCCUGAGCUACAGUCUGCAACCCAGCACUGGCCCACAUCCUGUUGUAAACAUCUCAGACAUCAUACAGCUGCAAGGGUUCCUGUGUGUGUAAAUGGAUAUGUGUGUAUGUGCUUGUAUUCAGGGAUCAUAGCCAAACCGCAGCACAGAACAGGACAUCUGUACUGGACCGAUCUAUUCUGGACAUGAUCAAGGCAACUUACUUUAUGAGACUGCAGACAGCAGACAGCCUGGAUGACAUCAUUCAUUUGCAGAUGCCCUGAGCUUCAUUUUAUACAGCUGUUCUUUCGCAAAGUUUAACUUUUAUAGAAACUAAUCCUGAAACAGCUCAUUAAAGCCAGAGCAAGCAAUUUAUUCAAGAGCAUGUUUUAUUUAACUGAUGUCUCGGCACAAGCUGGCAGCAACCUAUAAAUCAAAUGCUGUGUUUGUGUACAUAAUUAUGAUUCUUUUCCAAAUGCAUCAAUAUUUUAGGUGAUUCAGUUGGAUUAGUAUACACAUAUGUGUGUUGAUGGGCACUAAGCUGUUUGAGAAUGUAAGAUUUUGACCUUAAAUCCCAUAAGAAUUCAAAUUUGGGUGUUUUCACCAGCAUGUCUGUCGUGAAGGUGUAGGGGGUUGAUGCAGACAGAUGAAAAGUUAUAUUUCGUUUAAAAUGUAGCACAAUUUUCUGAAAAGCUUUUAGAUUUUACUGAAGAUAUUAAAUUUUAUGGCAUAGGCUUUUAGGAGAGGACAUAAAUGAUAGGGUAUGUGGAAAAGCACCAGGGGAGGAUUUCUCUGUGGUUGUAUCUGGUUGAUCCACUGCUUAAAAUGGAGGAGCAUAUACCCUGACAUUUAUCCUCCUUUAUGCUUUUGUGUGUGCUCCCUUUACUCCUCCCUCCACCUCUGUCUCACUCAGCCACCUUUUCUCUCUCUUCUCCAGGUUCAACAUGCCUCAUGAUGACAACCCAAAGUGCAAGGAGGCUGGUAUUAAGCACCAGUAUCACGUCAUGGCUCCCACCCUCAACUAUGACACCAACCCCUGGUCAUGGUCAAAGUGCAGCCGCAAGUACAUCACCGAGUUCCUAGAGUAGGUACCAGCUCUCCCUCCAGUUUCAAACUGAUUCAUAUAAAUACAAAGCGAGAAGCCUCUUCAUCCCUGACUUCUCAAAACUAACAUGUUGUGCAAUUCUACCUCCCAUACUUUGAUCCAAUCAUGCAGUUUUCAUGGUGACCUGUGACCUUUUAGGGUGAAGGGGGUGGUCAAAUAGCCCCCUAAACAGCUCUUUAAAUUGAAGGGUUUGUAGAAGAGGCCUCCAGACAGAGAGGUAGACAGGAAUUACCCUAACUCUUCUUUGCAAACUGAGGUGUUAUAGUUUAGAGUAGGGAUAUCCCAGUACGAUAUUGAUAUCGGAUAUUGGUCCGAUAUCAGCAAAAAAAACAAAUAUCAGAUUAUAUCAGCCUGCAUCUAAUAUCUCAGAUUGAAGCACCCCGAUACAAACAGUGCAUUCCAGACACCGCUCCAGCAUGCACAGCCAACAUGAUCACAACAACCGUGUGUAUUAAGGUACUAACAAAGUAGUAAGGAGCAGGAGUGAUGUCGGCCGUGUGGCAGUAUUUUUCGUUAAAGUCUGAAAAAGACAUUGCAGCUGAGUGCAAAACUUGUCACGCACAAGUCUGUGCAAAUAUCGGAUCAAUAUCGGUAUCACCUAAUACUGAAGGCUACAAUAUCGGUAUGGUAUCAUAAGUAAAAAAGUUGUAUCAGGACACCCCUAGUUUAGAGUAAGUCCAAUGAGAAAAGUACAGAUCUUCUAUAUAAUCAUGUAAAAGUUUUAACUCGAUUAAAAAUCCACCGCUGUGUUAAUGGAUAGCUGUAAGAAGCUGUUCGGAGCACUUGCUGCUGCUGAUAAUUUAAAUAGAGCUUUGUGUAAGUUAUAAUUCAUAAACAGCUAUACCCUCAGGCUCAGAAACCGUGAGAGGUUUCAUUUGAAUCAUUAAUAACCGCAACACCUUUCCCUCGAAACUCAGUUCUGAAAAGCCGCUUCACAAUCUCCGCUACUCUGCAACUGCAAAUAGGGCAAAGGGCGUGGAACUGGGACAAGUCCUAAUACAUCUUCAUUUAAAGUGUGCCAUUAACUUUUCCUUGUUGUGACGUGGCCGGCUAAACAAACUGCCUCAGUGUCCCUUGCUGUGCUCCGUACAGACAGGCCAGUGCUAUGUAAACUCUGCUGAGUUGUUAUUGCCUGGUGUUGAAAGAGUAUUUCCUGUUUGAUUCGGAGGGUCUUCCUCGGCUGACCUGAACGGUGGAUAUUCUGCUGCCCCUCAGCCGUCUCCUCACCCAGACAGACAGAGCUAUGCUGUCAAGAUGCUGGGCAAACAGUAAUCUAGUCAUUGUCCCGCUUUCCACAGCAAAACCUGUAACACGGGGCAACGGCUCAUUCAGCAACUCCUGGUGAAAGAGUUCCCUUUAAGAUUGGAAAUGUAACUUAUAAUUAGAGCUUCCCUGGACUUGACCCUUUAAUCUUUGCCUCCUUUUCCUCUGUUAAUUGUUGAGGCUUUCACAAAGGACAGCGUUGUUGACCAGAUGCAUCUCAAGAGUGCAGUGUAGGGGACGCCCCGCAUGGCGUUUUAAGAUUGUGCUUCACAUAGUUUCCAGUGAUGACCUCAGUAUGGAGUGGUCAGGACACACAGCUGAAAAUGAGGAGAACCUUCAUGAAUCUCUUCAUUAUAUGGUUGGCACCGUCAGCUGUGUGUGCUCAGAAUUGCAGAUCAAGUUUCUCCUGCACUUUAGAUGCACUCCAAUGUGUCUGAACCUGAUGAGAUACAUGACGAAAUGUACAGGUAUGAAGAAGAGAGUUGAGCAGCAUUUCAGUGUGGGAGCUGCAACGGUGGGAAAGACCCUCAAGUGUGCAGUCCGAGUGCUUUUGAAAUCCGUCUCCAGCCAACAAUGAGAAGCAUUGAUUCAAGCUCGUACUUGUGCAGUACUACCCCUGCUCAGUGAGCUGACCAGGUCGAGUACGUCAGUGUUUUGACUGCUUUUUCUCCCUGAAGAGCAAAUUCAAUCUGCACCCUUCUCCUGCAAAUGUAACAAACGAAAGGCCGCGCCACCUCUCAAACUUCGCUCUUUCAAAAGGCAAAGGAGGGGAAUCCUUCGCCUCUCCUUAUCUCACUGCUGUUGUAAUAAUACACAUUAAACUCCUGCGCCUGAAAGCUGAUGAAAGGUGUCCUGCUAUUGUGCCCGCUUACUAUGAGUCAACUGGUACAUAAGGCAGCCAUUCUCUCCUUGUCUGGUGCUGAGCUUUUUGAUGUAAGCCUCAAAUAUAAAUUAGGGCUGUUCGAUAAACCGAAAUUUACGACAAUAACCAACGUCAUUCUGCCCAUAUCAGUAAAUUAGGUGUCAAAAAAAUAGAUAAAUAUAAGUUGGUUUUGGAUGUGUGUAGGUAGGCAAUGGUCUCAUGUCCCUUUAAGACGCUGUCCUACAUUAGAGACGAGACUCCACCCCAUCCAGUCUGCAACAAAGAGGGAAAGACAGGUGAGGAGAUGGAGGACGGUUCAAAAGUUGUAGCGGCUGGAGCGGCGGCUGGAGCGGCGGCUAAAGUAGCGAAGUCAUUCUUGGAGUGGUUGAGCAGCUUCUGAGGUAGUUAUCGUCCAUUUAUCGUUAUCCAGGUGAACUGCUCAGUAUAUCGUGAUAUUGAUUUGAGGUUGUAUCGCCCAGCCCUACUUAAACUGCAAACCUUUUUCACUGUAGUCCCCGCUAAAUGUUGUGUUUGCCAAAUGUAGAACCACACAAUCAUUCAUAGCAACAAGGUCUAUCAUUUUCAAUUGCACACCUUGAAAAUUAAUCUAACCGCUCAGACUGCAACCAUUCCUAAAAUCUCCCAUGAGAAAUAAUUCCUGGUGUAAUUUUAAUCUUACUUUCUUUCUAAAAUCAGGAUUGAACAUCAUGUACCGCCUGCUCCUCCAAAUUCAUUUAAAACCUAUCAUUAUCUUGCUAUGUAUCUCUAAGUACAAUAAUGGUUACAUGCUGUCAGACAUGAAACUCCCGCUGCAGAUUACUCUCCCUGUUUGAUCAAGCCCUGUAUACGGUGAUACUCUGUGGCGUUCAGCCCUCUGCAAAAAACAUCAGCCUGACAUAUGCUAUAAGUAGACCUCUCGCACCGCUCGGAGUCGGAAACCCAGUAUAUGGAAACUAUUAUUGUUUAGUCUCUUAUGACAUCACACAACAGCCAACUAUAAGUCGUCUGAUAAAUAAACUCACAUUCAAGAUCCCCAAUGGUUGCCAGAUGUGGAAUCUCCACUGUGCCAUAAAAGAGGUCUCGAGGCCUUAUGGAUGACAUUCUUAGAAAAAGUAGAUGUUUAAUUCAAAAUGUCCGCACUGACUGACCCCUUCACCCCUACUGUCUGUCUGUCUCUGUGUUGUGGUUUUAAUAAUCAUUCCAUUAGUUUUCAGCUUCAUGAUGAGACAGAUGACCAGCUGCUGAAAGAUGCUGCAAUAUAUGACUGAGUAUGAUUCUUUGACAGCCUGCUCUUCCCCUGAUCUCAUGCAACCCUCCUCCUGUCAUCCUCCUGCCGUGUGUUGCAUUUUCUUAACAUUAUGAAUGGAAAUGAAAGAGGAGAGAAACAAAGUGAUGGUAACUUGGUGGUAAUCCUGUGUAAUUAUUGGCCUGUCACAUCAGCUGUUACAUUAUGGAGCAGGUGUUUUAGCAGCUCAACCCUGGAUUAGAUUUGUCAAAGAGAUGCAGACAUGUCAUGUAAUUACACAUCUACACACGUCUCUUCUGAUGGUUUCUUUUAUUCUUAAGAUAAACAGAACAAAAGAAGAGUUCCUUUGAGGUCCAGCUCACUCUGCUAACAUGUUUGACUUGUGUCUUUUCACAACCGUAAAGGUGAUGAUUUUAUAUGCACACACUCAGCCCAGCUGUGCUUUUGUUGCCCCUGUUUCGCGUCACGGCUCAGGGUGUGGCUGAUUUACAGCGCUAUCUGUCACGAUACUGCAAUGUCGCUGCUUGCGCUGAUUUAUGUAACCUAAUUUGAGGUGCUUUAUGACCCUAAAUUCUUCAGUUUACAGAGAAAUACAGGCAGGAUUAAAAAAUGUUUUCAGCUUGCAGAUUCUUUUCAGUGUGUAUCAAAAUGCUGUUUUAUGUAGCCUUGUGGCGCCUGACUCCAGUUUCCCUGUGACAGCAUUUACUAACAGGCCAUUGAGGGGAAGUGGUAUCAGUCUCUCCGUUAGGUAACUUUACAGACCACCCACAGGGGAAAACACAUGAGAGGAUGAUCACACACAAUGACACAGAAAUGUUUACUUUGCUCUUAUGACGGAUGAUGACACAUGUUGAUACUCGUGGGGGUCAGAACAGAAAAUACUGAGUUUUUUUGUGUCGUGGAAGUUUGUGUAUGUGUGUUUAAUUUUCUGUUUAUGCACAUUUCUGCAUAUUUUUGCAGCUUCCCGUUCAUUUAAUACUAUGUUGCUGUUCUUUUCUUUCAGCACGGGCUAUGGGGAGUGCCUCCUUGAUGAACCUGUAGGAAGAACGUAUGAGCUGCCCACCCUCCUCCCUGGUCAAAUCUACAAUGCCAACAGACAGUGUGAACUGAUGUUUGGACCUGGUUCCCAAAUCUGCCCUUACAUGGUAAGUUGGCUCACUAUCAAAGCAGGCAAACCACACUGAAAAGUAAAGAAGUGAGGACUUGAGGUGGAAGCAGAUAAUGGAAAUCUGUUGAUGCCUCCUAUGAAAUACAGAAAAAGAUUUUCCGCUGAGUGGUUUUCCUCAUAGGCCAACAGAUUUGACAUUGUAGUCGGUUCAUCAUAUGUUGUUUUUAUGAGCUCUUCCAUUGUAAAUACAUUUAAUCAGUUAAUUCCCACGCGUAAUGUUUAACAUGUAUUUUUAUUACACAGACAUAAGAAGUCCAACUUGUUUAUUGUUAAAUGCACAGACAAAUUAAAAACUGAUGCUCUGCUAUUUACAACCACACAUGUCUGGAAAAGAGACGCAUUUCAAUCUGCAAUCAAAAAGAAAGCAGAUAAAUCAGAAUAUAUGGAAUUAAUUAAACAUGAGUGUGUUUUGCAUAUGUUGGGGAGUUGAGCUCUACUCCCAGUCUGCCCAGAUGAUUUAUCCUCCUCUCAUUUUCCCCUCCAUAGAAACAGUGCAAGAGGCUGUGGUGCACAAGUGCAGAGGGGGACCAUAAAGGGUGUCGCACACAGCACAUGCCACUGGCUGAUGGGACUGACUGCGGACAUGGAAUGGUAAAUUUAGUCAUAUUUCCCCCAAGUUGAAUUGCAUUCACUCACAUAUUUUAGGGAGUGCCGUUGUAUUACGACAUCUGACAUCUAUUGGAAACUGCAUCGCUGCUACCCCUAUAAUAAUAUGUUAAAGAGAAUAUGGAGCAAAUCCUCUAACUCCUCUGUCUUUAAUUUUAAAAUCAAAAUGUCAUAACUUGUUAUGUUGGAAAGAAUUGUGGCUGUGUUUCACUAGAAAAACAAAAUCCUGUUUUUAUGGAGCAGUUUGUUGUUGGAUUGACAUACUGAAUUGAUUCAGAGGAGCCUUCCCAUCUGGUAUGUGAUGCAGGGUAGAAAAAUAAAAAUAUGAGUGUUUGCAGCUACCAUGACACCAGAUUAAGCUAGCAUUAAAUCCAGAAAUUGUUUUGCAUCACCAUAUUGCAACACUGAAUGUAUUUCUGCUACUUCUUAUUCGGAAUGAUUUUUUAGCUUGCCUUGCUGCAUUUAGACAAAAUACAUUAGUGACACAACCCAAACCACCCAGGCAGCGCCCCUUUGAAUGUUGAUGCCUUUUCCUUUUAGUUUACUCCCUCUACCAAGAAACAGGAAUAAUUUAUCAUCCAUUACUCUCCCGCCUGCAUUCUACUUGCACAAACCCAUGUAAAUGUGGUCAGGUGAUGGCUCUAGUUAGAAACUUGAAGCUUUACCCUCAGUGUUGUUACGGGGCCCCAACCCCCAUUAGCCUUCAUGUUCUCCUCGCUCUGGGAUGCUAUGCUAAUUAGGGCUGAGACGGCGGGUCAGUCACUGAGGAUACGGGGGAAGAGGGGCUGCAGGAGAGGAGGGGGGGGGAGAAAGAGGAAAGAAAAGGGAUACAGAGGGGGUGGGAAGAGAGAGAGAGAGUCAAGAGAGGGAAAAGGUGAAGACGUGGGCGCUUUGAAAGUGGAUGCCGCCCGCCGUUCACAGUUGAGUCACCUUGUUGUGAACCCAUGACCCCAAAACCUCUUUAAAAGGCGGGUGAGUGGGUCAGUGGUCAGGCCGUAACAGAGCCCAGGCUCAAACCAGCCAGUGCAUUCACAAAAGGCCUCACAUCAGUGAUUCGAGGAGGGGGAAGGAGUGAGGAGGAGUAGAGGGUGGUAAGGAUGAGGAGGGCGGUGUUAAAAAUUCGGUAUACGCAUCAGAGGGAGAGAAAAAGAGAAGAAGAGGGAAGAAGAGUGAGCACGCUCGAGAGAGAAAGGGCGGUUUCUCUCCUCUUCUUAACCUUUGGGCCCUCAGGGGUCUUCUGCAGUGUGGGUCCAUGUAUGUCUCAUACCCCUUAUAUCCUUUCAUCUGGCUCCAUCUCCCUCCUCACCAUGUCAGGUCCUGGAUCGGCCCUGUCUAGUGAGGAAAGGUUAACAGGGGAUAGCUAACAUCUUAAUCCAACUACAACAACCAGACCAAAUAGUAAUAGCCCUGUGAGUUCCCAUACUGCUCACACGGAGAAACCUUUAGGGAGUGUAAGUUUAUAUACAUAAAGUGGUGAUAAACUUUAAUAAGCUUCAAAACCUUAGACCAGUUAAAGAUGACGUAGCUAGAUCAGCUGAAGUCUGGUUUAAGCUUGUUUUGGGUCAAAGCAACAAUGUCGGCUAAACGCUACAUCAGCUGUAAAUAUAAAGUUCAGCCAAGGAUAAAUGUUUGGUUUAAAAUAAAACCAAAAAGCUAAGUAGCCUACAUGCAUUAGACAAAACAAUACUGUUGUCUGAAGGCUUAUCAUUGCAAGACAAGCUUUGCAUGUUUUCAGGGUCCGUGUAUUAUCCGUCUAUUCAAUUAUUCCAUUCAGUCUAGUAAACGAAAAACGAAAAAACGAGUCAAUAUUUUGUUUAUUUGUUUUUCUAUAUGACCAAAAAAUAAAAGAUUAGUGUUCAUAUUUUCAGUGCAAAACAGAAUAUAUAAUAGAGAUGGAAAAGCACAUACGCAUUGCACAACAAAGUAGCCAACAACGUGGACCAAAAACUCCAGGUCAGAGCGGUAGAGAAAGGCUAACCUGCUGUCUUGGAGAUUGACGCAUCCUACCUAUUAUACAAACCCACCAGGAGGGUCACGCUGAAGGAGGAAGAUAUGUCUUACAACCAGAGCGCUGUUACAACAUAAGAUUUUGGCGCUCGAACCGCUCUGUCGCAUUUUUCGCCAUGGUAACUGUUGCUGAGGAUCAUGGGAAGGCCAAUGUAGCCUCCAUGCAUGUAUGCUCAAAACAGGCGCACUCAAAAUCAAUAAUUGUAAAUAAGAUUUAUUAUUUCAUUUUUGUUUCCUUCUCUAUUAUAUAUUCUGUUUUGAGCUGAAAAUACAAAAACAAACUAAUUUUUUAUUUUUGGUUAUACAGAAAAACAAAUAAACAAAAUAUUGACUUGUUUUUUCAUUUUUCAUGUACUAGAUUGAAUGGAAUAAUUGAUUGAUUUUGGCAAAGCUGGCAUGCUUACUACGCUUUGAAGCUUCACCUUGUAACAGCUUUAGCUUAGCAUGUUUGUACACCGAUGUGUUUCCCAUUUAGCAAAUCGUCAGUUCAUACAAAAGUUAGCUAAGAGCAUUAAAAAUUCCACCUUUUUGGUCAAAAUUAAAUUAACUUCCUUUGUGAAAACCUAGAAAGACAGUUUCUUUCAUUUCUUGUGGUGUGAGAGUAGAGGUACCACCUUUGUUUGUAGUAUGGCAGGCCCAGUUUCAUCUACAUGGAGGGGGCUGUUUGAAGUAGCACGAGUUGAAAGAGACGGGGACCCUGCCCUGACACUCACCUGCCCACACAAGAGCUCUUUUAUGUGGUAUUUUGGUAUGGUGUGUUUGUGUGUGCAAGAGUGUGUUUGUGUUCAUCCUCAAAAGUCUGAUAAUCUGCAAACCCAGAUGACUCUUCUUGAUCCUUUUGUGUCUGCGUCAUAUAGAUUUCCAGACUAUAUCUCGUGUAUUUUUCCAGCCUCUAUCUCUUUCUACUGACAAUCUUAAUGUGCUUUUUCUGUCACACCUUCUCAUAUCUUCUCUUGACUCAUUUCUCAUUCUUUCUACAAAGAAGUCAUGAGGUUCAGGUCUAAGACUUUCCAGGGUCUUGGGUCGAGAUCUUGGCUCUGAGGUGUCUGAGAAGCCCCGAGGGGCGGAGUGUGUGUGUGUCUCUAGGGGAGGUGUCUGAUCUUGAGGAUUACAUCCAUGGCCUCUAUAGGGAGAAACUAGAAAAGGGUAUUGUCUAAGCAACCACAGCUCCACUUUAAAGAUCUUGUUUGUAACCUGCGAUUGGAACCAAAACUUCCCAUGCCCGCUGAGUCGAAGGGAAAACAACAUUUACAAAACACAGAAGAUAAACACUCUGAAUGCAUUGCCAUAACCUCCUGUCUUGGAAAGAGGUUUUUGUUCCAGAGGGUUAUGAAACAAAGUUGUGACCACAUCGGGUAAUUGAGGUCAGUGCCCGAAAAAGUGGGAGGCAAGCACGUCCACGAAAUGAAGAGUGAAAAAUGUUUGUUUGUAUACAAGUGAGUUAAAAUAGGGCAACAGGCACUGCAGGGUUCAUGGGUAGUUUUUCUCCCCCUCUGUCCCUUUCUCCUCAAACCCUCUCUGCUUUGCUCUCCCUCUCCCUCUGCCUCUGCCUCUCUCUCUCUCUUUCUCCCUCCCUUGCUCCCUUUCCUCUCUGUUGCUCAAUGGGCCCUCUCACAGGGCGCAGGAGUGAGUAAUGCGGUCACAUGACCUCUUGGCGGCGCGUCUGUCAUCUGGCUCAGUGGGCCGUGCACUAACGAGGGCAUCCCAUCACUUGUUGUCUAUAAAUACCGCCACCACCCUCCCCCCUCCCUCCUCUCCAUCUUCUCCUCUCCUGCUCUUUUUUCCUCACCCUGUUUCCUCCCCUAGAGUCCCUCUCACACUUAAAAAGGAGACCUCCCUAUGUGUGCUUGCAUGUCCUGUUGUUUGUGCGUGUUUAAAUGUGUCGCAAAGAUGCUUGUUGUACUUGUAGUUGCGUUUAAAUUAUUUUCAGUAUUACAUGUAACGUACAUACAGUAUAUGCAUGUUAUGUAUUUGUGUGAGGAUUUGGUUCAGCUAGUAUAGUGUUAAAAGAGAUAAGUCAAACCCAUGGAAAACUUGUCUGUGUUUAUUUUGUGCUGUGUCACACCAUGUCAUUGAUCAGUGUGUGGCAGUUAAGGAGAGCAGCGACAGAACUUGAAUCGACUUUUCUGUUUUUAUUGUUUCUUAUUUUGUUCAUUUUAUUGCCAAUUUGAAAAUAAGCAUGACUGAAAGCUCCCUAGAAAACCCCUUUUCAAGAAUUUGUCGCCAAAUGACGAACAAAAGCAUUUGAGCGUUGUGAUUCUAUUCAACAUACUUACUUUUGACUGAGCUUUUCUUUAAGUACCUGUAAAAUCCCCCUAAAGGCCCCCCAGAUACUCUUAAUAGGGGCUUAAUUGAGUGGUUAGUGUAAGUGAAUAAAUGGGAACUUGCUUCUGAUUUCCAGAAAAUUCCUUCGGAAAAGAAUGACGACCUGCUCUGGUUUCAGCCAAUUAGAGUGAGAUAGUGAGGUCUUGAAAAGUGAAGCCAGGGCAGAAUGGAGUCUGUUGGCGGAGGCGGUGAGUGUUGGCUGGAACCCCUUGGCAGCCUGACAGGCUUGUCGUACGAUGCUGGGGUGUGUGUGUGUAAGUGUGUGUCUGUGUGUGUUUGUAUGCUCGGUGUGCCUCUGGAACUCGGGGUUGUGUGACUGGUAUCGGUGUCACUCUUAGCUAAUCUUAGGAUAUUUGCAGGAUGUUGCCACUUUGAUUCGCCAUCAUCACACACAUAUCUGUGGAUUCAGGCUAACAAGAGGAUUGUUGUUAUCGCAUUCACAUAGUUUGCUGAUGGAAUUACUGUAUCCGGUUGCCAGCGAGGGAAGCUUUCUGUGCUUGUUAUGAGGAAGGAGGAAGUAUUUGCAUGAUUAUAGUUUUUGUCUGUACUUAAAGAUAUAAAAGUAAGCCCUAAUACACAUUUCAUAAAACCAUAUUAUCAUGUAAAAAUGUUUUAAAAAUGAACAGAAACUGCCAAGUAGCUUAAAAUUUCUCACAAGUACAAGCCUUGUUAGGUUGUUACAGCUAACAGCUAAACAUGGAUUAGCAAAAAGGAGGGUAGGGGAUAGCAAGUAGCAGAUGUGUACUGACUUAUUUAACAAAAAGAGUAACAAAUGUGAAAAAAAAUACUGUAGUAGUGUAAUAGUAGUGUAAUAGUGCCUGAUCCUUAUGCUGUAGCAAGAAAUUUUCUUUUUGGUUAGCUUACUAGUCUAAAAACAAGGCAUAAAAAUAGUCAAAUUAAGUGCAGUGUAUUUAACUCUGCUAAACAAGGGAUCACAAAGUCUGUAGUAAACCAUGUCAAAUUGGUUUUCCAAGUUUCGGCACUGUAAGCAGAGCACCAGCCUUCAGUCCUCCUUGCAUUAGGGCUGGGCGAUAAAACCGAAAAUUUACAGAUACUGAAAUUUACGACAAUAACUGACGUCAUUUCGCACAUAUCGGUAUCUUCAGUGUCAAAAAAAUAAAUAAAUAAAAGUUGGUUUUGGACGUGUGUAGAUAGGCUAUGGUCUCAUGUCCCUUUAAGACGCUGUCCUACAUCAGAGAUGUCACUCCACAUAUAUCGUUAUAUAUUGUGAUGUAUCGUGAUAUUGGUUUGAGGCCAUAUCGCCCAGCCCUACCUUGCAUGCUAAGAUCCACAUAUUUGUGCUGUUCACAGAUUUCUUUGGUUGAGAGCUAAUUUAACCAGGAACAGCUCCCCAAAACUUAAUCUCUGUGUUCUUGAUAAAAUCCCGCCAUACUGUGCUGUGCUAUGAGAUAUGAGCCCUCUGUCAUCCAUACUUGUUCACAUUUGGUCAAUAGAGAAUUGUAACUAGACUAGCUUUUAACUAGAGCUACAGGUAUUUUAGGCUUACAGUAAUAACGAUACUAAUCAUUUCUUUAUGGGAGUAUUAAGUAUAGUUCUGACUAGCAAGGGAGAUGAUGUUUGGUUGCUAAAUCAACAAAAUGUGCAGUGUCAUUUGCUGUUUUAAGUUUACGAUGUUAACGUGUUGUGCUGCCCCCAAGUGGCCAACAUUGUUGAAUAAAUGGGCCAAAAAUCCAAUAAUACAGUGAAUUCUUUUAAUUUUUAGCACAUUUUUUUAAGUUGAAAAUAACAAUCAUUUCCCACUGUAAAAUAAGUGUGAGAACACGAAGAGUUAAAUGUGUCUAGGCUGUACAGUCUAUGAAAAGGAAGACAGACUGACAGUAAAAGUGUCUCUGAAGUGCACAUGAAUAGAACAGCUGAUGGGGCCAAACUACUCAUUCUCUGUAAUGACAACCUUUACACUUUGUGGAAAGAUAUACAGGCAGGAGGGUUCACAGACGGUGGAAAAACUGCAAAGGAAACAGAGUUGGGCGAGUAAGAACAGAGGUUGGUUGGGGUCACGGUUGCAUCAUAUUUUCUUCCUCGAUGUCUUAUUUGCGUCCCCUCCUUCUUGUCAUUUCUCUUCCUCCCAUCUUUACACACUUGAGAAGGAAGAACAUUUGGAAUGCAUGCCUUCACUGAAAAAAUUCUUAGUGUAAAUUCAGUUUACUAUAAACACUGUCAUUUGAUUUCUCCUUUUAUAUUGAGCUGCAGGAAUCCAUCAGAGAUAUAAUCUCCAAAUCAACUGUGGAAGUCCAUAUUGAGCUUUAUAUGGAUUCCAACAUGUUUAUCAAAAUACACAGCAGAGAGGAUAGAAGGCUCAUUAAAAGUAAAAACCUUAACACCCACCAGGCCGAGGUCUAAAUGAACUCUGAACCCAGAGCCAUGAGAAAGACAGUGCAAGAUGAAAGGUGAUGCCUUUUGGAAAUGGCCGUGUUAAAAUGAAAGGGCUUUUUAAAUCGCGCCUCUGCCUUCUCAUUCGUGCUGUGAUGUAUGGCUUGGGUUCAGAAAUGAGGUGCUCUCUGCAACAGUUUCCUGGCAAUUACAGGGCGCUUACUUCCAAAAGCAGGCAGCUGAGGAGCUCAGAGCAGAUGCUGCCGUUCUUAGACACCGUUCCCACUGCGACUGUUCAGUGACUCCUCAAACUUGAUUUGGUUUGUUUGAGAGGCAAAACUCGAGCAUGUAGAAGAGUUUUUCUGUCUUAUUUAUGUGUUUGCAUCAUUGACUAAAAAAAUGUAUUUGAUAUAUGAGUAUGCACACAUCCUGGUACGAGUUGGUGAGUCAGCGUGUGUCUUUGCAGAAUUCCUAAUUUGAAGCACAUGCUUGUCACAGCUGGACAGGUUUCUCUCACAAGACCUUCAAAUGUCUCACCACAUUCCCAAUUGAGUUCAGAUUCUGACAAUCCUUCUAGGAAAGACUUUGCCCGUGUCCCUAAUGCUCGUUUGAGCUUUGCCAAGCCUGACUCUCACCUCACCUAAGGGUGUGUUUGUGCACUUUGGAAAGAGAGGCUAAUUGGAAUUGAGCGUGGCCCCCAGAUGCCUCCAGACUCUAAGCAAUCACUCUCACACUUGACACACAUUCGCACAUGUGCACACACACACUUCCACACAGAGUCGUGAGCAUGCUAACACACACUCACUCACACACAUACAUCAUCUCACACAGAUGUUUUUUUCCUUCCACUCCCCCCCUCCUUCCUUCUUUCUUCUUUUCACCCACAUCACCUUUUCAAGCCAAACAAAACGGUUGUAAACACAGGGUGCCAGUGGGGGGAGUGGAAUGCCUCAGAGGCUUACACGGGCUUUGGUCCUCUCUGACAGACAGUCUGCCUUGUGUUUGACACUUCCUUGGGUCCUGAUGCCUGGUCACACUGCGGUGGUCUCUGCAUGUCCCGUGCAGCUCUCCAUAAGGGGAUAAGGGGGAUGGGUGGCAGAGGAGAGGAUGUAUGGAGGGGAUGAUCAGGCAUGGGUUGACAGUUCUUACACUGGGUGGGCUGCAUAGGGAGAAAAUCUUUUGUCCUCGAUACUUGGGGAAAAGUCACUUAAAGGCAUCUUAAAUACCCACUCUGAUGACAAUCAUGUUUUCCUUGUUUUCUAUGUGUUCAUUUGGCAUUUUUCUGAUACUAGGGGACAAAUCAUGAGAAAAAAAGAGCAAAAUUGCAUUUCUGAGUAUUUCUGCAUUCAAAUCGCUGUGAAUAUCUGACAGACCCUAACGGCAGGUUCAGAUUCAGUGAGAUUUCCUACCUAGCAAAUCCAAGCUCCGCCCCCAGAGCCCUGCUAUGCAGACCACAAUCUGAGAAAUAGGACUAUCGCGGAACAAGCUUGUGUGUUAGCAGAUUGCAAUGCUUGUAAGAAAGCUAACUAUGAUAUUAACUUUCAUCACAUCCCCAAAGACAUUAGUGUCUGAAAGCUGAAUAGCUCCUAUGUUACCUGCUUCUUCUACAACAACGACAAUGUUAGGCUACAAGCUAACGUGAAGAGACGUGUGCAGAAUUGUUAAUGAUCUACUGGAGCUCUGCAAUUUACUGUAAUUUACUGUAUAUAUUGAAUGGAAAUGACCAGAUCGAAAUAAACUUCAAACUAACUAAACUAAAAGCCCUUAAAAAUGACACAGGUAACGUGGUUUAGGCUAAAAACUUCAUAAUCACAAUUUAAAGACCACUGAGAACACUUAGUAAAAUAAAUGAUCAGAGUCGGACUUCAAAGGAAAAAUGAGUUUCUGCAAACAGCUUUUCUUUUGUUUCUUUCCCUCUAAAGUGAGGAUGUUGCUCAACCAACAUAAACCAGCACAUGUUUGCCUUUUCCUCAUGAGAAGACCAUUUCUACUUUUGUGGAUGUUUUAUCACAAUCCUUUUAGUGCUUUUAAUUUGAAUUGCUCUCUAAAACCGUUGCACAACAUUAUCAGUGCCUUCAGUUUUCACUUACAGUGGAGUCAGACCUGGACCAUUACUGAAACCAGGUCUGGAUUACAGAAAUGUUUGUGGCUUGUUUAGUUUGUACCCUGCAGCUGUUAACACCUGUCUGUCAUUGUGCACAGGCUUUACACUCCAUCAUUAGACUCACAAGUGUGUAAAACACACACGCAAGCUAGGCCAGGAUAGAAAAGGCAUUGGUGCCAAAUUCCAUGUACGCUUACAUGUGUUUGUGUGUAGGACUUUGCACUUUUGCAGGUGUUCUCUUGAGAGAAUGGCUGCGAGUUGUGAAUUUAUUUAAAUGCAGAAACUGGAAAGGUUAAGCUCCUGUUGUGGAGAUGGCUUUGGUUGAUAUUCACGUAAUUAUGAAAAUUCACUGGAGCAGAUCUCACUCAGUGUUGUUCUCAGUUUUCAUGACUCUUUGGAAGGAUCUGACUCAGAUACUUUUAUCUAUUGUAGGGGAUUGCAUGUCCUGGUUUGGUAAGAGCAGGAACUUUUGCACCCUUACUGACCAAACUCUAAAAUCAAAAUAUUGCAUGUCAAGGUGUCCCAGAAGAGCAUCCUCCCAUCGUGGUUGUAAGUUUAAAUCUGUGUACCUGAGUAGAUAAAAUGGGAACAAGGAGGAGGGAUUUCCUGAUGUGAAGCCAGUAAUGAACUUAGUUCCUCCUGUUAUCAUGACUCUAGAGUUUCCUUAUCACAGUGCCACUGCUCCCCCGUGCCUGUGUGCCCGGACGGCUAGGCUACGUACCCAGACAGACGCCGUCUUGUCCCGCAUUCUUUCCGCGAACAGGACCCUACCAUAUCUUAGUCGCUGAGAGGAGGAUUUAGUUACUCACAAAGGGAAAUGAGCCUGCUGUGCUUUGCUUAUGAAAGCAGUGUUAGCACUUCUUGGCAAAGGUUGGUUAGCAGGUACACACAGUUUGAUACCAGGCGCCUUCUCCUCUACCUGGCCCAGGGUCUUCUGUAUGAAGUGUUGUGUAUAAAACCCAAUCUGGAUUUCUUCUGUUGGGUUUCGUAUCACCAAUACUUUAUGAAUUUUUUCUCCUCUUUGGUAAUAUUAUUAGAAAUAAGAAAAGAACACUUUGGAACGAUUUAUAUUUCAGAUUGACUGAAAGUAUUGCAGCCCUUUGCUUCACCCAUUGGCACGUCUUGCCUGUUACUGUCUUCCCUCAACUCUAUUUCUGUCCCUAUCCAAGUUGUUUCCUCCCUCUCCCAUUUCUCUUUGGACAGCUGGAGGUGUUGGACGACUUCCAGGAGGGUAAACAAAAGCAGAAUUAGGAUUUCUUUUUAAAUUUAGUCUGGGAUCUAAACAGAGGAUUAGGACGGCAAAGAGGAACACCACUCCCAGCUGUGCAUGCACUAAUUUUACCUUGUAGAGCCACGUCUGUGUUUGUCCUCAGGACUAGGCCACAGUCAUGGUUUUAAACAUGACCUACAUGUGUGUUUCUGCCUGUCCAUGUGCAGUACUGCAGACACGGGAUGUGCGUUAACAAGGAGCUGGACCUUCAGCCUGUCCAUGGGGAGUGGGGUCCCUGGGGACCCUACAGUGCCUGCUCCAGGUCUUGUGGUGGAGGAACUCGGAGCACCCACAGGGACUGCAACAAGCCAGAGUAAGAAAGUUUAUGAUAGUCAAAGCUGAAACAGACUUGUUCAGACCAGUCCAGUCCAGUCCAGUCAGAGGGAACAUGUUUGUCAAUGUGAACAAAGUUAGCUUGAGGUACCAGUCCAACAAGAGCAGACAGGGUCACCUUUUUCACUGACCGUACUCUUCAUGUGAUACACAUCACCUCACUUUAGGCCCAGAAAUGGAGGGAAGUUCUGUGUGGGUCGCAGGAUGAAGUUCCGCUCCUGCAACACUGAGCCAUGUCCACGAGGACGGAAAGAUUUCCGGGAAGAGCAGUGCUCUCAGUUUGACGGCAAGCACUUCAACAUCAACGGUCUACCUCCCACCGUCCGCUGGGUCCCAAAGUACAGUGGCAGUGAGUACAUGGCGUAUAACGUCUUCAGUCAUCUAAGCUGCAACAUGACAAAAAGAUACUGUUUACAUCCAACUGCACAACUUAGCUUGAGGAUAGAGAAGCCAACACUUGAACAUUUGACGAUGUUGGCUAUAUUUACCAAAAGUAAUAGAUAAUGUGUGAAGAAAACAAAUUAUUUGAUUUUAACCAUCUUUGCGUGUGCAUUACUUUUGUCAAACGUUGCGUUAAAUCUUAAGUUAACAGUAAAAAUCAGUCUCAUUAACAUCUCAGACCUUCCUUAAAAACCUACUGGCAGCUUUUCAUCACGCAGACGCCUUUUUUUUUCUUUUCUGAGGAGGCCUGCCCAGCUACAUGCGAUUACCAUCUGGCAAAGACCACCAUGUCUAAGUUACUGCAAGUGAUUCAUUCAUCUAAUUGAUGCUGUUCAAGCAAACAGGCCAAAACCCUGGAGCCAGUGUGUGCUGUCAGAUACAAAGUGAUUUUUUUAAACAGAGGAUGAACAUUUGACUGUUUUCUAGGAAGAGUGUGCUGAGUUUCACCAAAAAAUGAGAGCAGCGUGUGAAGUUUGUUUUCUUUUAUCAGCGCUGGGCAGGUUCAUCUCGAUCUUCAGCAGGAUUUAGAUUAUAGAAACCUCAUAAAUUGAAUGAGCCUCAGUCCAAUCUUUUCCAUACUUUGUUUUCUUUCCCUAUCCAGUACUAAUGAAGGAUCGCUGUAAGCUCUUCUGCCGGGUUGCUGGGACUACGGCAUAUUAUCAACUGAAGGACCGCGUCAUUGAUGGCACGCCUUGCGGGACAGACACUUACGACAUCUGUGUUCAAGGCCUCUGCAGGGUAUAUCUUCCUGUUUUACAAUGAACUCAUGCAGACUCACACAAACAAGCCUCAACAUCAGCGUCAGCUUUAUCAGGGCUCAUUCUCACGCUAUCAUGAUGGUGCAUAUCAUGUGUUUAUGUGCGCCAAAGACACAAUUUGGCUUACAACUAAACACAAUCAACCUCACUUAAACUUUUUCAAAUGAUUCAUGUUUUGUAAACACAGAAAAAAAGAGUGAAGCUUUAGUUUUUAGUGAAGUGUUUGUAGGUCACAAUCAUAAACACUUGCAGUUGCCAAGACCACAUUAUACAAGAUGGAAAAUAUGCAGUUAAAUCAUGCUUACUUAUUUUUUUAAACAGUUUGUUUUUCAGGAUAUAACAUAACAAUGGCAAAAAAGAUUUUAGAAAUAAGCUUUUGAAGUAAAUUGAUGGACAACAGCAAUAUUUAGAGCUGCUUAAAUGUGUGUGAGAUGCAAGGCUGUCCAAACCUCUGCUGAGGAAUCAGCCAAGAUGCCAAUGAACCAAUGAACUCCCUUUCCAGAUGAGUAAAAGCAGCUGCCUUAGUGCUGGAAAAUGAAACAUAUAUUCUGGUAGUUUUUUGGAUAAGAGUUAUAAAUUUAUACCCCGAAAAGAGCCAACAGAGAAGGUUCUUAUCCUGAUGAAAACGAACAAAUUUAUGAUAACGGCAUUCUACCGCUAAAAUUGUGACAAAAAAAGGUUGGAAAAAAGGGUUUGAAAUAUAUUCUUGUAGUUUUUUGGUAAAGAAUUUUAAAGUCAUAUACCAAAAAGAGCCAACAGAGAAGGUUAUUAUCCGGAUAAAAAGGAACAAAUUUAUGAUAACGGCAUUCUACCGCUAAAAUUGUGACAAAAAAAGGUCGGAAAAAAAGGACAUGAAGUAUAUUCUGGUAGUUUUUUUUUUAAGAAUGUUAUAAAGAUAUAUACCAAAAAGAGCCGUCAUAUAAGGUUAUUAUCCUGAUGAAAAAACAGACAGAUGAUAACGGCAUUCCACCGCUAAAAUUGUGACAUGAAAAUAAAGUCUUAAUUAAGAAAAGUACUUUUACACUCCAUGUCUUCAUUCUGUGUCUCCUCAGCAAGCAGGCUGCGACCACGUUCUCAACUCGAAGGCCAGGAAUGACAAAUGCGGCGUGUGUGGUGGGGACAACUCAUCGUGUAAAACCCUGGCAGGGACCUUCAAUGACGCUCAGUAUGGUAAGUACCGCUGCUCACAUUACAUGUAAGGUACACUAAUAGAUAACUGUCCACACAAAAAAAGUGUUGCUAUUCGACACACGGCACGUCAGCCGCCUCUGCAGAUGAUAUAUCCGACUCAAAGUAAACAUAGAAGACCAAAGAAAGACCUCAGCUCCAUGUGACUGUAUCGCUGACACGCUGUAUGCUCCAUUUACGCUCUGAUGUCAUGUCUGGCAAAGCUUGAAUUUAUCAAACUGGGUUUUCAACAACAAUGCGUGCUUCAGCCAAAUUAAGGAAAAACGCAGAACAACAAUCUCCUCAAAAGCCUCAGAAACUGAUUAACUCAGAGAUCCCCCUGUGUCAGGUCUUUUGAUAGCAAAUACAAAUCUGACGUCACCCCUUUGAACUGUCAUUAUUGUGGUGCUCUGAUGUGAGCCAACUGCUGAUUGCAUCCAAUCCCUUUUAGUUCUGGGCAGGAAAACAACACGAGCAUUAGCAUAAAAGUCCAGGGUGUGGCUUCUGCUAUGUUCACUCUGCAUUAGUUUGGCGCUGAGCUUUCAUAUCUCCAUCCAUCCACUUUCUUUCUGUUUCUUUAUGGGCUGGAGGUGCAGUCUUUGAGAGAGGGAUUGUUAUAAUGAACCAAACCAAAAGACACAAGUGAGAGUACAGCUCAGGCAGGACUUUAUGUGUGUGUCUCUCUCUGUCAUCCUUUUGUCCUCUACUGUGUGAUGUCUCUGUGUUUUCUGUGUCUGUAUCAAACCUUUGUUUUUCUAGUCAACUCUUGACUUUUUUAAAUUCCUUUUCAAUCCUUCAACCUAAAGAUGUGAAAAGACUCCUGAUUCCGGCGUCUUAAAUUUAAAGCUCCUGUUAGGAACAAAUCAGUCUUUACUUAUCCUUCACAUGCCUAAGUAGUGUCUUUUGACAAUAAAAUCUCACCCUGCUUACUUUUUAUAAUCAAAUAUAUCAAUCAUUGUGAAUAUUUAUGUAAUAAUUGUUAAAAAUAUAUGACUUUCAGUCUGUUUCAUAAAGGUAAAAAACUCCUCAUAAGAGCUUUAAGGUUUCUUUUUUCAUCCAUUACAGAGAAUAUCAUGUCUGUUUCACGAGAGCUCAAGGAAAUCUGAACCCAAAUUUCUGCAAUUGAAUUAUAGUUUUAAUACUUAAAAAAUGGUUGCAAUUGAAAAUAUUGUUUGUGUCAACUAAAUCCAGUUCAUACGAGAUUUACUUUUUUAUUCAUCCAGAGUCAGAGUCCAGGAACAUGUCAUUGGAUAGCUUCAUUUCUGCAUUAACUUGAGUCUCUCUCAACUCUACAGAAACUUUCUUCGCUUGAGGUUAAAACAGUGAUUGCAAAUGUUAACCAGCCUCUCUUCUGUUGUCCUCUAUAAUCUUUUAAUUUUGAAGCCAUCUAAUUUCCCUCUGCAGGCUUGAAGUACAUAGUUUUAAAUCUGGCUGGUGAAAAAAAAAAAAAAAAAAGGCAUGUUUGAGGUAAACCCAGGCGGCCCCUAAGUGCAGUAUGGUUGUGUUUUCUUUCCCCCGGGGUGCUGUGUUUACUGUUCAACCCUGGGUCACUGUGUGGUUGUGGAGGAUUGUGUGUGUGGUCAGUGGCUAAGCUAGGGGAUCCCCGAGGCCUCUGGUGGCUUGUGGAUACAGUGUUUCCUCAGAGGGGAGGGGCGGGGGGUGUCGGCGGUUUCUAAACCUCAUGCACCGUAUUUUUUUCCUCUUGAGCUCAUUCUCACUGGAGUGUUCAGGGAGGGACAAGACAUGACAAUUAGAAAACUUGACAGUGAAAUUAAAGAGAAACUGUGUUUAGUUUGUGUUACCUUUGAUGGGAGGACUUCAUUCUGGUAUUUGUGUAUCUAUAAAUGGAUAAAUGGCUUAUGUAGAUUACAAUAGAUGUGAGUUUGAGUGGGAUUACAGUCGGGAUUGCGUGUAUGAAAGAUCCACAUUGCUGAUGAGAGUGAGAUAUGUAAACCAAGUGCUGCCCCCGAGUGGCUCAAGGUGUCAGGAUAACCAUCGGAUCCCACUAACCCACACCUUUCUGCACUCCUCCUUAUUCCGCUCAGUUAUUUUUUGAAAGGGUGGAAAGUCUGACUCCAGAAUCAUCAUAAAGAGCACCUUCUUUAUCUGUUUGUACUUGAGUGUUUUUUUUACGUAACUUGUGGCCAAAAAUGCCAAAUUGUGUUCACACCAAACAGCUGAGAGUUGUAAGUUUAUUCUAGAUCAAACGCCCACAAAUGUUGCCAUAAACAUAAAAUCUUCUCACUCAUCUGUUUAAAUACUGAUUUAAAGUUGUUUAUCAUCUACUCAUUUAGCUUAGCAAACUGUAAAAAGUAGCAUUUGUUAUUAAUCUUAUGUUCGUUCUGCUUAUUAAAAUGUCAAACAACCUCCCUCAUUUCUUGGGUUCUUCAGAUACAUCCUAAUAUGAUCCACUGUAAGGUCUCGUAAAUGCUCCUUUUAACAAGUUAUAUAGCGUUACUUUGGCUAAACUAAAUUUUUCGUUAUCUGGUGCAGAUAAAUUUCAGUUGGUUGCUAUUUCUUGACCGUUUCCUUACUUCCUCUCAUAGCUGCCUUUUCCAUUUUUCUCCUCAAUCGUUUCUCCUCUUGGUUUUCACGUGCUGUCUCUCUCUCUCUCUCUCUCUUUCGCUCGCUCUCUCAUUUUCUGUGUUGGUUUAUCAUGGGACAACAGGACCUGGCGUAGUAAUUACAGGCCAAAGGUAGGUCCAGGGAAUAAUUACAUAUCAUUUCAUGGUUGGGCCUCUGAGACUAAAACAAGGCCUCUCGCAGGUUAUUUGAGAGGACUAGACCCUUUCUGUCGUAUUUUUCCAAGUGUGACAUUGAAAUCCCUGGUGGCUGGAAGUGGACUUCCCUGGCUGAGGUUUGCUGAAGCAUAGUGAAGCUAUUAUGAAAUCAAGGUGGGACUGCUCAGUGCUGUUGUUGUGACGGCUUCUCUGCCUUUUGAGACUCCUUAAAACUUGUGUACCUUUCCCUGUGCUCUCUCUCUAUAUAUAUAAAUAUCUCUAUUUUCUUCUAUUUCAGGGUAUAACACAGUGGUGCGAAUCCCAGCCGGAGCCACAAAUAUCGAUAUCAAACAGGUCAGCUACUCUGGAAAGCCAGAAGACGACAACUACCUCGGUGAGUGCAUGUGUGUGUGUUCUUCGUCUGUCAGUGCACUGAUAUGCUUUGAAGCAACACCGUAUCGAAUUUCAGGUUUUCUUGGAAGAAUAAAUGCAAAGUGGAAGCAGUUCAACUUAAUAAGAUGUAUAUAUUACCCCCUCCUUCAGUUCUCAACUCAUAGGUCAAUGUCAUUAUCCCUUAACAGGACCAUAAACCACCCAGACUUGGUGACCUGGAGUUGUAUGAGAGGCUUUUAGUGAAGGAGACAUGGGCCAAACUGUUGUCAAAGCAUUUUUACAAAGUAAAGGAAGCUGUCAUUUGCACAGAGUGCAUAUGGGGGAAACGUGGAGGGGCGUUGGUCCAUCUGGUUACGACAGAGAGUGCUCAGUUGGGAAAGCAAAUGGAGUGUCAAACCCUGAGAAAGAUAAAUGAGGCAGCAAUAGGUGCUAAUUAGAGGCAUGUGGAGUCCAGGCUGCAUGAAAGUGGAUAUAGGGGGAUAAGGUUAGAUGGACCCACCAGACUCGAGGUGUGUAUGUGUGUGCGUGUUAUUGCAUGUGAAAGAGAGACAGACAGAGAAAAGCGGUUGUGUCUGUGUUGUAAAGGCGGGCGUCCACUCUCAGAUGGUUCAAGUCAGGUUCAAGAUGUUUUUAGUCAGAUUGUCAGGAAACACAUCUGGCGAUGUCGAUUCCUGCUGUUGUCUGAGUGUCACAGCCGCACACCGAGCAAGCAGAGUGUGUAUUCAACGUGGAUAGGAUUUUCCAUGCCCCGUCAGUGUUGUUACUCUAACUGUUACAGUGUGUGGAAAAGUUUUUAGGAUCACUCCACUCAUCGUGAAGUAAAAGGGGGUCCGCACUUUUGGGGCUCCUUAACUUUAAAGCUGUUUUACUGCGGGACACUGUGGACAACUUAAUGCAUCAUUCGAACGUCCUACCAGUUCUAUACAUUUUUUGAUCACCAUUUUGUAUAAAACAUUUAUAUUAUGUCUAAAUGUGAAGUAUGUUUGAAAAUCGGGUCUAAAAAGACACUGUUUGUACAACUUUUACUCUCCUACUCCCAAAACUGAGAUAUAAGAGUCUCUGCAGACUUGGGGCCAGUGAAAGUAUCUCAUGACCUUUUCAGGGGAAAUCUUUACCAAGGGAAUCCUUGAACUUACAAACACCUCAAAGAGAGCACAUCUGUGCUUUGUCAAGUACACUCCACAAGUGCAGUCCACAGUUGUAGCUCAGUAAACAAAGUUAGAAUUACAUAAGAUACGCAGAUGUGGAGGGAAGGAAGUACACAUAGAGAACAAGAUUUACACUAGAUCAAUGGAAUAUAGUUUUUUUUUCUUCAAGGUCACAAGUAUUUGUCCUAAGUGUGCCAUUUUAGUGAGUUUAUUUUCCAUUUUUCUACUCUCUCUUUUGGAGUGGUAUUUGGUAGUGGUCUUCACCAAUACAACAACUCAAAUAAGAGACACAUCAAAGCUGAGGUAGAGGUUUUUUUUUUUAUUUUGUAUAAAAGAAAUUAAAUAAAAUGCAGAAAAUUGUUCUGCUAUUAUGUAACUGAGUUUGGUAUCAUGAUCAGAAUAUGUCUUUAUAAGCACCCAAUGCUGCCUAGUAGGGCUGGGCGAUAUGGCCUCAAAUCAAUAUCACUUUAUAUUGAGCAGUUCACCUCAAUAACAGAAAUGGACGAUAACUACUCCACAAGCUCCUCACUCCCUCCCACAUUAACUUCAUCUACUCCAGCCACUACAACUUUUGAACCGUCCUCCAUCUCCUCACCUGUCUUUCCAUCUUUGUUACAAACUGUAUGGGGUGGAGUCACGUCUCUGACGUAGGACAGCGUCUUAAAGGGACAUGAAACCAUAGCCUACCUACACACAUCCAAAACCAACUUUUAUUUAUUUAUGUUUUUGACAAUGAAUAUAUUGAAAUGGGCAAAAUAACGUUGGUUAUUGUCAUAAAUUUCGGUAUCAGUAAAUUUUCCGUUUAUCGUCCAGCCCUACUGUCUAGGAUAUUUUCCAUUUUCUACAUGAAGUAAUGACAAAGAUCUGAUUUUUCUGUCUUUUUACAUGUAUCACUUUUUGAGACUAACAGAUAGCGGUUUAAAGUUUUUUUUUAAAGGAAUCUUUUGCAGCUUACUUAGGAAAAUCUUCAAUAAUAAUGAAUGUUUUCAUCCUUCUCUUUGUGAACUGUUCUUUUUUUUUCCAUUUGUGAAAAGCCUCAAUGAUAACAGAGAGUCUGUAGAUCAUUGUCAGACCCCAGAGUUAUUUUAGGUCUAAUAACUAACUGGCAUUGAACUGUGUGCAGACUUUAACGUAAACAAAGUCACACUUCGAGACCUAAUCACAUACAUUGUUCUGGCAUUCACACUCUGAUCGUAAUUAGCUGCAAUUUUCUCUGAACCAUAACGUCUGAGUUUAAGUAUAAGGUGGUUGGUAUUCAUUUUUGGGUUUAUGUGGUAAAUUACCAAGCGUGACUGUCUAUCCAUGUAUUCCUGCAUGUUGUUUGCAUGUGUAUGUUUAUGUACUUGUUUGUAUUUGCAGUCAGUGGGGCUGCAUUGUUUGGAUUGCCAUGCCGAGUCACACAGUCUAACUCCAAAUAACAGCAAUUUAGUGCCACUAGUGUUUCAACAUACUUCCCCUGCAAUGCUGGCUCUGCAGAACAAUAGUUAAGCAACUCAGGGACUGUUUAUAUAACAUAUAGCCUCAAAGGAUGAGUGCUUCAACCUGUAAACACUCCCAAAACCUCAAUUCUGUAAGAGCCAGCUCCUUUCAGGAAUUUUGGUUCUGUCCUUUUUCUUUUGUGAUAAUCUGUGUUUACUUCUACUUCCAGCAUUAUCCGAUAGCCAGUCCAACUUUCUCCUGAAUGGGAACUUUGUGGUGGCCAUGUUCAAAAGGGAAAUCACCUUCAAGGGAACCGUCAUCGAGUACAGCGGCUCAGACACAAAAGUAGAACGGAUCAACUGCACCGAGCGGAUCGAGGAGGAGCUAAUUCUACAGGUGCAAGGGGGAAGCUUACUCCUUCUCCUUCUCCUUCUCCUCCUCCUCUUUUUCUUCUUUACAUUUGCCCUCUUCUAACCUCACACAAGCUGGGUUCAAUCUCUCUUUAACAGGGUGAUAAGGCUGCAUGAACUUAGACAUAAUAACAGAAGUACUGUUGAGUCUUUUGACCUUGCCUUUCCCACCAUUGUCUCUGCAGGUCUUAUGUGUGGGAAACCUCUACAACCCAGAUGUCCGUUACUCCUUUAACAUACCCAUUGAGGAACACAGGGAGCAGUUUGUAUGGGAUCCCUUAGGCUCCUGGCUUGAGUGCAACCGCAUCUGCCAGGGUGAGCUUCGCCUACAAAUCUCCAAACAUGACCAGUUUGAUCAUUCUGAUUUGGUCCUGUGAAUAUAAGCUUUAGUAUUUGAGCAAUUUUUACAGAUUUAAAAGCAUAAGUUACAGUAGUUUAGGCUGAAACUAUUUUAAAAGUCACUAUUUGUGGUUGUUUAACUGUUAAAAGAUUUGGGAUCCACAUUAUGGAUAGUAUUCCUGUACUUUUGAUUAAAAAUGAUCAAGAUUUAAUACAAAAAAUCUGAAAAAUGAGUGAAAUUCGCAGGAACCAAAAGUGCCCCAAUAGUGUAAAUUGUUUUUAAAUGAACAUAAAUCCAAGUGUCAGUGAACAUUAGCAUGCAAAACUUAUUUUCUCAUUUCCACUUCUGUGUAUCCCCCCUCGUGGCAACCACAAGUUGACCCAGGGUAAUCGCAUCGCCUGACACCUUCCCCUCAGCCUGGGACUUGACCUGUUUAAGCCCCUCAAAUUUUUCCUUCAAAAGCAAGCUGAUCAGACUCCCAGAGGGUCAGAGUGCACAGUAGGAUUGAGUAAAGAGAUGUAUUUGUGAGGUCUAAUACCACCAUGGACCCCUCAGGCUGUGUGAUGAAGGCCUGCAUUUCAGACAGAUGGUCAGACUUGUUAAAGGUGAAGAAAUGUGAUCGUUUGGCAGGUGAACUUUCUGCCAGAUGUUGUCUGAUCGGACCCUGCUUUCCCUCCAUGUGUGUGCAGGUGAGAGAAGGCGAAAGGCAGUCUGUGUGCGUAAGAGUGAUCACCUCGAGGUAUCGGACCAACGCUGUGAACAUUUACCCCGUCCUGUUGCUGUUACUGAGCCGUGCAACACAGACUGUGAAGUCAGGUAGUGCACAGGGGCAAACACACAAAACCAAUUCCUUAAGGGCAUGGACGCAGCUCAUUGUUUUCCUUCAUCGCCUCUUAUACAGGUGGCAUAUUGCUGGAAAGAGCGAAUGUUCGGCUAAGUGUGGCCCCGGCUACCGCAGCCUGGAUGUUCAGUGCAUGAAGUACAGCAGAGUGAAGAGGCAGAGUGAGAGGAUUGAGGCCAGCACCUGCAGAGACAUCCCCAAACCUCAGACGAGAGAGCCCUGCCAUGGAGACUGUCUGCUGAAGAGCUGGCAGUACAGUGCCUGGUCACAGGUACAGAACAAACACCUGAGGGAUAGUAUCAUAUGCAGCCUGUCAUUCCCUGGAAAUGAACAUGAAUUUAUGUCUGAUAAUUUCAUUCACACUUAACUGUUUAAUUGUAGCAUUGGACUGCAAUUGUUCUUCAAAUUUUUCAACACAGUGCUCUAAAACAUGUGGGCGUGGGAGUCGCAGCAGAGAAUCGUACUGUAUGAACAACCUGGGCCGACGUCUGGUGGACAGAGAGUGCAACGAACACCAGAGAGCAGUCACUGAAACCUGCAAUGAUCAGGCGUGUCCAAAGUGGACUGUCAGCGAGUGGAGUGAGGUGGGAACCUUGACAUGCACAAAACAAUGCACUUAUUUUGAUAGAAGUUCUGCAAAGCAAACAUCUUUUGUUUUAUAACAGAUUAAAAGGUGAUAGUCUUAGGAGGAACAGCUUCAAUUUAGGAUCCUUUUUGAAAAAAUACAAAAAUGUGUUUUGUUGUCCAUUCAGUGGGUUUACAAAUGAUGUGGUAAAGAGGAUUAGAGCCACAAGAAGAAGAAAAAAAUAAUUAUAGGAGGGCGAUUUUUUUUAUUUCCAUUUCGAAAUUAAAGUCGAAAUUUUGAGAUUAAGGUCAAAAAUUUAAAAAGUAAAAAUUUCCGCUUUAUUCUCAAAAUUUUAAUUUUUUAAUCUCAAAAUUCCGACUUUAUUCACAACAUUUCAACAUUUUGUAAUUUUGAAACUCAACUUAAAUCUCGAAAUUUUUAUUUUUGAUCUCAAAAUUUUGACUUUAUUGACAUAACUUUAAAUUUUUAAUCUCGAAAUUUUGACUUUCAUACCGAAAUUUUAACUUUUUAAAUCUUGAAAUUUGGACAUUAUUCACAACAUUUCGACAUUUUGUAAUCUCAAAAUUUUGACUUUAAUCUCCUUCCUGUAUUUGUUUUUUUCUCUUCAUGUGGCACUAAUCCUCUUUCGUAGAGAUGUAUCCAGAAAUGGAAAAAGGUUCAUUAAAAAGCCUGAAAGUGGUAUUUUUUGAAGUUUUGUGAUGCCAAACUUGAACAUCCAAACCCCAGUACCAAAACAAUUGCCAGCCUUUAACUUUUAAAACAAGUGCACUCAACAAAUGAGUGUUGAUAAUCACACAAUCCUUAAAGAGACGGUUAAGUCUGCAGAAUGUAAAAUAAACAUGAAUGAGUCAGUAAAAUGAAUCUCCAGAAAAUAAGAUGGAAAACUUUGUGACUGGCCAAUUGAACUAAAGCCAAUGUAACAGCUCAUCCCACCUUAAUUUAACUGACUGUCUUUCCACUUUUCCCCUUGUUGUGUGACACCUUCCUGCACCCACCUUCCUCUCCCAGUGCUUGGUAACUUGUGGGAAGGGGAUGCGGCACAGGCAAGUGUCCUGCAGGAUGGGAGCAGGGGAGGAGAAGCUGAGUGAGCACUUCUGCGACCCAUCCAGCAAACCUGCUGCUGUGGGGAGCUGCGAGCUGCCAGAAUGUGCAUCCUGGCAGGUUGGGGUCUGGGGAGCGGUAAGUCCUUUACGCACACACACACAUUUACACACAGAUAUGACACACUGGGUCGAGGUGACUUGACGCAGUGUUUGACUGAGGAAAUAGGUUUCAUGUGUGGCUUGCUGUCUUGGUAUCUGUUACCCUGUCAGUGUGUGUGUGCAUGUGUGUGUGGUCAGAGAGACAGAAUGCUUUGUGUAGGACUGAGUGACAGAGUAUAUUUCAAGUGUGUGUGUGUGUGUGUGUAACAUGAUAUGCAGGCAAGUUACAGAGGAGUGUGCUCUGACUCCAGCUGCCAUUUCCUCUGUGGUGCUUUCACUUUGCUCUCAUAUCCUGUCAGACUAAACCUGACCCACAGUGCAAACACACACAGACAUAAAUAUACUCACAUAUACACAUCUCCCAAUGCAUUUAAAUGUCUAAGCCUCUCAGUGUUUCUCUAUAGAUUUAGCUCUGUUUGUUAUGUCAUUAUAUGAAUGAAACAUGAAAAAAGACUCGACGUCUCUGGUCAUUCAUGGUCUGGUUUAAACAUGCAGAUCUCGAGCUCUCCCACACACGUUUGUAUGAAGUCAGGUAGUUGUAUUUACAGAGCUGGAGUGCAUUGGCUCAUUAAUGGCUGUGUAAUUAUAAUUUGCUGCUCAAAUAAACCUUUCCCGUGGAACUUCCUCUGCUCCCAUGUUGUACCUGAAUGUGGUCAGAUCACCGAGUAUGUCACUCAAGAAUUGGGUAAAGGGUCGAGUUAAGACUGCGAACACAUAUGUCCACGCAUGUGUGUGUGUGUGUGUGUGUGUGUGUGUGUGUAUGUGUGUGUAUGUGUGUCAGUGUCGAACCCAGACUCUGCUGAGGUGAACCUUGACUGAGGCCCCAUCUAAGCUAUCAACCUUGACAUACUUAGAUAGAGUUUGAGAUUGCUAGCGGUCGACUGGGCUUCUCUUUCCUCGUGUUUGUGCGUGUUUAUGUACGUGUGUGAUUUUUGUCUUUCAGUGUGCAGUGACCUGUGGCCAUGGCUACCAGAUGAGGGCUGUUAGGUGCGUGUCAGGGGACUAUGGUAACACCGUUGAUGACAGAGAGUGCAACGCUGCGGCCAGGCCCAGAGACAGCCAGGUAAAGAAUAAAAAGUUAAAGAUGUAGCACUAAAACUUUGCCCCUUAUUUGGUGGUUUGUUCUCGGGGUAAACAAAUAAAACACAAAACAUGAGCAGCAUUGAACGCUGCCCGUGGAAUUGAAUGCAGAUGUUAUACACAUCAUUAGGACACACUGCAAAGAUUAGUUAAAGCUCAUUAUAAUCCUUAUUUUAAAGGGAUUUUACUGCCAAGUUUUCAUACAACAUCUAAAACGGUGUAUUUAUCUCUAAUUAUACAAUUAGUUGGAAAGUAUGCUUCUAUUAUUAUAAAGGAUUUUUACCAUCAUUGUAAAUCUAAUAACCAGAUAUGCCAUAAAAAAAUCAAUGUUGAGCCAAGAACUUAAGAGGUCUUGUACUAUUUUAACUUUUAAUUGAGAAAGUGAAAUGUCUGAAAAAGACCAGAAUAAUGCUGACACCUCCUUAUGAGCUACAAAAACAAACAAGACCACCGAUGCCAGGACUAGUUAUUACUUUGCACCAGUUUUUUUAAAGCUUGUAACCACUUCUAUUAGGUUGGUGUUAGAUCAGUCAAGUUGCUGCGGAAACAGACUUUGUUUUGGCUUCAUGCAGUAAAGAUUCUAAUCAGAAAACACAACUUACGAAUUCACAGGUCAAAAUCAGCGACAAGAUAAAAGGUCUUACUUGACAGCGACUUUAGGUUCUUCAUUUUAUCACUUAAGGAAAUAAGUCCCUGUUUGAAAGUCCAGGUCAGAGCAACAUAAGUAUUCCUUUAAAGUUAGAGGGUUUCUCUAUAAAUAACAAUAUACUGGCUGUCCAGUACUGAGCUUGUUUUUAGUUCUCCACACGCUGGGUAAAGCACCAUCUUCAUAAGCUACCUGCUAACUUUGCCAACUCUCAACUGUUUAUGCUGGACAGGUAUCACUUUAUAGUUUUAAUAUAAAUAUAUAAUGCAUUCCUCAGUGGUAUUAACUCUUUCCAUGUCAUACUAGGGCUGGGAGGUAAACUGAAAAUUUACAGAUACCAACAUUUCAACAAUAAUAAACAUCAUUUUGUCCAUGUCAAUGAAUUCAAAAAUAAAAAAACAAAGUUAGUUUUGGAUGUGUGUAGGUAGGCUAUGGUCUCAUGUCCCUUUAAGAUGCUGUCCUACAUCAAAGACAUGACUUCACCCCAUCCAGUACGUAACAAAUAGGGAAAGACAAGUGAAGAGAUGGAGGAUGGUUCAAAAUAUAUCAAUAUUCAAUAUAUUGUGAUAUUGAUUUAAGGUCAUUUCGCCCAGCCCUAUGUCAUACUGUCAUGUGCUGCUUUGAAUCUCAUCAACUUGAUUUUUACAGUGAAAUUUGAUCCUGAAAUUAUCUUCCGAAGACUGAGCUAGCCUAAACAAAGACAGACCUAUCAACAGUCUAAGUGUCUUUGAUGAUUAGGAAGACAAACAGAGCAAAGUCAUUGCUCCUCUACUUUCAACGAUGAUCAAUCAAUCAGUGAUCGCUGACUUAAACUAGGUGGUGUGGGCUUUCAGUCAAGCAUGACUCAACAACUGCGUAGCUCCUUUUUUGUUUCAGGGUCACUCAGAGUCUAUUUUGGGGUAAAGGGAUGAGACACAGACUAGUGUCCUGGGAAAGAUCAUGUCAACCAUCUGCUGAUGAGUUAAAAGCAGAUCUGCUGGUCUGUAUACUGCCGUUAAUCUUCACUCUGUCAUGACGAUGCUCCAUCAAGAAGAUAACCCUGACAACUGUUUUGCUUGCUUUGAAUUUAAGUCCAUGCUGAUGUGGAUAAAGGCAACCAAAAUGCAGAUCACUUCAACUGGUUGAGUGUUUAAAGAAGGUUCUUAAUGGACUCCGGGAGUGUUGAAGGGAUGACCUCUCAGUUUCUGAAUAGGUGAUCAGUCAUGGUUGUUGAAAUUAAGGACACUACUUCCUUUUUGGUGAGCUGCGAGUGCAGAACUGAACUAAAGUAGAUCUUUUCACAGCUGUUUUCAGACCAUGCUUUUCGACCUUUUCCUUUAGGACAACUUCAGUUAUUAACGCACCACAUGUGCUUGAUUUUUCCAUCCAAAGAAUCUCUGAAACAAGUACUUUUGGCAUAUUUCAACCCCACCCUUAAAUGUAAUUUAUGAAAGACUCUCAAUAAUUACCCAUUGUGCUGUGUUUUUGUGUUAUCUUUCGUAGGAUUGUGAGAUGCCUGCAUGUCCUUGGGCUUCUCCGGUACAAAGCACACCUCGUCCCGACAACUCAGCCCAGCUCCUGACUCAGUGGAGAUACGGCUCCUGGACUGCGGUAAGAAAACAAAUAAGGUUGAUUGGGUCUAUCAGUGUGCAUAACAGUCUGUAGGUUUACUUAUGCAGUCCAAAUAAAACAGAAAAGCAACGUUUUUUGUUGGAUUGUAAACAACUUCUUACAAUGUUUCAUUCAUUUCUCUCCGUGUAGCCAGAGGUAAAAUGAUCUGCUGAAAAAUGAGAAUACUGAAGACAAGGAUUGUGUACAUAUGAGUGUGUUUCUAUGUGUAUAAAAGAGGAAAACCACACUCAAGUAAUGCGUGUGUGUUUGCAAAUAUAAGGUUAACUCAUUAAACUUGAUUGUAUGCCUCAACAUUCCUCCAGAUACAGCUCCAUGAUCCUCUUUGGCAUUGUCUCUUUUACCCCCUGCUGUAUCUACAUACACACACACACAUACACAUGUAUACAGACACACACACUCACACAGGCUCCACUGUCUGUGCUGUGAGGCCCCUCUGUGUCUCUGAUACUUCGCAUUGUUGCUUGUCGCAAAUGAAAACCAGAUUUCAUCUAAACACGAGUCUACGGUUUCGAGGAUUGAACCUGGUCUGUCAAUCUGAGAGUCGGUGUUAGCUCGCAUGUCAGAGAGGCCAGCGCCAGUGUGGUCUUAAUACACACACAUAUGAUAUACACAAAUACACAUGUAUACAUCCCCCCCCCCCCGACAGCGGAACUGCGAUCCUCUGAGUGUCAUUGAUAUGAGAGGGAUAUUAACGUGCCUUUUCAAGCUGGAGCCUUUUGAUUGCAUUAGGUAUUCAUCCCCUCAGAAAUGUUAACCAUGAGGUCCCACUGAGACUACAGAGGUACAGCUGUAGAGUUUACGCAGGUGAAAGCUGAUCAGGGAGUCAUUUAAGGACGGAAGCAACAGGUAGAGUGAAGGCUAGCCUGCACGAUGGGAUUUUUUACAGUCUUGAGAGGACACAAGAGAGACCCUGACUUAAAAAGACAAAAUAAAAAUGAAAGAUUUAACAGUUUUAUUCUUAGUGUCCACUCUCUCAAGUGUACAAUCUAGCAAAAUCUCUCAUUGAAUACAUCCUCUCAACAGAUUAAGAGACAUAAGAUGAUGUAACACACCUCAAUCUGGCAAGAUAAUCCUAAAAACCAUCAUUAAAUCAGGCCUUCACUGACUUCUCGUAGAGAGGGGAAAGUGGUUCAGUUAUCCUGUUGUGUGAACCCAGUUUAAAGUUAAAUGACACCUACACUGCAGCAGCUAUUUCAGGCAUAAAUAAAACCAGUAUUGGCAUAAUAAAUCUUGGAGCUCUUGAUUUUGUUUGGUUUAAGCCGCUGCUUUAAAUGUCACAUUUUUAAACUGGUUACUAACAGUCUGUAGGAGCCAGACUCUACAAAGCUGCUGCAUGUCUGACUCAGAGUUCAACACAAACAGGUAUAUUAAUAAACUACUGCAGAUCCCACACUGAGAAAACAGCCUCAGUUUUCUAGAGAUGUUAUGUAGUUAUCAUAGAUGUCUCAUACUAUGUGUGCACCUCAAAAAGUAACGGAGUACAGCAGUGAGCUUUAUCAGUCAAUGUCAUAACAUGCAAAUAAUAAAACUCCUGUCAGGAGCUUUGGAACUACUAUAUAAACAAAAAACUCACUUUGCAGAGUAUUGGUAUGUUGUGAUAUCUUACAUACUGGGAUGCAGGUGUUACCAUUCAGUUUAUCCUUAAGAAACAUGAUACUGUACGUUUUGGAAAACUUGCAAAGUGUUCAAAAUCAAAUCAGAGUAAUCAAAGGUUAAAUUUUCCAUUACAAUCAGAGCAGCUGAUUUAUUUUUUAUGUUGCUCACAGUACCUGUAUGAUCCAUCGUGUUAUUACAGUCAAGCAGAAAAUUACACCUUUAAUUAUUUGACUUUUAUGAACAAAACAAACAGAAAACACUGUUUUGUAAUGGUUGGAAACGUUUUUUCAUCUCAAGAGGUGAUCAGAAUCAUCUUUUUGUAUCCUUGUUAAAACUGAAGCUCAUAAAUGUCGCCUGAAAUCAAUCAUAACUGCUUCUUCUUCUUAAGGUCGCCAAGGUCACCAGUAUCUAAUGUCUUUGUAACUGUAUGGUCUACUACAGACUUAGGCGACCUACAUGGCUGCGUGAUAUACAUUACUAGAAAGCACUAAAUCAUUGAGAGAACCACAUCAACGUGUCUUAAAUUUCACAUAUGAUCAACAUUCAUCCCGGCUCCGCUUGUAUCUGCCUGUCCUGCAGUGCUCCGUGUCCUGUGGAAAGGGAAAGCGAGCACGUUAUGUCAGCUGCAGAGAUGCCCAAGGAGGCGUGGCUGAUGAAUCAUACUGCGCCCACCUGCCCCGCCCCCCAGAGGCCUCUGCCUGCUUCAGCCCCUGUGGCCAAUGGCGUGCCGGGGAGUGGUCUCCUGUGAGUAAAGCAUGCAACACUGUGUCCAAUCAAUACAGAUGUUUUCCACUCCCGAGCCAGUAAUCACUCAGUUCAAAACAAUGUUACAAUCGCCCUGAAACAAACUGGGAAUUUGGUACUGCUGUGAUCUUGGACAGUUAAUCAUUGAUUUGUGAAUGUUUGCAUGGCAUGACAGCCAAAACUCUGGAGGAUGUCAAUAAAAGACAACACACAAGGAGCCGGGGAUAAUUUACUGUGAUUCUGUGACAAACUUUUAAUCAUACAUUCAUGUGAAAUUAAGUUUUUUUUUUAAUAAAAAAGCCCGAAUGAAAGUUCAACGAGGACAAAAUCUUCAAUUCAUUAAAUUCAUGUCACCAUAAGUUGAUUUCUACUGUCGUUGUUUUCAUAUUUAGAAAUUAUAGUGCUUCCCAUCACCACCAGGCCUCAUCUAAUGGAAAAUACAUGGGAUCAAUAAAUGAGAAUAACUCUCCAUAGACUCAGGGCUGGUGUAAAUCUUGAAAAACUCAUAAGGGAGAUAAACUCACUUGAUCUUUGGAGGAAAUUUGUGAGAGGAUUUAAAAAACAUACAUUUCUGUUUACUGUGAUGUUUAGAAAAGUAAAGGAUCAAUUCACCAUCCAACUACAGACUUAACAAGAUUUAAAGGGAUAUUCUGACAUAAAUUUAAGUUAUGUCAAACACACCAUAACACAGAGUUAGACACCCCCUCGAGAGAUGACUUUGCUGACUGGAAUAUCCCUUGAAUAGAGAAACCGGUGAGCUAGUUCAGACAAGCAACUCUGAGGAAGUGGUUUUCAAACUCACUGCCCACUUAAAUCUGGUUUCAACCUCCAGAAGAAAUUAAGCACUCAGAUGAAAUGAGAAAAAUUAAACCAAAAUAACUUUUUUUUUUCUCAGGAAUUGAUAAUUGGUCAAAAUAAACUCACUCUCCUCCUCUUGUCCACAGUGUUCAGUGACUUGUGGUGCAGGAAGAGCCACCAGACAAGUCGUUUGUUCCAACUACCAUCAGCCAGUGGAUCAGGCUUUCUGUGACCCAGAUGAGAAGCCUGCAACAGAGCAGGAAUGCACCUCUGCAGCCUGCUCUUCCAUCUACCACCGUCAGCGCAUCAAUGACCAACCCUACGGAUACCCCCAGGACCCCGGACGUCAUCCUGGACACAGCAGCUGGAACGUACCCUCAGCAGACAACCAGUGGAGGACUGGACCCUGGGGCGCAGUAUGUUCAGCAUGUGAUCUAUGGGGAAAUGUGCAGAUUUGUUUGAAAAAUCUUACUCGGGACUUAAAUGAUUAUCCCGUUGUCCUGUUCACCAGAAAUCAACUUAUGAAGAUCUCACAGAACAGAUUUUCUGCUCUUAUAAAAAUACUUUCUCUCCAGACCAUGAAGCAGGCACGUUUUUUUUAACGUAUGGCCUGAAUGUUAACUAGCAUAUACAGUUGUACAACAUAUUGUCGUGUAAGUGUGUAAACACAUUUUUGUGAAAUCAUUAACUCGUAGGUAGCAGAUGUUUUCAUUUCUCAGGGUAGAGAGCCAUACAUGGAAAAGGGCUUUACAGACAGCACCAAGGGACAGAUUACAAUGCAUGCCGAGGACCGCACAAGUAUGUAUGGUGUUUCAUGUGUGUGAAGAAAUACUGACUCCAAAGUGGUUUGGGGGAAGAUCAGCUUGUGCCAAAUUGCAUUGAUGCAGUCGAGGUUGUGUUACUUGCACAGAUGGUUUGUUUGCAUUGAAGUUACUUUUGCAUAACUUUCCUUGGAAAUGCCUUAGCAUGAUCAAUUCAAUGUAACUGCAAGCAGUGGCAUAAAGAGCUUAUUUUGGCUUUGCAUGGUGGAGAUGAAACUAGAUUCUUACAGCAGUUUAAAGGUCGCACAUUAGUGACAGUGGUUUUUUUUCUUGCCGACUAUGACCUUUUACAAGAGAAACCUGCUAAGGUGUUUAAAGGGAAGACCUGCAAGGAAAUAGUUGAUCCAAGUGCCCCCUUUUUUGGGGCUUACAAGUAGGGCUGGGCGAUAAACCGAAAAUUUAUGGAUAUCGACAUUUUCGACAAUAACAUCAUUUUGCCCAUGUCGACAUAUUUGUGUAUUUAAAAAGAAGUUGGUUUUGGUUGUGUGUAGGUAGGCUAUGGUCUCAUGUCCUUUUAAGACGCUGUCCAACAUCAGAGACGUGACUCCACCCCAUCCAGUCUGUAACAAAGAGAAAAAGACAGGUGAGGAGAUGGAGGACGGUGCAAAAGUUGUAGCGUCUGGAGUAGACGAAGUUAAUGUGGGAGGGGGUGAGCAGCUUGUGGAGUAGUUAUCGUGCAUUUAUUGUUAUCGAGGUGAACUGCUCAAUAUAUCGUGAUAUUAUUAGAUUGGAUGGUAGUCCAUCAGAAGGAGUAGAUUUUAUUCGUUAACUAUUGCAGAAAUCCAUAUACUGAAAAUUGAAAGGAUGUUAGUGUGUUGUGGGACUUAAUCUUUGAAGAAAAUAUCUGUUUUUUAAUUUCCCUUCAGUGAAGUUUUAUCCCAGUAGACUGCUUAGUCUCACACAGUGUGCUUGACUGGAAGCACCGCUGUUCAGUCUCACUCUGUGCUGUCCUCCCUUACAUGUAGAAGCUCUGAAUGUACUCACUCCUCUUGACAGUGGGGAUGUGUCAUUUUAAUUGGAUGCAGGGUGUACCAACUGCUCUGUUCAAGGCUGUGUUGUUCAGUGUUUGAGGUUGUCCUUCUUGGACUGCUGUUUUCCAUCUUUGGAUCUUUCCAUCUUGUAUUUUUUGAACAGUGCAGCUGGCUUUACUCUUGGUAAGACUCAGGUAAAUCGAGCAAAACAGGAUGUGUACUGUGUGUGAAUAUUUUGCGUGUGUUUUGCUAUGCCGACAUAUACUAUCUUGUAAACACUGAGUGAAAUCAUUGGUGGGAUCUAAAAAGAUUUUAUCUCACAAAAAUCUAUUUAUCCUUGUCAAACCAGGGGGAAAAAUUAUUGGCCAAAUAUUUUAAAGUUGUUUGCACUUUACUUACGAGUUGAAUUACGAGUUGGAUUUAUGUUUAAAAGGAUCGAAUGGUAGUGAAAUUUAUAAACCUGCUCAGAAAAACAUAUUUAAAAAGUAAUUGAUUAAAUAUAUGAUAACAUAUCCGUUAAAUGUUUGCUGGUGCCAUGCAGUAAUCCAAACAAUCCAUCUGGUAGUCCUCACUAGUACACUGUGUGUGCUUUGCAGUGUUCCAGUACCUGUGCAGGAGGCUUCCAGAGACGAGUGGUGGUCUGUCAGGACGCUGAUGGACGCAGCAACAGCUACUGUGAAGAAAGGGUCAAACCUGCUGAGUCAAAGAGCUGCGACUCUGGGCCUUGCCCUCUGUGGAACUACGGUGUCUGGGGAGAGGUGAGAUUAUAUCAUAGUCCUCCACCACCUUAGUUUGAACCGAGGUUGUACUGAAGUACUGAAGCGAAAGAACUGUGACUUAAAGAAGGUUUAGGAUUGUUAUAUUUCGAGAUGCAUGACCAUAAUGUAUUAAAUCAGAUUUCUUUGCUUAUCUCAGUGCACCCAGACCUGCGGUGGAGGAAGGAGGACUCGCCUGGUGGUUUGUCAAAGACCCAAUGGUCAGAGGCUCAACGAAUACAACUGUGACGUCCUGGACAAACCACCAGAUAUGGAGCAGUGCAACCUGCAGCCAUGCCCAGGCUCUGCCUCGUGGCACCGCCGCCCUUGGAAGCCGGUACGAUAGUACUCAGUUGUUUUCCUCCAACACUUACCUUCCUUACUGAGGACAAGUCACUGUGAGUAGACAUGGUGUGUGCUAAAAUUACUCUAGACCUGUGCACUGAGUGUGUUUUGAGCCCAAAACUGCGGGAGAUUCUGAAGUGAACGCUGGGUGUCUCGCGCCACUCUUGGCUGGCCAGCUCUAGCCCACCCAGUUGGGCCCUGCAGUGGCAUGGUGCUGAUUAGAAUCAAGAGUAAAAAAAAAAAUACACAAAAACACAAUGCUGCUCCACUGAGGGAAUCAUUAAAAACACAUGGCUCCUAUUCUGAAGCCAAGGCUCUGAACAAAACCUAUAAAUCAGGACAGUGUUGUCCAACAAUGCCAUAUAAAUGCAGAGGCAUAACUCUAGAAAUAUUUAUUUCAUAUAUGAGGCGUGAAGUAAAUGUUCUUUUUUGUUAUUGCUGUCUUCACCCUGUAUCCCCAGUACACAAGUGUAUAUUUGUGUAUAAGAGUUAAUAUUAUGACCUUUAUUGAACAGCUGGAAUGGCUGUCAGUGUAUGUUGUAUAUGUAUCUUUGUACAGUAUGAGUUUGUUUUUUAAGUAGCCAGUUUCUGAUUAUGAUAUUUAAUAUUUCUGAUGGUGCUCUCAGUCAGACCUCUUGUAUUUCUCUGUAAGUAAAUACAGUUUGUACAGAGGAAAAUAUUUUCAAACCAUUUUUUCAUUCAUAAUGAUAUGUUGUUGUUUUUUACUUAAGUCUAAAUGCAGUGAAGACUGAACUGAUCCUCUUUAGGUUCAGUUUUUUCAAAGCGGAUAAAUUGUCUUAAAAAAAAAAAAAAGAAACAGAAAAAUUGUAAAAGAUGAUGCCCAAUUAAAGCAAACUGCCUUGAAAUGCAGAAUGAUUGAAAUAAAAGACUCAUAGGAAAUUUUUCUCUUAAAAUAUACAUCUCUAAAACGUUUCAGUCAUGUAUGUUGGUGUACGUUAAAAAGGAAGAGGGCAUAAAAUGAUCACAAACUUCACUGUAAUUGCCAUCGGUACAUCUUCCUUUGCCUGGAAGUCAUACAAUCAAGUCACUGGGAAGGAGCAGUUCAUUUCAUGUUUUCUCCAACAGCCAGAUGAGCAAAAUUUGUCACUUUCAAAGACAGUUUGGCAUGGACUGUUAAGGUGCUAUUCAGUAACAUAAUAAUGGUGCAUAGUCGGUAUCAUGAAGACAGAGAUUUCUUUUUUUCAGGCUUAGAAAACUUUUAUUUAUUCUGUUUGUAGUAGGCAGCAUCAUGCAGCUUAUCAACCACUAACUGUUCAUUUUACAACUCAAGGUGAACAUUGAGCUGUUCUUCAUCAGCUUUCAUCCUUCUGUCCGUAAAACCAACAAAAGCACACAGAUACCUCUGCCUUAUUUGUUGCUGUGUCUGUUUUCCUUUGGCCAGUUUUUGUGUUUCUGAAGGAUUUUUUUUUUCUUUCAAAUUAAACUUAUUUAUUUGUUUACAAUAGAUUUUUUUUUUUUAAAUAUUGCAGCUUUAAUGAUUUGAUCCAGUUCAGGUUGAUGUAACACUUUACUUGAAUUAUUUGUCAUUAUGCACACGCAUUAGCAGAGCAUAACUGGUUGAUAAAAAACCUGUCAGUAUAGACAAGUGCAUUUUCAGAAUGUAGGCUCGUUUUUUUUCACCCAAUCUUUACCUACACGACUGUCAGCAGGUAGAAGGUAAUAAAAAAUAAUAAUAAUCAUAUAACUCAACGGACGUAGUUACAGGUGGAAUUAGACUGACGACACCUAACGUUGAGGUGUGCAUCAGACUUGAAACCUUUGAAGAGGUGCAGAUAAAUACUGCUGCUCAGUCCUGUGUUCAGUUAUUUUUUGAGGUAGCUGCAUAGUAUGAGAAAAUGUUGAUAACUACGUACACAACAUCUCUAGAAAACAGAGCCUCCUUUCUCAGCGUAGGAUCCGCAGUAGUUUGUGUUUUAUACCUGUAUGUGUUGAACUCUGAGUCAGAUUCUGGCAGCCAUAAACUGUAAUAGGGGUGGGAAAAAAAAAUCGAUACAGCAUAGCAUCGCAAUAUUUUGUCUGGUGAUAUAUCGUAUCGUCUCAUUUACCAAGUGUCAAUUUUUUAAAUCAGUUGCUAAUAUGAAGUCAAAUCUAUGAUAUUAGAAAAAUAAAAUCAACUGUUUAUCCAGAGAAGUUAGCAGAGUUGAUAUAGAGCAGGAGAAAGUUAGUGCAACAAAUAUAUCGAAGGUUUGCAAGAAGUGCUACAUGAAAAUAAAAUACUACGUAAAUAAGACAAACAUAAAGUAAAGACAAAUGCUAAAUCAGCUAAACAGUUGUAAAAAUUGUAUAAAUCGCAAUAUAUUCUAUCGCAAUAUUCACUGUGUUGCAAAAUGUUAAAAAUCGCAAUAAUAUCGCAUCGUGGCCCAAGUAUCGUGAUAAUAUCAUAUCGUGGGGUCACUGGUGAGUCCCACUCCUAAACUGUAACCAGUUCAAAAUGCGACAGGUCAGCAGCAGCAGCAGCAGCGGGCUGAUGAACAUUUCGGUCAAGGCAGCGUUAAAAAUAUGAUGACACAUAUUUCAGGUGAAGUGUUGCAGAUGGGUCUGUAUUUAGAUCCGUGUCUUCGGUGCAGCCUCCUCCUCCUUCGCUGUUUCUUUGCUUCUCUUGCUGAGUGUCAUUCUCAAACAAGACUUCCACCACAACAAGACUCCUCAGCCAUGACAGUUUCAUUCACACUCCUUCACUUUGGUUUUUAAUCCUGUGGUACAAAGUUGCCAAACUCAAGGGAGCAACUCGACUUUAUUUUGCAUAUUUUGGUUCAUUGUUGUUUCUUUUUGCUAUUUAUUUCAUUCAUAUGCAAAAAAAGAAGAAAAAAAAAACAUAAAUAUGUUGAAUUAGCUUUUUCUCAUUGUAAAGAUGAUUAAAGAAAAAAUAACUGUGACAUUUGUGUUGUUUCUCCAUGCAGUAUUUUACCAACAAACAAAACAACUUUGGCGACUGCUUUAUUCUUAGAAAAACAUCAUUCAUGCUAGACACAACCAAAACCUGCAUAAACCCUUCGCUUGGUUAAAGUCUGAUAAAACAGGCAAACAAGAAAAAACUCCGGACACUGAAGUAGUGAAACUUGGUAUGAAGUUUAUUUUAUUAACACAAUGUUUUUGUUCAGACAGAAAUAUCCUUUAUUCCAGCUAAUUGUGUAUCAAUAUAGUUUCAUAGGCUGUUACAGUAUGUGAGUCACUGCGGACAGCUUAGAGAAAAGACUUGACUUGUGGGUCAUUAUUUUGUGUUUAGGUAUUUGACCCUCAAUUGACUCUUUUAAACUGCUUAUUCAGUACCUCUUGUAAUAAUUCACUAUUUUGAGGCACACUUGAAGCCUGUUUGUGUAGUAUAUCUAUUGUACUCACAUACCUCAGCACAGUGUAGUGUAAAAAACCCUGCAGGCAGUUGAAACAUUUAUUUUGUAAUCUCCCUGGAGAAAACACUAACGGCCCAAAUCAAACUAAAACACUGGGUGGCACAUCUGUUUACCAUUGCAUUAAUAGAGCUCUCUGUAAAGUGUUAGGCGGGAGACUGCCAGAGUUUUACUUUUACUACAACAAUAAUUGGAUUUAAUUCAUGCUGGAAUGGCUUGUAUGGAUGAGGAGAGCCAAAAUCUGUCCUUGUAAGGCCAAUAUUUAGGGAAAAAAGGUUGUUAAAUUGUGUGGUUGAAAUCAUCUGCUUUCUGUCGUUGAGGGAAAACACAUACAUAGUUCAUAAAGCAACAAUAUCAGGCAGUAUCUUCAUGCGUAGUCAUUAAAGCAAACACUAAUCCAUGUGAUUCAACUCAUAAUAGAGCCCAGCUUUAGCUAGUACAAUAAUAAAUCUUUAAUUAGCUGACUAAUUACUGCAAGCAUGUCCAAAUACUGUUCAAAUCUGUUCAGAUCAGCAUGAAACAACCAUUAGAUUACAACUACUCUGAUUAUGAUUAUCUUGUCAUAGAGCUCAUCAUUAAGUAGUGUAAUGAUUCAACCUGUUGAGGACCUGGGCGCCCUUAGAUCCAGAUCUGUGCCCUUAGAUUGAGUUAAAUAGGCCUCGGGGUUCUUGUAUUACAUCUCAAUAUCAAAAUAUUCAUCAUUUCUCCUCAGAUAUUGUCUUACCUCAUGUAGUGGCUCCUUCUGCUGGUAGUGUCCCAAAUGGAUUAUAUCUGUAUGCUUGCAGUAGUAAUAUCAUUCACAUAAUUUGGAAAUGUAACCUUAUGAAUGAAAUUCACUGAUUUUUUUCUUUUACCAUAUCUGAUAUAUUCUUUAGAAAGUACAAGUCGUAUCUAGAAAGUCAUAUCUCAAAACUGAUCUAUAUUACCCCAUAUCUAUACAGUUUCAUCUCAAUUUAAAAGUCUAGUUUACACAUCUAUCAAGCACGGAUUCUACCAUUAGUUUAUUAGAUUUGUAGUUUUGUCAUGUCUACAUCCACGUUGACUGAAUUUGCCUUUUGUCUGAUAAGCAUUGGUUCAGGAAGAGUAACCUUUUUAUUAUGAGAUUCAUACUUUUCACAAACUUCAUACAAAUCAUGACUUCAUUACCUGCAUGUGCUUUGUCAUUAAACCGUCAAUCAUUUCCAAUAUUUGAUUGACAUCAACUCUUCAUCAUUCCUUGUACUAUAUACAUUUUUUUUUCAAAAACAGUUCACCAAAACACAUUUUAUUAAAGAGAAGACACAAAACAAUUACCAGAUUUAUUGCAGAUAUUUAGCACAGCAAGCCCACAUUUCAACACAAACUGUCAGGUAUGUAAACAUCAUUAACUAAUAGCGAUUUCCUGGAAAGCAUGUUGAUGUCAAAUGUGAACAAGCAGCGACAAUAAGGCUGUGUGUGAUAAAUUGGCGACUGAGGCACCAUUUAAGUAAUUUAUGCCUGUUUUUUGCUAACAAAAACAAACUGUUUCCUGGGAAGAGAGGGUUUCCCAUGGAGGGGGAUCUCAGUUGAGCGUCUGUGAACUAAUCAUGCUGCUUCAAAUGAAAUCCACAUGCACACAUUGAUAUAUUUGACUUUGGCCUGAGGGCACUGGGCAAGAACAUUCUCCAAACCUGUCACCCUAAGGUCAUUUGGUCGUGACAUCAUUGGGCUUGUGUUUCCUGAUUCUGCCCGUAUGCCAGUCGAGGGUGGCUGGAAGGUCCCCUCCCUUCCCCCCGCGCUGGUCCUCACAAGCAUGGUUCUUGUCAUGGCUUUAAUUCAAACCUGAGUCAGGAGAUAAUGUUUCAUUUUGGCCUUUGAGAAAAAAGCAAAAUAGUUGAGAUGAUGAUUUGCUGGUUAAAGUCAAGCACUGUGGCCCACAGAGUUUGGCAAGGCAUUGAGACUUGGAAAGCAGAAAACCAGAUGCUGUGAGAUGUUAUCUGAAGAUUCAAAAUAUCCGGAUUAAAGCACGCUUUUCGCAUUGGCCAUGGAAAUCUCUCUCGGGGAUGACAAUGAUAUAAGACACUGUAACAUUUAUUGUCUUUAAAGGCAACGAACAAACCAAUCCUCGAAACUUUUAACAUCUUUCGAAACAUUUAAACAUUUUCAUUGGAGCAAACCAAAUUCAAAGUGGACAGGAUAUAAAACUGAGCAUCAUGAAUGUCCAAAAACUGCAUUGAUUCUUAUGAGAAAUUCAAUUUUCCACACUCACUGUUGGGUUUGUAGAACACCACAUGAUACAUUUGGCACCCAAAUUGCGUCAUUAAAUAAAGGCAAACAUACUGAGAGCUUUUUUUUAUUUCUUAUUUAGCUCAAACCCCAAAUGUAGAAUUCAAUUUAAAGAAAUCCCCUGCACCAGGUUUUGUUGCUGUUUGACUAUCCUGAGCUGUUGAAUCAAAACUUGCUGUUUCAUGCUGCUGGUGAAAAAUGACAGUUCAAGGCCGAAUCCUGCUAGAGCUGGAAAAUAUACCAUCUUUUUACUCUGACCAAGUCUGAGGAUGAUUGACCCGUUUGGACCCAAUUGAUUAUUGAGGCCCAACCACAGUACUGAAGAGUUAUUUCAUUGGAGUAAUGGAAGAAAAUGAUAGUGGAGCCCAUCUUGUAAUUGCAGAUGUUACUAUCAGGGCGCAUAUGCAGGUUGCAGAUGCAGUGAGAUGAAAUAGGAGGUGACAGAGCGCGAAAGUCUGGAAGCAUUUACCGUGGUUUUAUCUAAUGAUGGCGAGCGUGGCCUCACUUUGACUCAGGUAAAGUGCGUCUGCUUUCCCUCAACUUGUCGGUCAAGUAUUAUAAAGUGGUUUUAAGCCUCUAGGAGUCGCUUCUUAGACUCCCAAGUGUAUUUUUCCUUCACAUGAAGGGUGUCAGACUUGAAGGGGCCUGUGCAUGCUUGGGCCUGUCAAUGCUAUCGAGUUGAUGGAGUGAAAUAGAGUUUGCGGGACUUGACAUCUAAGUAGGAAAGCUUUUUCUCUCUCCUCUGGAUAAGAGUGAUAAAUUGGCUGUGAGUAUUAAUGUAUUCAUUCAUUUAUGCAACAUAUAAGAGAGUAUGAUGUUAAGAGACGACGCACUGGGUUACAGAUUUAGCCUCACUCUAUUCUUGUAUUGGAGUGCCUCUGUUGUGCUUUCUACAGAACUAAUCCACAUAUAUGUUAUGUGUCUUUAGUCAUUGUUAUGUGUUAGCAGAGCUACUGGUCCAAAAAUGUAAGAAAAUACCAGUAUGUUGGAAAUGAUUUUGACAGUGCGCUCUCCGCAUCAACAUUCAGGGCCGAGUCCAAAUGGGUAGCCAAGGGUGGCAUGAAACCCCCUUAGGCUAGGUGCCACUAAACUAUGGUAUGGAAUUUCUCAGAAAGGAUUGUUUGAAACUUUCUUUACAUUUAAACAUGGCACAUUUUCUUUUGGAGGUACUUUAUGUUGUAGAAAAACACCUUGCACUCAGUCAGUAUUGAAACGCUUCCAAACAGGGGUGUCCCGAUACGAUACGAUACCGUUAUCGUAGCCUUUGAUAUUGGCGGAUACCGAUAUCGAUCCGAUAUUAGCAAAAACUUGUGCAUGACAAGUUCAGUCAGGACCACUUUAGUCACAAUUAAUUAUUUAUUACAAGCAAAAAUUUAUACAUUGGUGGUAUGGCUCUGUUCUGAGAGUUCCCUGCCCUUCCAUGUGCUUGCAUGGAAUGCCACGGCUGUAAGAGGGGAGGGCCCCUCCCCUCCCUUUAUGUGCAUACAUGAAAAGCCGAGGCGGAGAAAGCAGCAGCAAAUAAAUACGAUUAAGAUUAAAAAAAUUAGAAUGCCCUGACAGAACAGAGCAAGCAUCAGUGACAAUACAAAUGACACUGGUCAGAUCAGACACAACAUAAACAAGAGGAGUUGGGGUGGAGGUGGGUUGCAGAGUGGUUGCAGCAGGCAGAGUAGACAGGAGAAGCAGUUUAAACAGGGCGCCAUUUUGACAUUAGCCAACAGGAUGUGUAGAGGGUGAUCACCUGAGCUGUCAGCUGACUGAGGACUGGUUUAAGAUCAGCUGACUGUAGCCUUUAGCUUGACUCCUUGUCCUGCCUGAACUACCGCUGCUAUGCUUUAUUUUUGCACUCAGCUGCAAUGUCUUUUUUGGAUUUGAAUGAAAAAUACUGCCACAGGGCAGACAUCACUCCUACUCCUUGGUACUUUGGUACACACUGUUCUUGUGAUCACACGGGCAGGCCGAUAUAAUCCAGUAUUUGAAUUUUUGCUGAUAUCGGACUGAUAUCUGAUGUCAUUAUCGGAUCGGGACACCCCUACUUCCAAUAAAUAUAUAUUUUGAUAGAUAGUGUUAAGAAGUUUGCUUGCAGUCUUAAACACUUUGAAAUGUUAUUGUAGACAAACAAAUUCUUUUGAGUCUGUAAAAAAUUAAGUUUAUAGAUCAAUGUGUCAUUUUAUUGUUUAAAGCAGCUGUAACAUCUGCAAGAAAUGUUCAUUUUAUUAGGCGAACUAAAUAUGAUUUGUAGAAACCAAAAAGAGUCAAAUUUAUAUUCAUCUGUGUGUUUGUGUUACAUUAACAUGAGUUCCCUGCUUGUGGAUUUUAAGUAAUGAGAUACAUGCAUAGCAGAUGUGGGUUUUCCUCCUUUUACUUUUUUUUCCACCGCAAAAACUAUUGUCUCGCUCUCUUACAUCGCAUACUUUACAGUUCUCUGCUUUAGUUUUUUAUCAAAUUAAAUGCAAGGUCAUGAUCUUCUACUCUCUGAGCUUUUCCAUACCUCCCUGUAUUCAAGAUGUGGCGAGCUGUUUGCUAUGACAGAUUAGAAAAGCAGCUGUUUAACGUUGGGCAGGAAGAAGGGAGUUAGGUUUGAAUGUCCUGUGUCAAAGGUCAAUACUUUAUAACUUUACAGCUCAAAGUGCUGUUUGUAUUUACCAACUUUUGUCAUGGAGAAUUUGCUUUUUUUCUAUCUUACCUAUACUUGUGCCUGAUUUUCUCCACCUGCAGUAGAGUGUGGAUGCAAACAGCGCCUGGAUUUUCAGGGUAGCGCAGCAAUGGAAAAAGCUCUCAGUGGAAUGUUUACACAGGCGGAAAAAAAAGGAACUCGUCUGUUUUGUCAUUUGGUUUUGACUUAUGGUUGCUCGGUGUAUCUUUACUGAGUGGUGUUGACUUAAAAAGGAAACCCUGUCGGGGAAACUGUAUAUGCCUACUCAACCCUCUGUUUAUUUAACUCUUUUAAAGAUGGCAAAGUCAUACUCUGGCAUGGAGUGGAGAAUAUGCUGUGUAGUUAUAGCCAAUCAGGAAUGCCUGUCUGUCUGUGAAGAACUGCAAUGACAGAGACAGGAAAUUAUUUCCACAUCUUACAAUCAGUGAUUAAUACAACAAAGCCAACCUGUUGCAUCUAAAAUCAAUCAUUGUAUUUGAUGACUGCACUUAUAUUGUGCGCAUCACUUUCUAUUGUCUGGAUGAAGUUACCAAGUUAGUAUACAACUAUUCAGAUUUCAUUGCUCCCUGAAUGCCUGGUCUCUGGGUGGUUAUUUCAGCCUGGUGGAUAAAAGAUCUAUGACUCUUGACAUUCCUCUGCCCCAUGACGCCGCUCUUACCAGCUGCUCCCAUGUUGACAACAUGUGUUGUUUUGACUUCUGUCUUUGAAACCUCCCUGCAAAACAAGACCAUGAACAGAAAAGCAGCCUGAAUGUUCCCUGAUGCUUCGUCAUCCUCUCUCUUUCUCUGAUUUGCACUUUAAUCUUUGCACUAGAGCCAAUGGUGAUACUAGAGAUGCCAUAAAAAAGAUAAGACAUGAAGUUAUCAGAAAGUGCAUUCAGUUCCUAAAUAUCCCUUUUGCUGGUGCUGGAUUUGGUCCACAGAUAACGGAGUAUAUUUUGCAUCAGCAUCGCUAACUUUUAAUAGCAGCUAUCUUUGUUGAAGGCUCUGUAUCUCCCAGCUUUGACAACAUGCAGCCAAGGGUAUAAGUCUACACUCCCUUCACACUCUUGCAAGUUUGUUCUUGCUCCAGGUCAGCACGGAGCUCCUUUGAAGAGUCCAUGUAGCUACAGUUACCAUAUGCUUGGUAUUACCAUCGUCUUGCAUUGCAAACGUGCUGCAAUGCGAUCGGAAUUCGACCUUGGCUCUCACAUUUUGAGAUAUGGCCUCGGUUAGAACCAAAGUGUGUGGAAAAUAUACAACAAAUAUUUGUAAUUUGUACUUUCAAUAAAAGAAGACUUUGAUCUAGACAUGGCAGUGGAGCCUCUUCUCUAUAAUUCUUGUUUGGUUGCAGGUUUUGCUUUGUUCUGCUGAGUAUUUUAGUAAAAGUAGAAGGUCAGGUUAAGAAAAAUAUAAAUAUGUAUAUUUAUACAUAUAGACACAUAUAUUUAGAUAUAUGUGUUAUCACUGAUCUUGCAAAUUCUGUCAUCUAUCAAAACUUAAAGCUCCUGUUAGGAACUUGUUGUUUGUGUUGAUUUUGGCGCUCUCUCAGACGAGUUUUUAGAUUUUUCUUACGAAAUAUCACAUUUUCGUGUCGUUUAUCAGCCAAAUCUGUUACUCAUAGUGAAAAUGGCUGCAGCGUGAAGCAAAUAAUAUUGUUCAACACCUACCCUGAACCACCAGUUUCAUGCAUUACAAACAGACUUCAUGCUGAUGUUCUUGUUUUUGUUGCUCAUAAAGAGGCAUUAAUAUCAUUUUCAAUCUGCUAGCUUAAAAACUCCUUACUUGAGCUUUUAUUAUGACAUUAGUGAGGAUCCUUUUGAUGUGAAGCAUAAACUGUUGUUUUCCAAACACUCAGCUCUGUUUUUAUCCCUGAACAAAAAGACUUUUACAGCAUAAUUAUAGCUCCAGCAGUAAUGAAUGUUUUCAUACACUGCUUGGGGCUAAAGUGAUUACUGAUCAAGUACAUUCAUGUAUACAGACAAAGCGGAUCUAAUCUGAACCAAAGUGUUGGUUUGGUGGAAUUUACCCUCUCUCUCUCUGAGGUUCUGUGCUGUUUUAGCAGCUUUGAUUGCAAUAUUGGCUGAGUAACAGAUCUUAAAAUGCAAAUCGAGUCCCUCUUAGAUGCCUCAAAGAAUUUCCAUGUGUCCUAUUUGCUCACCUGUUCACAGCAAAGCAGUGGGUGGAGUCAUCUUGAAGUUACCUGCUGCCAGUUCCUAUACAAAGACAUUGAUGUUCAAAAACAGCAUCUGAUACACAUUUUUCGCUAUAGUUGUUUGCUUGCACACAUUCAGAUUGUGUUAACUGUAUUAAAAGUCAGUCAUCUACUUUUAAAACACUGUUUUAUUUUUUGGUUUGACACAUAUAAAAAGGCAUAAAUUAGCUGAGGCUGGUUUUGCACUCAAUUAUGUGAUUUCUUCCAGAACUGUGACACUCUUUCAAAUUAAGAGCCCCACUUUGAAACCAUUUGGUAAGAGAAUUAAGAGCCGGGUGUUUAUUACGCCUGGCUUUCCAAUAUGAAAAAUACGCCCUUUUGUGCAGAAACCCUGUUCAGCUUGGAAACAGCAACCCCUGUUCCACAAAAGCUGUUGUACUUGGCUGGUUUUCAACUCUGUGCCAAAUCCAAAGCGGUUCAGUCAUUCCAUUUUAAAGUAAUCCACAUUAUGCCUAACAUGAACCUUGUUGGAUUAUGCUAGAUUUAGCCCACCUAAUCAUGUGUAAUUAAUUGCUGGGACAACGUGGGAGGGCAAACCUGUCUCAAGGGUGUUUCAUUUCCCAUGUGACCCAUUGAUUUUUUUUCACAAGGAGUUGUUCUUCCCCUGCAUGUUAAAGAGACCCUUUAAAGGGAGUUUUUUCCCCCCACUUUAUUUAAAACACUCUCACAGCUCUGCAACAAAUUAGCAUACCAUCAGGGUGCCAAUGUAGCUUGUAUAACAUGUGAAAGUUCAAUUAAAGAACAUGUAAUCCUAUCAAAAUACAAGAGAGACAUGAAAACUUUCUUUUUAAAGCCCUCCAAACACACUUGACCCUCUUUUUUCCCAAAGAAUGAAGUAGCUUGAUGCUAACUUCUCACACUUAAAGCUGCUGAAAACAAGUGAGAAGUGGAGGAGUCUUACCUGAGUGGGUGCUGGUGAUUGAAGUCGCCAAGCUGUAGCUCGGUGCAACAGAGGUCCCCGAGUCCUUGCCCUCUCUUUGCUCUCAGAGGUGAAGCUGUCCUCUGGUCCCAUGAGCGGUGCCAGCUCUCUGUGCGCUCUGCAUUACCAGCCCUGAUUAACUAAUGGCUGACAGAUGAGGCUGGCAGGGCGGAGGGAGGAGCACAUUGCCAUAUAGCGUCUCUUCUUCCCACCGUUAAAAUGCAGAUACAGUUCAGCUGGGGGAGCACAGCCCGUAUGGCUGCGAUUUCCUUUCUUCCUCCCUUUUUUUUCCUCCUCUUUCUUUUUUUUUUCCUCCUGCUUUUACAGCAGUAAGGAGGGGCUAUCCCUCGACUCACCCCCCCUCUUCCAACAUGUUUGCCUGUCUCUGCUCUCGUCUGAGGUAGAGGCACUUCUGUUAUCAUUUUUGAGUGAGUGUGCAGCGGGUAUGUGAAUCUGCCGUGCUCAGGACUACUCACUCAGCUCCGGCCCUCAGCUUUGAUGUCCUCCGUCAGCUGAGCCAGCCCUGUGUUUAAAAUGCCUCCAUAAUUACAAUGCAUAUGAUGCAUGUGUGUGCAGUGUCAACCACAGCCUGCACCACACUUUCAAAGAAAAGGCUAGAGGUGGCUUUGUUUAAGGGGAUUGAACGGAUAUCCAAAUAGUUAUCAGUGGAUUUUGGAACAGGAAAAGAUCUUAUUGGCUCCCAGAAACUGGAAAAAAAGGAAUAAUCCGAUGCAUAAUCUGUCUCUUUUCAUAAUCUGUCAUCUGCUGUACAAUCAGUACCAUGACCACUCGGAAAAAAAUGUGUUUGGUGUUAUGCAACAUUUCUGGCAUCAUAGUUCGAGGACAAUGCAAUAUUAUGUGUAUUAUCUGGAGUGGAAAAUACACUAAGAAAGAAACGUAACUCUCCUCGUCUUGUGUAUUUGAUUCCAGCACCCCAAUUUUGGAGCAGCUUUGAAUGGGGGCGCUCACUCGUCAAGCAGAAAUAGCGGGCACGCUAAUUGCCGUCUGGCCUCAUGGGGGCCAAAGACUUUUGAAUAUUUUCAUCUCCAGUCUCUUUUACAGAGCUUUCAUCAGGGCGUCUGGUUUUUAUUCAUCAUGUUUUUUCCCCCUUUCUCAGUCGUCAUCGUCUCUCUAGCUGUACAGAAGUAUUUCUAAGUACCUUAUUCAUACCAGAUGACCGUCUCGCCGCGUGCAUGCAUCAAUGUUUCGCUCUGCGUCUUUUCCACCUCCUGCCCCAGCCUCCGCCUGUCCACAGCAGCUCUUAAAGUAAUUCCUCUGUUUACAGGUUGAAUAGCUGGCUGCAUUCCAUCAGCGUGAGACAGAAAAGGUUUUUGGCGAAAUCCAUUUAAGUUGUUUGGCUAAAUUUGUUUGCAGUGUGUUCACUUGGCCAUGAAAUGCAACAAGGAAGCUGGGUGCACUGGGCGAACUUUUGUUGAGACUUCAAUGGUGUGUAUGUAGGUCAAAGAGAACCUAUGUGUCUACUUCUUCUGGAAGCAUCUUCAACCAUAUUUGUGCUUUUAAUGGCCAGAUACGUCAAACCAGACAAAAAAUGCAUCUCACUAACUCUGAUCAAUCUCCAUAAUGUUUUGAAAGAUUGAAAAAACCUUAAACAAGCCAACUAUAAAAACUCAAAGGAGGAUUAAAUGUUUUCUGUUCAUUGCCACAGUUGAUCAUCAUGAAAUCGGCUGCUACCAUCUUCUCAGAACUUCGCUAACAUCUCUCUCAUUCUCCCAUCCCCCUCUCUCCCCACCCCUCCUCAGUGUUCAGUGAGUUGCGGUCGGGGGACCAAGCAGCGGGAGAUAAACUGUGUUUAUCAGAACCAAACCGAAAUAGAGGAAGAACACUGCAGUCAUCUGCCCCGGCCACGGACACAAAAGGCCUGUCGUGCGCGGGGAUGCCCCAGCUGGAAGGCCAACAAAUGGACGGAGGUAUGUUUGCCCUAUUCCUUCUCUCACAAAACAGUCUCUUGAGAACUUUAGUGAUAGUAACCGCCGCUAGCAGCUGAGAUACAAGCACAAACACGGCCGAGGACUUCCAAGGGGUUUGCAGAUGUAGGACAUGUACACACAGAGCACCUGUCCAAUCACUGCUCAGUUUAUCCUUGUUGAAGAGUAAUGUGUGGUUUCCUCAAGUGGGAACUAAACACCACAGACUGGAUCUGAAACACUGUUUAUGUGGUGCACUUGACAUUUAGAUGUUAGGUUUUCUAACAAAGUGUUGAAAUUGGUGUGUAGUGCAAUCUCAAGUAGGAGUUUAUGCUGCAGGCCGUCUUUGAAGCUUUUUUCUUGCAGACCAAACAACAAACUGUACAUUUGAGAGCAUUGCUGGUUUCACAACACUGAGAAGGUAGUGCAUAAAAACCUCAUUUCAUACUCAAAAUCUUAUCAAGAGCUUGUUUGUUAGCUUAGGCACAGCUGAUGUUACUUUGCACGGCCUCCCAUACAGAUAAAAGGAUGAUGCUAAGAACAACAUAAAUCCUGGAGCACAGCAGGCUUCUGCACCAUUGUUCACUAGUGCAACCAGACACUGGCGGGGCAAAGGCUGUGCAUGGAGGAGUCACCCGGGGGGGGGGUUGAGGUCACAGUCAUGGUGGAGCCGACCACACAGCCGUGAUAACUACAGCCAAGAGAAUAAUGCAUAUGGCCGCAACACACUUUUGGCUCAGAGGCAUGUUGAGCUCCUGCAGGGCGGAAAAUGUUCAAAACCAAAUUUAUCACAAGUUAGCAGAGCGGACUGAAAGGAGGAAUGUUCUGUCAUACUCUCUAUCAUACUGUGACAGAUCACCCAGAAGGACAAGAUCUCUGCAUGUUCAAAACACACAAUAAAUACGAAAAGUUUGCAUUUAGUGUCACUUAAACCUGCAAACUCUCUUAACACUGACAUCAAUAUCUUUUUAUCGCCUGUUUUAAAAUCCAACAAACACUUCCUCCUCUCUCAAAUAACUGUAAAAUCCUCAAACAUCCAUGAAGACCUACGUCCACCUUCCUUCAUCCCCCACUCUGCAGCCUUUGAGGAGUACCUCCUCCUCCUCCUCCUCCUCCUCUUUCUUUCUUUCUCUCUCUCUCUCACUCGUUCUCCUGCCCAUGUCUGGAAGCAAUCAUCUUCCUCCACAUACCACCAGCAACCAUGAAAUCCUCAACCAGAGUAUAAAGACAUGUUUUAUAUCUUAAUAUCCAUGCAUGUGACAACUUUGAAACCUCAGCACCCUCUGUUUGAGUUAUUCCACCGCUACCCAGCCCUCUCACUCACCUCUGACUGAGGGGGGGUGAUGGGCAGCAUGCAGGAGAAACUGAGAGGGAGGGGGUUGUGAAGUGCCCAUUGAACCAAGGACACAAAAGUAUUACCAGGUUUUUUAUGAUGACGUGUACAAUUAUUUUCAAUGAAACGGCUCAAAUAUUUUCACAUGUUGGUUCUUCCAUAAAAAAAGUACUAAAAUGUGUCUCCUUACAGAGCAUCUAAAAUACAACCAAAAUUUUACCAGUAAUUUCUAGUUCUGGAAAUAUUAUCCCUGUUUUACCGACUAAUCCUAAAAUUAGUCUGUGAGUAGUUGUUACGAUAUGUCUCAACAGAAGAAAUUAACCUUUAGCAGAAAGAAAAUUACUGUGUUUGGUAGAUUAUUCCAGAUUAUUAUAGUUUAUUUUGCAUCUGUAGUAUAUGUAUCACUGCAAAAAAUCUAAAAUGCAUACUUAUUUUACAAGUAAAGAUUAAAAAAAAAAACUGCAUUUUUGAUGUUACCAAAAAAAUGGUAAAAAAAAUGUUGUUUUGUGAAUUUUUAGUGAUGGGGUUAACUUCCCCUUCAAAAUAAAGCAACUGCUACAUACACCAAGAUAACUCGUAAAACUAGUACUGUCGAUCCAUUAAAAUGAGGUUCUACAUUUUUUGCUUACAGUGAUUAAUUACAAUUAAAGUAAAGAGUUUUUACUUUCAAAAUGUGAAAAGAUUUCAAAAACGUAAAUUCCCCUAGAAUCUAAAGCAUUCUGUCUUCACACAGUCCAGUUAGCUCAUGUAGGAUUUUGAGGUGGCUGAUCAGAGUUCAAGUAGGGCCACAUCCACCCUGACUGCCCCUUGGAUCCACCCCUGCUGCCCCACCCAAAUUACCUGAGCCCGUCCAGCUCAUCCUGCACACCACUACACAGCAUUACCAUGCAAACGUAGGUCCACGGCUCACUCAGCUAUGCUUUCAAUUUGCACAAUUCAAUCCAGAUGUUGCCACACAGUCCAACACGAGCACAAAAGCGUACAAUAAACCAACCAGCACUGCCAAUGGAUUAGAGACAAUGAACGACUUACUCUGUGCACUAGACAGCACCUGUUUUUUUCUUGUUUGCAUACAUGUUCACUGUCUCUUCAAGUCUCCGUUUUGAAGUCCUGUAGCCACGUUAAGCGUAUGACAACAUGGCGAGGAGAUUAAUGUUACAGCACAUGGGCUGGUCUUUGUAUCUGCUCUGGUCUUUAUCCUGGUUAGUUAAAGCUUCAGUGAGGAGUUUUUAUCUGGUUACAAAACACAUCAAAAUAGAUGCAGAAGCCUCCUUUAGACCAACAAAAGUAGACAAAUAGUUGUUUGUGACAUUAAAACUGCUGGCCUUGGGUAGGUAUACUCUAACAGCCUCUACUUAAAAUUUUCUAUAACAGAGAUGUCCAACAAAAUUGGACUUGGAACAAGGGGAGAUUUUUCAGCAAAGAAAUUAAAGAUACCUCUUUUUCCAUUUUUAGGGAACCAAAUUUGGAACAAAGUGAAAGAUCCUAACAGGAGCUUUAAUGUUUUUGAGGGGUAAUUUUGGAAAAUGGGGCAUCGUGUAAAUUUGCAUCUGAACAGGAAAGUCAUACAACUAAUUUGUGUUAAAAAUAAUUAUGUGAGGGUCAUCUCAGAUAAGAGACACAAGUCUUAAACAGAGUCAGGAUUUGUUCAAAUGUGGCAGUCGACAGUAACUACAAUCUUUUAACAGCAGGUUUCAUUUUUAUGUUCUGUAAUAAAUAAAUAAAAAUCAUUGACCUGGAGGUCAGAUUUUCUCAGGUACCUUUUGUUCUCUUUUCAAACUCAAGGGUUUGACCCCUCACAUUCAUUCACAGAUACUGCAGUGAUAACAAACAAUUGCUGUAAAAAUGAUCACAAAAUGAAAAAAUGUGAACGGUUUCUUUUCUGUCUUUUGGAAAAUGGGAUACUGGCUGUAUAUUGCACACAUUUUCUGACUGUGUGAAGUCAUUGAGGCUUUAAAAUGCUCUUUGAGGUCUGCUAUGGAAGAGUUAGAGAGAAAUCAGGCAGAUCAGCUCAAGCCUUACAGAGUGCUUCCUCAGUAUGCAGGUAUGCUUCCCAAAGCACAUCAAAGAGAUGUUAGAGAUAGACCUCUGUGUGACCUCAGAUACAUGUCUGACUAAAGAAGCCCCCAAACUGCCUUUGGUUUGAUCAGGAACACUGUUUAAGAGCAUGAGAGGACAGCACAACUGCAGCCAAAACAAAUAUUGAAUGUCACAUGAAAGUGGGUCCUAUGUUUCUAAAGAGCAGAAAUAACACAAUUCCCUCCUUGCGAAUGAAAUCUAAUCUCAUAGAUAACAUAAGACACAAAAAAUAUCUGCUUUGGGAAAAUUAAUAUCAGGUAUAUGUUGGUGUUUUACCACAGUUGUUCUGUAAUUUGCUGUUUUUAUGCGUUCUUAUCUGUCGUUUUAUUUCAGAGUGUCUCAAAUAGUAUUUCAAAGAUUCACAAGAACACGUGUGUUAAGAUGUGCCAGAUGUGUCAUUCCAGCAUGGAUAUAUAUCCGGAAGAGCUGGUUAUUUUAAGCUGUCAUCCAUUCAUGACCGUCCUCCAGCACGUUCAGUUCGCCAAAAGACUUUCCUCUUUUGGUUUUCUUCUCUGUCCUGCAGCCAAGUACUAAUGCAGAUUCAUGUUUCCUGUCCCUCUGAGCCCUCCAGCUCCAGACCUUAUAACUUUUAAUUUAAAACACAAAGAGUAAUACUUGAACUUACGAGAAGUUCAGGAUGUCCUGUCAUCACUUUUACAGAUAUGUCUUCAUAAUGGUUUUAUAUGAGAAACAUGGUUUUUGGGGCCACAGAGGAGUUUCCCUCUAACAGGAAUGAAGUCAGUCACGGGAACAAAUCUGCAGUUAAUACCACAUUACUCUGAAUCGCUCACAGCCAGGUACUUCAACGAGGAUGUGUUUAAAGACAUUGACACAAGAGAAUCUGGGGAAAUUAAGUCGGCAUCAGUAUUGUCUUUAAUUCCCAGAGUCCCAAUAUAACAGAAUACUUUAAUACUACCUGUAAAAUUUCUCUUUCCACUCUUUUCCUCUGACUUUGUUGUUUUGUUUUGCAACAACUUUGAACUCUUUUAGCGUCUCUCUCGUCCGUAAUCUGAGAUUAGCAUACCCCACAAUAUCUCCUCAGUGCUUAAUCAUGUGUGUAAUUAGCUUUGCUUUCAUAUUCUGCUAUCCAGUAAGUGUAUAGUUCAGUUCACCCAUCCACCUCUAUUUAUUGUACAAGACUGUUUGGUCCAAGAUGAAGAUAAUUCAGAGCAUGCUAGUUUUUAUUCAAUUUGUGGUGAUUUUGGCGCCCCCUGUGGACCCCUAAGUAGGGUUUUCUGACAAAAAUAACUCUCCCUAUCUACUUUUCAAGAUUAAUAAAUUGUGAAUCUUGUUGCUGAUGGUCUGGUCUAUUAUGAAAGUGUAUUAGGGCCACAUGAAGAGAAAUAAAAAUAAUUACAGGAAGGAGAUUAAAGUCGAUAUUUCGAGAUUUAAUUUGAAAUUUGAAGAUUAAAAAAUCAAAAUUUUGUCAAUUAAAUAAAAAUUUUGAGAUUAAGAUUGACAUCUUAAGAUUCAGGUCAAAAUUUUGAGGUUAAAAAAUGUUGAAAUGUUGCGAAUAAUGUUGAAAUUUUAGGAUUCGAAAAAUUAAAAUUUUGAGAUUAAUUUGAAAUUUUCAAGAUUAAAGUUCACAUGAAUAAAGUCGAAAUUUCAAAUUUUUUAAAUUUAGACUUUAAUCUCAAAAUGAAAAUUUUAAAAAAUCCCCUCCUGUAAUUAUUUUUUUCUCUUCAUGUGGCCCUAAUCCUUUUUCGUAGGUUUAUACAGAUGCAUUAAUGUUAAUAUUAGUAUUUUCUGAACUCUAAGGAGCUUUAAGAAACAUAUUUUCCUUCUAUAGUUUUAAUUUAACUCCCAAAGCACUGCUUUAAUAAUACAACUCACCUAUUUCUAUAAACCCCACUCCUCAGUUAUAUCAUUUAGACUCAAAGUUUCUAUACCUGAGUGCAGAUAACCCUUUUAUCAGUGAGUUCACAUGUGCCAGAUUUGGGAGGCUCCUGCUUUUGGUCUAUUAUUAUUAUUCUUAUUAUUAUUAUUAUCCUUUGCUGCACAGUACAAUAAAGAACAGAACUAGUCUUAGUGCCACAGAAGUUGCUGUUUUCUUGAUUUAGUGUGUCCUCUUUCUCUCUCUUCUCUUUCCAGUGCUCAGUCACCUGUGGAGUCGGAGUUCAGAACAGAGAUGUAUUCUGCAGACAUAAAGGCACUGGACGGGUCAGACAGGAUCUCUGCGAUUCUCACACUCGUCCCGCCAUCGUCCGGCCGUGUCAAACUGCGGAGUGCACACAUUACACUUGGGUUGCCGGCGAAUGGGAAGAUGUAAGAACAGAUUUAUUCUUCCGCUCCUCUCCUAAAUCCAUCACUUCCUUCGCCCUUCCUCUCUUGGUGUUCGACACAUGAGCAGAUGUUGAACCAUCUUAUUAAGGUUUUAUUGGCUAAGAUCUCCACUCUUCCUCUCUUCUUCUGCACCAAUAAAAAGACAACCUGCAGGUUCCCUUCCUUUCUUGCAUCAGCUGUGAGGGCUUUGCUGAUAGCCAUCAGUCGGUAAAUCAAACCAAACCUCCAAGUACUGAUGGCCAUCAUCCCCUUUUGUCCCUCUGAAUAUCUCUGCUCUGUCACGCUAGCAGACUUGCUCAUUUUUCUUUAAUGUCCCGAGCUUUGUCCCUCAGAGAGAAGCAUAAAAGAGGGGCACCAUGUAGGGACACAACACUGGAUCCUCCUGCUGCAGGAAUGUUUGAACUGUUUCAGAUUCCUGUCUGUGUUUCUUUGAGAACUUACAGCCUCGUGUCUUCCACAGUUUGGCCCUCGAGUCGUUUCAGUACUCGUGAAACACAAAGAGAUUGUCGUAAAAUCCACGCACACAGCUGCUCUUUUUUAACCUAAAUUAAUCUGAAGAUUCUGGUCCAUGUCAUUAUAUUUAAAAGCUCACAUAAACUAUUCCUGGGCUUGAGGGAAAGCAGCUUCACUUUUAUCUUUUAUGUCAACCACAGCACAUGUUUGGGAUUUCCCUCCUCAAGAGCUAAUGUUGCUAUUGUCACACAACACUGAAUCUCUCGACUUGUGUAAACCUUUACAUAACAAGGAGGGUCCAGAAGUCUGUGAAGUUGCUGCUCAAAGAACAACACUGCCCCCCCUCUGCCAACUCUUCUUCGCUCACUGAUUUCUCCAUGUGUUGUAUUUUCCCUGCAGUGUAACGCGACCUGUGGAGAAGGCAUGAGGAGUAGGAAGGUUGGGUGCAUGGGCCCAGGAAUGACACCCAUCCAGGAUGAUUACUGCGAGCCUUCGUCACAGCCUCCAUCACACCAACUCUGCAAAGGAGCUCCCUGCCACUACAUGUGGAUUACAGGGGAAUGGUCACAGGUACAAAUAAAAGAAGACAUAGAGAUCAGAAUAUUUCCAAACACAAAAAAAAAAAAAACAGAAAAAAACUCAAAAUUAUACUUUCUAGACUUUCUAGAGCCCAAAAGAAGCACAAUAUUUCUGCUUCACACAAUUUUUUAAAAUUAAUUUACAAAUCUUUGUAUUUUUCUUAACAUAUCUGUCAAAAUCAGCAAAAUUAGAAAAAGAGUGCACAUCAUAAAAAUUAUAUGGAUACCUUUUAAUUUUACAGUGGUACUACUUAAAGACCCACACCGAUGUAGACAACAAGAAAAUCUUCUUUUCUUGUUGUCUACAUAUUUAUAUGUCAUUUUUCUGUUGCUACAGGACAUAUCAAGGGAAAAGUAAGUGCAAAAUUGCAUUUCUGAGUAUUUCUGCAUUCACAUCUCUGUGAAUCUCUGGAAGACCCAAACAGCAGGUUCAGAUUCAGAGAUUUCCUAUGUAGCAAAUUCAAGCUCCACCCAUGGAGCCCUGCUUUGCAGGCCAGACCUCGAGAAGUAGAGAGGAUGAUCAUGGAACAAGCGUCUACAUUAGCGGAUUGCAAUGCUAGUUAGAAAGCUGAAUAGCUCUUAUAUUACAUGACACUUCUACUACACCGGCAAUGUUGUGCUACAAGCUAGCAUGAAGUAGUGUGCAGAGCAGCGCUGUCUCUGUGCAAGACUCAGAGGGGAAUUGCUAAUGAGCUACUGGAGCUCUGCAGAAAAUGACACUGGUUAGGUGAUUUUGGCUAAAAACUUCACAAUCACAAUUUAAAGACCACUAAGAAACACUUUAAGUAGUAAAAAAAGACAACUGGAGUGGGACUUUAAGGUCAAGAUGAAAAAAUCUGCCUCUGCAUUACCAUAUAGGAUAGAAAAUGUGGACAUGAGCUUGUGACUUUAGUUACUGGUUUUGAAGGUGUUCUGAUGCCAAACUGUAACAUUUGCUAUAUUGGAAAAGCUGAUACCAGCUAACUUUCUGUCAACCAAGAAACAGGUAAAGACAUUGAGCUGAAGUGUGCCAUUAAUUUGUAGGCAAACAGCUACAGCUGCUCCUUUUUUCUGUCAACUCAGCCCCUAAAUAUUCCCAUUUUUGCAUAAAUCUCAGAGUUUGGAUUAUCUAAGAUUGACUACAUAGAGCAAAACUGUCUAGAACCAUGUUGAACCAUGUUCAUUUCAACUAUAUAACUUGGUGUUUGAACACAGUACCUGAUGGGGUUCCCUGUGCUUUUAAAGCCAGCCCCUAGUGGACACUUUCAGCAACUGCAGUUGUCUUGCACUUCCUCAAAGGCUUAUAUUUUCCAUACAUUGUGCAUUUGUGUGUGCCACAGUGUUCAGCCAGCUGCAGUGUCGGUUAUCAGCAGCGCAUCGUCUCUUGCUCAGUGAUGCCCCCGUCUCAGGCUCUGCGCCCGUAUGCUGCAGCCCAGUCCUCCUCUGCCAGCACCCAGUGCCCCCAGCCCCACCCUCCUGGCACGCGGCCCUGCCUCCUCAGGGACUGCCCGCACACGACCUACUGGAAAGUUGGCCCGUGGAGUAAGGUGAGGCAGAAAACGCUUGUUAGGCAGCACGAAAUCCUCUCCAGCUAAUUAUUGUUUUCACAAAACAUUUUGUUGAAUGGUGCAUUUUUUUUUUUGCUUUGCUGCUAAAUCUUAUUUAUGGAUUUGGAUCUGACUGGACUCUUAUUCAUUGAGCUUAUUGUUAAGUGGCUGUUUGAUUACAGAAGGGAUCUUUGUGUGUGUGUAAAACAGUGUUCACAGACCUGUGGGGCAGGAGUGAUGGAGCGGAGAGUGGAGUGUGUGACCUCAAAAGGCCAACCGUCGAAGCACUGCCAUCCUUCGGAAAGACCAGAGUCACAAGCUGCAUGUCAAGACAGAGAAUGUGAGCUGACUCCUUCUCCUCCUUUCCUAGCUCCUCUUCUCUCCUCGUUUACAUUUUCUCCUCAGGCUCCAGUGGGGGUUUCUAGCUCGUGAAAACUCAACAUAUAAAUUAAACUUUUUUUUCAUCCCUGUAGUUCUUACCCCCCACCAAGAAUGUGCAAAGCUGUGGUAUUAAAUCGACUGUACUCUGCAUGGCAACCAACACCGUAUCUGAUUGUGUUUAUAGAAGCUGAAGUUUUUGCUUUGUUUUAACACAUUAGGCAGAACAGAAACCUCUGCUUCGCGUCUGUUGAAAUGAUUACUUUCUGGAACAAUAAAUAGAAAGUCAGCAUUUCUCUGCAAAGCGUGAUACGGACAAUCUGUUAAAACGCCUGAGGGUGAUGCAGACUUCGCUGUGAACUCUCAAGCACUGUUUAACCCGGCAGCAGGCCAAAGUUUGUUGAUCUGCUCUCCCACAUUUUAGACGUUUCAGUGCCGGCGCACUGGGCUGUUCAUUCCCAACUUGGCUUCUGCCAAGUCAGGCACUGGUGGAAUUAAAAUGACAUACUUGGGUGACAGCCAAGUAUAAAUGCUAAUCAGCUAAUCAGCCAAUCAGUGUGAUAUGCAGCAAAACAGGGGAGGCAACACAAACAUUGAGACCCAACAGUUCUCAUUUAAGAAGACAAGAGCCAGGUUGGAUUCUUUCUCACUCUGGUGUUUCAUUUCCAGCUCAUGCAAUCUUCAGUCAAUGUUGGCAACAGAUUUAUAGUCUGGUCUGUACAAAUAAAUCAGCUGAACUUUCAAAGGUGGUGGCGGUCAAAGUGUCCCAUAUCCACGCUGUUGCAUUAAAACCUGCCAUUCACUGAGGCAUAUUUCUUUCCCCAGGCCAAUUGUUCACUUCCUGCAGAGAGGUCCAGAUGAGACAGGGUGUGAAGAUAGAUGGGGAGUACUAUCUGAAAGUCAAGUCACGGAUCCUACAGGUGUGUGUGUGUGUGUGUGUGUGUGUGUGUGUGUGUGUGUGUGUGGUGUCAGGAAUGCAUCUGCACACAUCAUGACCCACAGCUUCUCCACAGGCCCUCAUCUGCUGUUUUCUUGUGUUUGGCCCCAGAUUUACUGUGCUGAGAUGCAGACUGAUUUCCCAAAGGAGUAUGUGACCUUGCGCAGCGGGCAGACUGACAAUUACUCUGAGGUGUUUGGGCAGAGGUUUGUACAAUGAUGCAGCACUGGCAGAUGGGACACAGUGUUAGUGUUUAAAAAGGGUUAUGUAAUGUAUCCAACGUACACUGUGCUGAAUGUUAGUUUUUAAAAAGUUUCCCACUGAGCAAAAGACGGCUAUUGGAUGUCUAGUUCUUUUUAGACCUACUUUCAACAUCUAGAUUCUGUAUAUUUUUAGACGGAACUUAGACGUUGCACUUUAACCCAUUAUUCGAUAACUAUCUAUUUCAAAAAGCAACUGUGAGUUGCAUAACUGAUCUCCAAGUACUUAACCAAAAUAAUUAUGAUAGCUGUUGAGCAAUAUACAGUGGAGUAUAGAUAUAGCCCAGAUUUAAGAUUUAGUCUAAACUUAAGGUCCUUUCACAAAUAUAUGACGCGAAAUUACGAAAUAUUCAGAGGCGAAUUUCAAUGUGCCUGACUAUACACAUCAAGCACAAUGAGGGAAAAAAAGACGCCCGGGUGGAAGCGAGAAGAAUGACACAACAGCAGACUGACUGUUUUUCAGUUCUGAUUAGACACUAGUGUUGAGAUGUCUUUCUGUCAUGAUAGCAUGUACUGAGUCGGGGCCAGUACCAGAUAAGAACAUUAAACUAUAAUCCAUAAACGUAAGGUAACAACCGAGACCUAAAGGUGCUGUGACAGCAACGUGAUUGAGUUUGAGACAGUGAAAAUACAUACGGUAUGUUGUAUCUGAACAGGUUAGCUUACGAGCUAAAGUUACUUAGCACAGAUGAAAGUUAAAACAAAGACGUUUAGCAAACUGUUAAAGCACACAAACCAUCGUCAUAUGAGAGAUACGACGCUAUGACUCUCUACAAGUUGUCCUUCAGGUCGUUAUCUUUGUAAUGUUUGUGUUUUUUUAUCAAAAAGUACUCUGUUCGCCGACACGUAAACAAUCAGCCGGUUGGCCAUGUUGGAUAUACCGGUGAAUCUGACGUUGCAACAACACGAAAUCUGAUUGGUCAGAAGUGAACACAGAGUAUGUGAAAAUUUAGAAAAUUUGACCGUGAUCCAAAAAAAUAAAUGCUGCAAUGUCACAUGAUGGGAAAUCGUCGCUGAUGUGAACGUUUGUAUUGACAGGAUACGGGUUAAAAAAAAUAAGCGUCCGGUGUGUAAGGGCCUUAAGUCUAAAAAACGUUCAUAUUUAGACCUGUGGUAGCCUUAUUUUCGACCAGUUGUCUAGACUACAUUUAGACGUCUAUUAGACCUCUUUUAGACCAAAAAACGCUCAGUGGGUUGUUUCUCCCCUCACACUUCUUUCCUUUAUAUGAAAGGUUGCUGAAUCCCUUUGAGUGCCCAUAUAACGGCAGCAGAAGACAAGACUGUGACUGCAGAAACGACUACUCAGCAGCAGGAUACACACUCUUCCACAAAGUUCGUCUGGAUCUCAGCUCCCUGCGGAUAAUAAGUGCGUAAUUACUAAAUGAUCUUCUAACACUGUCUGCCAUAAUGAGACCACACACUGGUGUUGUUUUAACCCACGGACGCCUUGUGCUAAUGUGCUUUAUAUAUCGCCCAGGGUGUCCAAAUGUAAUAUGUGCAACCUACUCCACACUCUCUCUUCUGGAAUCAAAAUAAUGACCUUUGAGCGCUCAUUAUUCACAUCACCUAGGCGAGGACUUCUAGUACAAACGUGAGCAGUGAAAUAAUGGAAGGCAUGCGUGCACACCCAAACUCAAGUACAGACAGUCUGUGCUUUUUCCUCGCACAUCUGUCCUUUGGCAAGCACACGUGAUAAAACCUGGAAAUACAAGCGCACACGUCCAUGCAUGCGUCGUACAUCAACAUCAUACACCCUUUGCAUGCACGCAAUUCAAAAUUCAGACACACGCACUCAUCUUCAGGCCAUAUUCCUCUGCUCGUUAUUACAGACAGCUCCACCUUCUCUGUUGGGUCCAAGUAUGCCUUUGAUUAGAGAACAGGGAUUAGUGUACAGUGUGUAUGUGUGUCUGUGGAAGGGAUGUUGGAUUAGAACCCACGGCAUCAUCCUCCCAUCCUCUUCCUCUUGUCUGUUUCCUGACAGCACAUGUUCCCACCUCUCUGGAUGGUACUGAUUUAGCCUUCAGGCAGUCUGAAGUGAGCUGACGGGAGGAGGGGUGGGGGGUUAAUUAGUUCAAGGUGGAGGGAAGCGUAUUGUGAACUUUAUCGUCAUUUUAUGCAGGAAGCAUGAAGACGUAGCAGGAAAAAGGUACCGGUCAUGGCUGUCAUGUGUGGCAUUUCAAUUAGAAUGAACAAGAGGGUCAAGGGAACAACACUCAGUCUGAGUCAUUCACAUCAGAAUUGAUGAUCACCAUCAUACUCACAAAUCUUUAGUUGUUGAUUUGAUGUUGGAUGUAGGUAAAAAGUUGUGAAAAUUAGUGAUAGCAGUUGACUAUAUCUACUCCCCAGCUUGAGGAUAGUGACAUCAACCCUGUUUUGUUGCAUAAGCUGUUCUUGCCAGUAGAGUUUGUGGUUCUGUUUACCUUAGAGCAGCUGUCUGUAGUCUGUGUUUACUUCAGCAGUUCCUUUUUAGCUCUGUCUUUGCCGUUUACAGUCACAGACCUCCAGUUUUCCCAGACUCUCCUUGGCCGACCCGUGCCUUUUGCUACAGCUGGGGAUUGUUACAGCGCAGCCAAGUGCCCGCAGGUUGGUAUUACACUCUACUUUGUCACAACAACAAAAAAAUGCUGAAUAUAUUGACCAAGGAAUCCACUUUAAUUAAUCCUGAUAUUCCACGAUGAAGGGCUUUGGACAAAGUAAACAGUUUGGACUAGGGCUGGGCGAUAUGGCCUCAAAUCAAUAUCACGAUUUAUUGAGCGAUAAAUGGACGACAACUACUCCACAAGCUGCCCAAACUUUCUCUACUUUCCAAACUUUCAGCAUCCACAAUUAUUGAACCGUCCUCCAUCUCCUCACGUGUCUCCGACGUAGGACAGCGUCUUAAAGGGACAUGAGACCACAGCCUACCUACAAAAAUCCCAAACCAACUUUUAUUUAUUUAUUUUUUGACACCGACUAUACCGAUAGUCUACCGAUAUGGGCAAAAUGACGUCAGUAAUUGUCGUAAAUUUUGGUAUCGGUAAAUUUUCAGUUUAUCGCACAGCCCUAGUUUAGACCCCUCCUUCUGCAGAUAUUAUUUUCACACUUGUCCACACAACUCAUAGAGAACUCAAUUGUUUUGUGUUUUCAGGGCCAGUUCAGUAUUAACCUGAUUGGGACUGGCCUCAAAGUGUCUGAGGCCACCAAGUGGACAUCUCAGGGCAACUACGUUUCUGUCAAAGUCCACAGAUCUGAGGUAAGAGGCAACAGUAGCUUCUGAAUGAGUCAUAUAUAAUUGUGCUGCAUGUUGGGUCUUGGAGAACUAGAGUGAUAUUGUUGCUCUGAAAUGCCAUCUGAUUUUCCCCUGUUAUGUUUUUGUCUGAUUCAUUUAUGAGGAAUCCCCUCUGACAUUUAGGAAACUUCCAUUCUCUGUGUAGAAAGCUGCCCUUUGCCCACUUUCUCCUCCCUCGAAUUUGUCUCUGUCUGUAGGAUGGAACAAGAAUCUAUGGGCGCUGUGGUGGUUUCUGCGGGAAGUGCAUUCCCCAGGCUCAUAACGGCCUACUCCUCCAAGUCCACUGAGGGCCAUGUAUGCAGAGACCAAACCCUGAACUCAACACUCAAGGCAGAAGCCCGGGAACAUACAUUAACGUUGAUUUGUUGGACCCUGUAGACAUCUGUAAGUGUGGUGGAGAAACUUUUAACAGUAGUCAUCCUACAGUGACAACCCCCAUUUCCCAAGUGGCAGCUAAAACACUCAAGACACUAUGUCCUGUGCAGUACUGCGGGGGCUUCUGUCAGGUCCUUCAUCAGGUCCUAAAUUGCUUAUCCUGAAGAAGAGCCGGCAAUAUUUGCUUGCCAACAGUGUUGCAUGACAUCAAACACAUCUGUGCUUCAGAACCUGAAAUGCCUUUUUCUACUGACACUGUUUUGCAUUUUUCAAGUAUUAAACAAAGGGAUACAACACUCAAAAAACACUGGAAACACUCAACUACAAACACAACCGACUAGACUCUUCCCUUUCUUCAGGACACGAACACUCAUCUUUACAAAAUAAAUGUCUUUUGGCAUUCCUCGAAGUGAAAUAUAGUCUGGAUUUAAAUCAUGAAGUAUCUGGAUCCAAUCUUGUUAAAUGGUAUCUCCCACAGUAUUGAGAGAUUUUCAUUCACAGUCACUGUCAUUGUAGGCAUUUAAAUCAUCUCGCUGACUUGAAAUCAUUGGAAUAAAAACACAUGUAUUGUAAAAUGAUUGCAAACAUACAUAAUAAUAGCAAUUCAACAAGACAGUCAUGAAUCAUGUAAGCCUUUCACACAUUAAGAGAAAAUACUCGACAUUUUGACGUUUACUCGUGUCUUAGGUUUGAUUUAUUUGAAGCUGACGCCAGCGGUUAGCUUAGCUUUGAACAGGGGGAAAACUGCCAUUCAGACUCUGCCUGAAGGUGACAACAUCUUAUCAUUUUCCAUCUGUGUGACACAAAAACCAAAGUGUACAAAGAAAAAUGUUCAUACAGGGACGGGGAAUGUAUAAUCACAUUUACGUCUUGAGUCUUGACAUUACUACUUAGGUUGAUGUGCAAAAAAAGGACUGCACCUCAGUCUGGCAUCUUCAGUUUAGCACAGAGUCAGAUUGUCUGUAUCCCCCUUUAUCUAAUCUUUCAACAAAGCUAAGCUAACUGGCUGCGAACUGGACAGCGUUAUGUCAAAUUGUUCCCUUGAUUUCAAAGACUUACUGAAUGAUUUCUGUAACAUCUAACCUCUUAUAUCCUUUCAGACCCGCCUUAUGUCAGAGGGCAAAGUUUAGAAAAGCCUGUCUGCUUUUAGCUGUUUCAACAAAACUUCUCAGCCUACACAGAUGGUCCAAACCUAACAUUUCACCAUCACAGAGAGACAGAAUUUACUCUGGUGCUGUGUGGACAUCAAUGAAAUACCGUUAAGUGUUUUAGCAGAGUUUAAAAUGUUUCUGUUGUCAUGAGGAUUGUUUGUUUUAACAAUUUUGUGGGUUUUUUUUGUUCUUUUAAAUCACGCCACAUUAAGUUCUCAUCUGUUACACCGUGACACAGUAUCAGGUGUGUUGUCUCACCUCACACCCUUCCUUGGGCCUACUGUGGGUACCUGCAACCCCUACCUCUCAUAAGCAUCCAUACUCUUCUGAGAUAUGUGUUGUAAUAUAUUCACUUUUGACCAUAUUUAUUCUGUAAUAACUGUAGAUAUGUUCUGUGUUUUAAGGGUACAAUGACUACUACCAAUGCAGAGGACAAUGUCAGAUGUUUUUGUCCUCUGCCUGCUUUGCUAAAAGAGAUAUUAGCUCACCACUAUUAGAAGUGUAUAACCACUAACCUUAAUGAGGAUCCUUUGAAUGGUGCUUUUGAACUACUGGAAUUACCUCUAAUCUCGAGAAGGAAAACACUGGCUUUUGUUUAUGAAGCAGAUGGAAGAUCUGCACAUAAAGCAUGUUAAAGUCCUCUUAUUAUGUUGCUGAAAAUCUAGCUGCAGAAAUCAGACAAGCCACUGCAUGAGGAAAUCUGCUCUUGGGUAGUGCUAAACUCAUCCUAAAUGACUCUCAUCAUGACCACUGCUACGACUACCACGCAACCUAACAUGCUCUGAUGUUAUGCUUUAACCAAAGUUAGAAGGUAGAUGCAGAUAUUUUUUUCUUCUCAGCCAAUGCAGCUACUUUUGAUUAAAAAAAGAAUGGCUGAAAAAUAAAUAUAAUAAGUCAUUGAGCAGCUAGAAAACCUUUGUCCGUCAUUUAUUUUAUUUUAUGAUGGUCAAUUGUUCUAUGAGGUCUGUAUCAGAAAGUUAAAGAAUACUUGAUGCACUAUGUGCCAUAAAUUUUGUAGAAAUGUAAUCCUGUUUGUUUUUUCUUUUUGUUUUGUGUUUUGUAAUAACCGUUAAGAGUUGUAACUUAUGAUAUAUGUGUAUUUUUAAUAUUCAUACUUGAAUUGUAAACAGAGUGCUAAAUAUGGACUGGGGAUUGGUACUGAGUAGAGAGACAGUGUGCUUGUUUGCCAGGCUUAUCCAAAGAUGUUUUUAAGAAUCAUAUGUACCUUACAGUAUGUAUGUUUGUAGCCUGUAUAAAGAAAUGAAUGACUGAUUCUGGUGCUAUGGUUACUAAUCGUACCAAUACUGUGUGUCAUGCUACUACACUAACACUGUAAAAAUAUAUGUUAUAAUAAAAAAAAUGCUUCUCAGCUGACUCAUGAACUCAUUUCUUAGUUGUUGUUUCCUUUGAAUUUAUCAGUUUUUAUCAAUUUUUUUAAAGAAGUGAUUGUAAGCUGUCAUUGCUGUGAUGCUCUGAAACAGUGGAUGAAUUUUACGUCUAUUUUUUUUUUCCUUUUUUUUUCUUUUGGGAAAUAUCUCAACAGUUAAAUAGAUCCCUGUGAAAUUUGGUGCAAAUAUCAGUUCAUCUCGUUGCACCAACUGUUAGAAAGUGUCUUAGGAUCUGACUGAGAACACAGUAAAUUCUUAAUAUAUCGGUUGUCACAAUUCAGUCUGAGCUCACCUUUAAGUGUUGUACAUCUUUAAAACUUUUGGCGUUCCAGUGAGGAUUGUUCAGUUUGUUUUGAUUUGUGUGCCCCCCUGUGGACAAAGCAGUACCUCUGAGAAAUGUAAUGUGUAAUAUAAUGUAAGAAAAAAGCAGUCCUAGUUAAUAGCAUGCAGGUUAUCAAUUUGACUGGCAAGGCAUCAAUUUUAAUAAAAGUCCACCUAUGAAAAAACCCUAAAAUGAGAUUUAAAAAUAUCCUUUUGCUUGUCUAUCAUAUUCAAAUUAAAUUUUAACAAAGUGAUGCAUAAACUGCAAAGUGC